GGGGACGGCUGUAACAUCCUGUGUUGGAUAGCGAGUGGGCGGAGCCAGAGACCCAGUCUGACGGUCAGUGAGUGUGACACAGCCGGCAGCCCGGCCUGGUUACCAGUAUAACAGUCCGUGCGGAGGGAGGGAGGCCUGCAGCCCGGAGCCGGGGGGAGAUGUGGCGGCUGUGACCCCCGCCGAGCACGGGAAGAUGGGAGAGGAGAGCCCGCAGAGAGGGAGGAGAAGCCGCAGUCUGCCGAAGCCCACUCCAGACCAGUGCCAGCCCCGGGCUGCUCCAGCUGCACGGCCAGGGAGCCCGGGCACUGCGAACACCGGCCCUGCAUGGCCACCAAGCGCCCACUGAGGAGCCGUCACCACAGCAACACCCAGGAGCCCGCUUUGUUCUGUGCCCUGGCUGGGAGACUGCCUGUGCCCCCACCCCUCAGUGCUGCAGGAGGACUCACUGCUCUGCAUAAGGCAAACCAAAGGGGCUUCGGUCCUGAUCUCAUUCAUUAUUUACUGGUUGGAUUAUUUUGGCAAAACAAACCCUGAUCACACCCCUCUCACUCCAAAAAAAAAAAAAAGAGCCCCAUCAGCUCUUGCUGUAUUAUCCAUCCCCAUUCUGCAGUGCCAUCUCCUUGCUGACAUCUCCAGGAUCUGUUCAUCCCCUGCUUCCACAUCUAGUGUCCUUUUAUAACAUUACUGUGUGUGUGUGUGUCUGCAUAUUAUCUCUCUCAAUAUAUUUAUGGUCAAAAAACAAUUGAAAGGUGUGUGUGUGUGUGUAUAUAUAUAUAUAUAUAUAUAUUUUUUUUUUUUAUUUCCUCCCCCCCUCCCCCCCAAGAUAACUCCUUUAUUCAUUAGAAAUGUCUCUGGCACUCUGAUUGCACCCCUCUUUUGAAAUCACCAUCUUUUUUUGAUGUACAGGUGCACACCAGUGUGCCAUUUCCCUCAGUUAUUUUGUUUUCAGCCCACCUCCUCCUAUUCCUCCUCCUCCUCCCUGUGUUUUUUGGUGGGUUGCCCCACUGAGGCAGUGUUCAAUGGAAGUAUGUUACCAGUUGCCGGUGCUGCCCUUGGACAGGCCGGUACCCAAGCACGUCCUGAGCCGCAGAGGCGCCAUCAGUUUCAGUUCCAGUUCUGCCCUUUUUGGAUGCCCUAACCCUAGGCAACUUUCUCAGGUAAGGUUCAGUUUUUCUACUUAAUCAGCUUUCUUUUUGUUUUAUUCACAUGGAAAUGUAUUUUGUAGAGAAGUCAAAGCACGUAAAACAUGGUGUUUUGAAUGUUUUUUUUUUUGUAGAGAAAUGGAAAGGAAAUUACAAGGAUUGGCCAAAAUAGCCGCGCAGGAAAAUAAAGUUUUCCCACCUGUCUAUUUAGGCCAAUAAUUUACAUUUUCAAUUCUAUUAUUGGUUAAUAAAUCACCAAGGAUAAUUACACCUUGCUCGAAAGCCUGUUGAGCGGAGCCUUCUUCACCUGUUGUGUCUCUUAACAUUUCUUUUACUUUGUCAAUCUUGUAACUUGUCUAAUAUCUCAAUUUUUUUUUAUAAAUGUAAAUCAAUUGUGGAAAAUGUUGGGUCUAAAUACAUGCUAAUAACAGGUUAGCUGAAAUUCCGAGGUCAAAAGAUGUUAUGUUAUGUUGACAUACAAAGCUUCCAUACUACGCAAUGUUAUAAGUAGUGCUACAUGGAUAUAUGAAAACUUGUUACCAAAAUGUGCAGUGUUAACAAAACUAUUUGUAUCCUACAAGUGUUAAAGUAUGACAAAAUAAUUUUCUUUCAUAAGUAUUGACUACCCUCUGGGCCAUAUUUAAACUGUGGCAUAAUCAAACUGCAAGAACCGUAGGUUCUAUUUAUAAAAUAGUGGUUGAGAACCAUCAUAUAAAGUCAAAAUAUAAGCUUUAGAAAAUAAAUUAACAUUUGUCUAAAUUAGAGAUUUUGCCUACUUUGUUUUUUUUUGUUUUUUUUUGCCUUAUUGUAAGAUUAGUUGGUUUUCAUGUAACCAAUAUGUGCUCCUUAAUACACUCUCAUGGUUAUUCACUAUAAAGGUUUUGCAAUUCAAUGUGAAUUUAAAAUUAUAGGCACAAAAAAAGCAAGCUUGGAGUAUAUGUAUAUUAUAUUUUGUAAUUUUGACUUGUCACAUUAAGUCUAAAUUCUACUUUGAAAUCCUAACAGUUAAUGCUUUAGUGAGAAAAUCAAAUGUUAUUUAGAAUUAAACAGUAAGCUACCUAAUGUGCUGAGAAUUUAGCAUUACCGAGGGCGUUUGUGGCAGUUUAUCACCUGAAUAUUGCUGAAAAGCACUUUUAGCAAAGCUCAGCAAAACGAAUCGGUAACAAGUAACGUACACCUAUGUGUAUGUUUGUGUACCUAGCAUUUGGAUACCAAAUGGGUCAAAGAAAGAACGUGGUAGUGCCUGGGUGCAAGCUCUGUACUGUGGGUAUGUGGAAAUAUUACUACGACACUCUCUAUUGUUCUUGUAGCAAUAUUAAAGGAACAGUAAAUACAAACAAACUAUUCUAUUCCUAAUGCUAUAGCAUUCUCCUGCCUAUUUAGAUAUGGGGGUCUGCUAAACUUAAAAAAACAAAACAAAAAAAAUAUAUAUAUAUAUAUAGCGUGCUGCUCCUCUCUGGAUGAUUUCCUGAUUUCUUAAUUUUCUCGUCCAAUUCAGUGCUUCUCAUAGAGAAGCAUUGGGCACACUCCUCCAACCAAAUGCUAUCUUAGGUUAGGAGUAGGUGACGUGUGAGAACCGAGUUUGACUUGGUUAUCACAACACAAUAGCCUAUUGUAACACGAUGGUUGUUUAGCCCUGCAGUGGAAACAUUGACGUGUCUACAAACCUGACAGGUGCACUGCACCUAGGCCGCUACAUUGAGAUGAAUUGGUCUAGGUGCCUGUUGUGUCCCUUUACAUAGAUUACGGAAAUAAAUAUAUAAUCAAUAUUCCAACCCAAGCUGGGUCUUCAUUAAGAUGCUCUUGUAUCCUGAUUUAAAUCUCAUUGGUUGCUUCUUUUGAAGUUUAACAAACACAUCUAGUCCCUUUCUUGCUGGUUAGAGAAAAAGUAUGAUAUGUUAAUACUUGGAAUGGUAAUGCAGAUUUUCAUUUUGCUUAGAUAAGAAAGAGGGGAGGGAAAAAAACUGCAUUUUGGUAAAAUGGAAAAGGUGGUGACUACAAAUAUCUGACUCGCCUCCCUCAUAGGAUUUGUGAUCUGUAGUAUGGGCACUUCUCCACAGAGUCAUUUGAAAAUGAAAUUAAUUAUAUAAAUAAUGUGGUAUGUAGCAUAUGUACAGAACAUAGUCUGUAACCUUUUAAAGCAACAUUCCACACACCAUAACCACUUGUUCUGGUGCUGAGAGGACCUGUCUCUCCACAGAAGUAGUAACCCUCUUUUAGGACAGUUUUGACUUCUUACCUGGGGUCCUCAGAGUGCCGCUCCCUGGCUCUUUGCAUCCUCCAGGUCAGCUAAAAGCUCUUGCUUACACUCUCAUUGCAGGAGCCGCUCAUUGGGUGAGAGUGUCAGCUGAUUGCUGUCAGCCAGUGAUCUAAGCUGUGCUCUAGCGAACCCCGGUUAAGAUGUCAACAUUUUUUUUUAAUAUGGACUGACUACUUAGGGGGCUCAGGUCAUUCCAUGGUUAUGGUGCUUGUAUUCCUUCAAUGAACUCCUAUAUAUGUUUUUAGAGUAGAAAAUAAUAUUCUGAAGAUUAGCGUAUCCAAAGAACCAAAUUGUUGUCUGUCUGUUCUAUGAAUUUUGACCAAUGUAGGUUAGGACUCUAACCUAGCAAGGGGAGUUUUGGAGGCAUAAAUGAUGCUAUUCUUAGUAACGGUGCCUCUGAUGGUUCACCUCAUUCUAUGUUUCUGUUUUGUUUUGCAGUUUUUAUUUUCUUCCAUUUUCACACUCUUGUCCUCUUGUGCACUUUCAACAUAUCAUUGUCUGGUGGCCAGUGUUUGGCAAUAUGCAAAUAGAGAGUUGACUUGGGCGUUGUCACCUUUGGAACUUUUUACAUUCUUGGAACAAAACUGCUUCAACAUUUAAAAAGACAUUGGUGAUAUGGAGAGUGGGAAGGACCGCCAGCACUCAGGGCUUGGGUAAGUAUAAAAUUGUGGAAGUACAGGUAGACUCUUGGCAUCAUAACCAGUAUAGUGCUCUGUAGCGAUUUUGAUACUUAGACUUAAUUGAGUAGACCAGCAUGUAAGCACCACAACACCAUCUCAAGUAGGCAUGAUGACCUUGUAUUUGUUGAGCACGAACGUAUUUGAGAGGUGAACAGUUUAUAAAAUAGUUUCUUGUUUUAACCGCUUACCUUGUUUAUAUUUAAAUGCAUUCCUUCCUCAUUUGACUCCCCUCAAUGUCACAGACUUGCCUCAACUCCUUGUUUACAAUAACAGCCAGAGCUUAUUGUAAUGUUUUUUUUGUUUGUUUUUUUUAAAUAUUAUUUUAUUUUGCCAAACUGUUUUUGAGAGGUUUGAAAAAAAACCUAAGAUUAGCUCUGACAUCUAAAGCCUGAUCCUCUGCUGCUUUUGAAGUAGUGAGGAAUUUGACUUUACUAUUUUAUACAUACAUUGAUGGGCUGUGGGAGGUUUAGACCCACACAUGCAGCCUAUCAUUGCCGUUCCAAUUUUUUCAACAUCCAAGAGGAUUACAUUAGCCAACUAGAGGUGCUGCCUGCAUUUAUACGGCAUUUAACCCCGGGAAAUUACACUGGAUAUCCUCACGCCAUGUAAGACUACAUCCAGCUUCUUCAAGUCCCCCGUAGGAAUGCAUUACCAUGACUAAGGCCUAAUGCACUCGCGCAUGCACGUUAGCUUCUCCCUCUGCACUGAUGUCAGAGGCGCCAGCGCCAAGAGACUUCGGUGCUGGAAUUGGGUAAGUGUUUAAUAAAAGGUUUUUAAACCCUUUAAUUACAGCUGGUGAUGGGGGCAGCAGAGGGACACUAUAGUGUUAGGAAUAAAGAUUUUCUUUCCUUACACUCUAGUGUCCCUUUUAAGAGAAAUUGACGAGUGGGACAAAAAAAUUACCCUUUUCUACUCUAAUCAAAAAUAUUGAGGUCAUUAAGGAUCAAAGACUCUGUUUUGUACAUAUACUACAUACCACGUUGUUUAUCUUUGUAAUUUGCCUGCUUAUGUGACCCUGGGGUUUGUGCCUAUAUUGUUGACACAAUACUCAAGGAGAGUGCAAGCUAGAUAUUUAUACUCUCCGCCUUUUCCAUUUCACUAGAGCAUCAUGUGUACAAAAAUUCUGUGUUUUUGUCAGACCUCCAAAAAAUGCCUGAGGAGAUUGUACUAUAGUUACUCAAAUAAACUGUGGUUAUUAUAAUUGGUGUCCCUACCAUUAUUAUCAUUUAUAUAGUGCCAUCAAAUUCCAUAGCGCUGUACAAUGGAUUCCCUGCUCUAGAAAAAGACUACACUCUAACUCAUGUCUUGGAAUAAUCCUUUUCUCCCCCCUCUUUACGCAACGUCAUGACAGAUAUUGUUAGUUUACAAAAAAUAAAUAGCUGUUAUUAACAUUAUAUGCAUCAAAUGCAAGAAUUUCUUUUAAUUUUGGACCCCGACUGGGCCUUUUAACAGGCGUGAGGUUUUACUUAUUGAAUAAGAAUUCCUAUUCCAGGGUUGUUGUGUGUGGGUUUUUUUAAAUUUUUUUUAUUUUGAAGCCAAGUAUGUAGAACACCGUACCAUCCUGACAUAGCCACUUAAAAUGGUCUGGGUGACUAUAUAGUUUUUUUUUAUCUCAAUGAAGUGGCCUGGUUGCAUUUCUGAAUUCAGCCACAGUCGGAAACACGUGAUGAUUUUGUAUAAAAAUACUAUUAAAGGGAAACGGUUACUUUCUAGCAUUUUAAUAUUCUGGAUGUUUGUCUCGUAUAUUUUACAAAUAUGUGUUCAUGAAUUGAGAAAAUUUAAUUAAAUGUAGAAAAUCACACCUCUUUAUCUUGCAAUCACCCACCACUCUUUUUUUGAUUGUUUUAUUGGUUUAAUUUUCUUAUAAGUGAUGGUUAUAAGUGAUUUGGUAGUUAAUGCAACAAAACAUAAAGGUUUGACACUUCUUAAAAUCCCCUUCAGCCACUUACCUUUCUCCAGCGCCAGGCUCCCUCAACGCUGGUGACCUCUCCUCCUCCUGCUGACGUCAGCGCCGUAUGCGCAUGAGCGGCAAGAGCCACGUGCGCCUUCAAACUGCCCAUAGGAAAGCAUUACUCAAUGCUUUCCUAUGGACGUCAGCAUCUUCUCACUGUGAUUUUUCACAGUGAGAAUCGCGGAAGCACCUCUAGUGGCUGUCAGACACAGACACUAGAGGCUGUAUUAACCCUCAGUGUAAACAUAGUUUCUCUGAAACUGUUUUCAGCUGCAGGGUUAAAACUAGAGGGACCUGGCACCCAGACCACUUCAUUGAGCUGAAGUGGUCUGGGUGCCUAUAGUAGUAAUUUUAAGUACUGUAGAAUGUUUCCUCAUCUCGCGACAAGGAAGAAACUGUUAUCCCAUAAACCUCUUCAGGAGUGGAACAGUUAUGUAAACUAGUAGCUGCCAUACUACGGCAGGUAAAAGUUUACACCUAGCCCAGUUCAGUUUAGUGGAUUGUUCCAUGUUCUGCUAUUUGCAGAGCCACGUUUCACCUUUGCAAGAUCCCUGGCUUAUCUCUCUCUCUCCUGGGAGGAGAGAAAGUUUAGUCCAAGGUGUGCAUGUUGUGGUUAGAUGGUGCAUUUAAAACUUGGAAUAAGUAGAUUUUGCCAGGAAAGAAAGUUUUAGGCUAGCUGAUUGACACAGGGUGAAGUUACAUACCAGCAACCCUCCCCCUUUAUUUUACUUGCCUUAACCAUGGCGACCAUCUUUGUGUCAUGCUACAAAACAAAUUUUGGUUAUACAGAUGUUUGCGGAAACUUUAAUAUCUCACCUUAGGAUGGUCCUAGCUCCUUGGACCAAAAACUGAUCUCUACAGUACAUUACAAGGUGUAUGUACAUUUUGCACAUUUCCUUAGACUUGGACAUAAAGCGGCUCUGUAACCAAGCCCCACACACUUAGUAAAUAAAUACUAACCUUGACUGUUGCAUUCACGGAAAUUCCAACACAGUCAAAAGAUAUACAAACACAAAGUAGGGACUAUUUAUUUAUUUAUUUUGUAUUUUUUUUUUUUUUGUCCUGGUAUAUUUCCUACGCUUGGCAAAACUUGACAAAAGGCAGAGCUACUGCUUUAGGUUCUAAUGCAAUGCUCAAGGUUGCUGAAAGUAAACAUUUUUAGGGUCAGUCUGUUAUGGGUUUUACACUUUUUUAGGGCGUACCUAGGUAAAAAAAAUUGGCUACAGAAAAUCUGAGCAUUUUGGGUGUGAGACUACUAUUUUGUUAAGGUGGGAUCUGUUUAUUUUUCCCUCUCCCCAAAUUCAGAUAUAAAAGUCCUGUAUGGUAGCAUUCUGCUAUAAAAAUAUUAUUUGCGAUUCUGCUGGUACGGUGUUAGGUCUAUUAGAACAAUGGGGAAAAGCCUACUUUAUUAAUGUGUUCUGAGAAAUGAAGGCAUAAUAAAAAAAAUGGGCAUUAUUCGAUAUUAAUUAUGUUUAUUGGCAAACCUCAAUCCAAAACUACAUGUUUGAUUACAAGCUGUUAGUUUUCAGUCUUUUAAAAAUGUUGUUGUGGGAGCAUCCAGUAGCAUCAGUCAACUCGACAGGUGCCAGUUUUCUGAGUAUAUUGUUUAUGGGAAUCCACAGAUUGUCUUCAGUGGAUAUCUUGAGUGAUAUUAUUGGUCCAGGUGGGUGGAAAAUGUAAUUUAAAAAAAAAAAAAUCAGUUUUACUCACUGAUGUUCUUAAAGGAGGAGCACUAUUGGGUCAGGAACACAAAUAUGUAUUCCUAACCCUAUAGUGUUUAACCCACCAUCUGACCCCCUCUUACCUUCCUAAGUAUAGUAAAAUCUUACUUGUAUUCAAGUCUGGCCCUGCCCCUGUUUGCUUGAGAUUUUCCUCUGUUUGCUGACCUUAUCAGAAGUGGUGGUCUGAGCCAAUCACGGUGCUUCUCCAUAGGAUUGGCUGUCAAGGAGCCAGAUCAGGAGCAGAGCCAGCACAAGCCAAACACAGCCCUGGCCAAUCAGCAUCUCCUCAAAGAGAUCAAUUGAAUCAGUGCAUAUCUAUGAGAAAAGUUCAGUGUUUCCAUGCAGAGGGUGGAGACACUGAAUGGCAGUGCUGCUUACUCUGCAGAAGGAAGCUCCUCUAGCAGCCAUCUAAGGAGUGACCAGUGGAGUUAUCACUAGGCUGUAAUGUUAAACACUGUCUUUUCUCUGAAAAGCAGUGUUUACAGCAAGAAGCCUGAAGGGAAUGAUUCUACUCACUAGAACAAAUGCAAUAAACUGUAGUUGUUCUAGUGACUAUAGUGUCCCUUUAACUAAGCCUAAUCCGCACUGGCCAUCAUGAACACAAGCAACAGUCAUUCCAUAGGAUCAGGGUGACAAAUUUUAUCACUGCUUAUUCUUCAAACUCUUGUGAUGCCGAUGUAAAGAAGCACCUGAUAGUACCUAUUGAUAUUGUCUCAAUAUGGUGAAAUUAAAUUUUUUUUGAAAAUUGUCUUGCACUUCUCACACCUGUCCUUGAGUUACAAUUCAUGAAGAUACUUCCUCACUUUUGACGUGGGUUUAUAUAACCCUCUUAACCUUCUCGUUACGAAAAUGUAACAUAUCUUCAGGGGUGAUGAUGUGAACCUCUGUUGUUCUCUGCAAACUGACUUUAGUUGUCACUCCAACCCCAUCCCCUGCAUUUUUGCCAUAGAAUGUUGCAAAUAAAUACAUUUUGUCUUUUAAAGAUUGGCAAAAAUCUUCUUGUUUUAAUAUUUGCUUGCAGACCUGUCAGGGAAAAAAAAUAUAUAUACGGUAUGUUAGAAAGGCAAACCUUUCAUGAUGACUUUUCGGUUUAUAAAGUACUGAGCUUUUGCAGUAAAAAUUGUGUCUUUAACAGAUUUUGUAAGCCUUCAUCCCCAGGCAGAAUGACCAUAAUCGUAUCUGCUCUGUUGGUCAUAAUCCACUGCUUGCAGAUUAUGUUAUCAGGAAGUGUUUGCGACUCUUCAAGCAUCUGCAGUAAUGGCUCUAUACUUGGACACUGGUCACAUUUGUUGAUCAUGCAGUCAGAACUGUUUAUAUGAGAGGCUUCUAGCAGGUCCUCGUAGUCCACUUUUUCUUUUUAGCUUUGUUGACUCAACCAUCAGCCUGAUGUGUGCAGACACAGGAAAGUGUGUGCUCCAGAUGUUCAUGCCAGCACACACCAUUUUGGUCUCUGUUCAUAAAACUUUGACCUCUCUAAUGCUGAUAUUUAAACUUACUUAAAAUUAAACACUUUUGUCUGUGAACUUUGUAAGCCUCCUAAAGCCUCUCUUGCUUGGACAAACGCGGCUGUUUUCAUCACUUUUGUAAAAGCCAAUCCAUUGUGAAUCCUUGUUCUUUCAUAAGUGCUCUCUUAGUUUCAUCAAUCUAAUACAUUAAAAUUAGGUAGCUAUGGUGCCCAGACGUCCGUGGCGCUUUUUUCUUGAAUGAGUUAGUCCCAAACGUUGGUCUCCAGCUGAAUCCGGCUUCUUCAAUUGAGUUUCAGGAAGUGCAUAGUGGUGCUGGGCAAUAGUGCUGCUGAUUGGCUAGAGUGAUUCUGAUUCUCUAAGCCAAUCCGCACCUCCCCAAUCAUUAAAAAGUGCCUUUUCAAUCAGGCGUUUCCUGAAACUCAGUUGCAGAAGCCAGAUGCCGCUGGGAAAAGAGAUCCGGCACUGGAAAGCAACUGUUUGGGGUUAAAGCAAAGGAUAACAGUUUAACCCCUUCCGGUUAGAAAGCAACAGGCACCUACGGGCGCUAUAACAAAGUAAUUUUAGUGAAGUUGUUAUGGCCCCCAUGCGGUUCCUCUAACUUUUUUUGUUGUAUGUUUGGCAUACUCUACUUUAAAGGGACACUAUAGACACCAGAACAACUACAGCUUAAUGUAGUUGUUCUGGUGAGUAUAAUAAUUUUACCACGUGAUAGGAGAUUUAAUAUUUUUCAAAAAACUUUCUUUACUUCAUAGCAGCAAAGAAUAAAGAAACAAAAAACAAUCAGAUGUAAAGAUAAGGUAUAAUAAGCCCCUCCCACUGAGCUACUUCCUCUUUCUUUGCUGCUCCAUCAGGUCAGAGUGUUUUUGUUCUUACAUUACUCUUGACUAUUGUAAAUUUCUAUUAAUUGAUUUUAUUACUUUUCCAUGCUUUUAUCCACGUUUAUUAGGAGUUUGCUCUGGUAAAUUGUUUCAUUGGGGCACUGGGGAGGUUAUCACCGGGUCCUGGACACCCUGGUAGUCAAUACCUGCCUUCCGGGGGUCCCUUCCCUUCACCUUUCACUUCUGGGUGGCUCCCCCUCCCCUUGUUGCGCCCCCCAAUUAUCCGUUGAUAAUCAGGGAAUGUGACUUUUGUGGGGGUUUUCAUGUAUUUCAUGUGUAUUUUGGGGUGUUUUGUAAAUUUGUUAGUUUUUCUGUCUCUGAGAGAUAAUUAACCUAUACGUGUUUGCUCAGGUAAUUAUCUCUCAGGCACAGAGGAUCCUGGGAGGGACGCUUCCGACUCAGAAGACUAGCUGUGGGAUUCUAAUCCCUAAUCAGUGAAACGUUUCUGGGUGAGCACCAGACAUUGGAGGGUACAGACACCUCGGUUACCACCGGUCAACCUAAAUAGGAAAUUUUACUCGACGCUACAAGGCAACGUAUGUUUGAACCGAGGAAUAUACCACAUCCGCACUCCAGAUUUGACACCCCCAGAAUAACUAAUUUGGUUUAUGCAUUUCUGGCUGAAAAAAAUGCUUGAUAAGAAAGUAUGAAAAAGGCUAAGGCUUUGGAUGCCCACACCCCUCCCUCCCAGAUAAGGUGGCAUUCACGCCAGAAUUUGAUCAGCUUAUGCUAUCGUUUAUGUCCAGAGGGGGAAGAGACCCACGAAAAGGGGUUGAACAUGGUUUUCGGGGAGUGCAGGACAAACUCCUGGACGCUAUCGGGCCACUGGCUCGCGUUAUGACACUGGCUGAUGAGGCCUACGCCCCAGCGGAAUCCUUUACAGCAGACACUGUGUGUGAAUGGACACAUGAUAUCCGCAAGUGAACCCAACGUUGCUUUUGUUUCUUGGGCAACACGAAUGUGGCCCUCUCAUCUGAGAGGCGCCGUGCAGCACUGUUCAGGAUCAACACCAAGCUUGCAGAUUUGGGGGCCAAGGAACUAGGCACGCAAGCCCGAGGCAAAUGAUUCGGAGAGGCAUUUUUAAAAGAGCUGAACAGAGCCAUGCCACCAGCCGAUUCUGGCCAUCAGGACCCCGUACAUCACACAUACAACCAUUCUACCAGGAAAUGGGAGGCUGACAACCGUUCCACUAUUCCAGAGGCUGUGGCGGUAGAGGACGAGCUGGAGCACGUUUUGCCACAGUUAAGCCAUUUAAAACCUUUUUCACCUGUACUAACCAAAACUCUUUCCACAAGCUGACAAACUUUUUUUUUUUUUUUUUUUCCAGAACUGGAAAACAUUGCCUUCUGAUGCAUGGGUUUUACAAACUGUACGCGGGUACCGUUAUAGAAUUCGAGACACCUCCACGUCAGACCACCCUUUUCCGCCCAUUGACCUUUUGCAACCGCAGAUGCACAGCUCUUAGAGCAAGAGUUAAAAGAACUGCGGAAGAAAGGGGCUAUCCAACCAACCACAACACAAGGGGGAUUCUUCAGCAACAUAUUCCUCAUCUGAAAAAAGACAAGGAACUUCCGUCCAGUCCUAAACUUACUGGAGGUCAACGCUCAUGUGAUUUAUCAAAACUUCAACGUGGAAGGCAUCCAUCUGCUUCAGGAACUUCUCCAAGAUGGAGAUAGGUUAACCUGCCUAGACCUCAAGGACGCCUACCUCUUGGUUCCGAUCUAUGUGGCUAGUCGCCCUUUCUUUUUAGUUUUUGUGGAAUGGAGACCCAUGGCAGUUUACCUGCCUUCCGUUCGGCCUUAAAGGACCACUAUAGGCACCCAGACCACUUCAGCUUAAUGAAGUGGUCUGGGUGCCUGGUCCAGCUAGGGUUAACCUUUUUUUUUAAUUAAUUAAUUUUUUUAUUUUUUUUUUUAUAAACAUAGCAGUUUCAGAGAAAGUGCUAUGUUUAUAAAUGGGUUAAUCCAGCCUCCAGUGGCUGGGAAAAUCACAGUGAGAAGACGCCAGCGUCCAUAGGAAAGCAUUGUGAAUGCUUUCCUAUGGACUGGCUGAAUGCGUGCGGCUCCUGCUGCGCAUGCGCAUUCAGCCGAAGAGGAGGCGGUAAGUUUAACCCCUUCCUCUCCAUCCAGCCCGGCAGGAGGGGGAACUUGAGGGUGGGGGCACCCUCAGGGCACUAUAGUGCCAGGAAAACGAGUGUUUGUUUUCCUGGCACUAUAGUGGUCCUUUAAUGCAGCACCAUGGUGCUUUACAAAAAUUCUGAAACCGCUGGUGGCCCACCUUCGUCAAGGGGUAUAAUCUACUUGGACGACAUUCUGCUCCUGGGUCAAGUCCAUACACAACCGUUAUCACAUACAACAUACACAGUGGAAAUACUGGAAUCUCUAGGUGUCCAGUUCUUAGGAUUCAAAAGACUCUUAAUCCUGUACACUACAACUUCUCUCUGCGAAAAUAUCAGCCAUAUGCAAGGAGAUUCGCAAGAUAUUAUAUCAGGACACUAUUACCCUCCCACGUUUUGCAUGCGUUGUGGGACUUCUAUCAUCCUUGAUUCAAGUAAUGUCUUUAUUUAUUUAUUUAUUUGGGGUCCAUUGCAUUAUCUCGUGGGGAACACAAACUUGACGGCGGAUUGGUUCUGGCGAGACAGCAGGGAUUGACAACUGGACCCCCAACUAUUCACAAACCUAUCUCAGGGGUGCACUGGGGAUAGACCUCUUUGCAUCCCACAUCCCAAUACCCGCGACCAUCAACUACCACUCUUCUACAAUUGAUUACCCAGAGAGUGCAGCAGUGGACACAUUUUUACAAACAUGGCCAACCCACGGAGCCUACUCCUUUCCUCCAUUUGCGAUGAUGGCGAGAGUUCUAAAUCACAUUUUCCUGCAAAGAGUGAAGGUGCUCCUUUUGACACCAUGGUGGCUGAGCCAAAUUUAUUUUCCGGACCUCCUCGCCCUCUUUUGCAAACUCCCUCUUCUCAUACCGGACAACCCUCUCAGGGAUCCGGUUGGGAACCCGCAUCCAAUACUACAGGACAGAUGCCUCUCUUCAGUGGCCUGAAGUCUUUCAGGGGUUCCUGAAGUAUCAAGGAAUUAUCGCUAACAGCUACAGACCUCCUCUGGAACUCUUGGGCCUUUUAUAGCCCCUAUCUCUUCUAUUUUUAACUUUCUGUAGUCUCUCUUUUCAGAUGGUAAGUCUUAUCACUCGAUCAAUGUGGACCGCUCAGCUGCCCACGUCCCAGUUUAUGGAAAACCGGUGGGGCAAGACCCGUUGAUUUGCCGCCUAAUCCCGGGUAUUCAACUCCGCCAACCACCGAUGUCUAAAUACAAGACACUGUGGGACGUUAACGCAGUCCUUUGUUUUUUUUAAAGGCUUGGCCUCCUAAUGACAGAUUGUCGUUGCGUCAACUUACGGCUAAAAUGACGCUUCUUCUGUGCCUUGUCUCAUUCCAGCGUGUCUCGGAUGUACGCGCUUUUGACGUGGACGCCCUUUCUUUUUCUCCAGAAGGUGUCACUUUCUGUGUCUCCCGUCGUACCAAAACUAACUCUACGUCAGUGUUUUUCCCGUCAGAACCACAACUUUGCGCAGCACUGUCGUUCAGGACGCUGAAUUUUCCUCAUAGAAAUUUGUUGAUUCAAUGCAUCUCUAUGAGGAAGUGCUGAUUUGGCCUAAAUGGCAUUUGACCCACCUCCAUCCUGCCUCCUUGCUGAUUUCAGCCAAUCCAAUGCUUUCCCUAUGGCCACAAAUCGUAAAUGCUGAUGUCACCAAGGAGGCCGAUCUAAGGGGGGUAAACCACCUAAAUGGUGGUUUUGAUACUAUAGAGAAUGCAUGUUUAUGUUCCUGACCCUAUAUUUUUCAUUUAAGAGCUUUACUAUGUUCUUCUGGUGAUGGAGCUUUGGCACUGUAUUUUCUCUGCUAGAUUCAUCUCUUCAAAUAAUUCUUCCAGAUUUCUCUUCAAAGUUUCAGAAAUCCUUCCUACUUUUAGCUCUCAAUGCACUCUUUAGGGUUAUUCGCUUAAUUGAGAAUUCAAAGUGAAUUUCAAAUUUUAAAGCCAGAGUAGCUGAACUGAAUGAAAGCUGAUUUUUUUUUUUUUUUUUUUUUUUUUGGUUAAGCAAUUUUGACCUUAAAGUUAACCUGUUAUGAUAACAAAUUACUUGCCUUAAAUUGCCCCAAAUACAUUGAAUAUAUCAUAUCACAAAGAUACAUGACGCAUUCAACGUAAAAUAUUAAGAUAAACUUGCCUCAUGUUUCAGCGCCCCAUCUACAGAGCUUUGUCGGUGUUACUUUUUGUGCAGCACCCAACUCUGUUUCGUCCUCUGCUCCUUCUCUGAACCUCUUUCAUUAGCCCGGCUUGGAAAGUUUCAUGUUGCAGGGUUGAAAGGACAGGACCAGUGCACCCAGACUGCUUCAAUGAGAUGAAGUGGUCUCGAUGUUUAGUGUUCCCGUAAUAGAGAACAGACCAACUCCGAAAGUCACCACUUCCAUACUUGAACAGCUUGAGGUGUAAGGUUUUAAUAAUCGACUUUACCUUCAGUUAGCAUAACAAGUUAUGUUUUAGAUUUCUUAAAGGAGUUUUACAGCAAAACACUGUGUUCCUAUAUCUUUGAACUAGGACACUGGGUUUAUGUACAGAUUCUUGUCUUUAUAUCAUUUGAGAGCUGUGCAUCUGUCCUUUUCACAAGCUGCUUUUCAGAUUUCUAAGAACCCUUACUAUGCCAGAUAAACUCAUGCCCUGGUAUGACAUUCCGUUUGACGACUACACUGCAAAUCCAAAUCAGCCUUGGGAGAUAAUGCAACCCCCUCCCACCCCACCCUCUGGAGUAGCUAGUGUAGUUGAACUUUGCAGAUGGGAUGGCUGGCUAGUCAUCCACAUAUCCAGAGAGUUUUGGUCCACUGUGACUCUAGCUAAAAAGGGGUUAGAAAAGAGGCUGAAACUAGUGAGACCCAUGAAGGGUUAAUCUAUGUAACAUGAGCAGAAGUAUUUUUGUACACCUAAAGGAUAAAGCCAUAUAGACGUUGUGAAACAAACUGAUUGGGCCUUUAAGUGUUAGCCCACAUUGCCACCUGCAGAGUUAAGCUUUAGAAAUACUGACAGGGUUAUUUAUUAAACACCAGAUCUUGUUUGAAUGGACAAAAUUCUGCGAAAAUGGACGAAUUGGGAAUUAAAAAUGACCAUUCUCAUUCUUUUACGAAAGCCAAUUUUGGUUGGAAGUGUACUCGGAUUUUAAACUGAAACAGGAGGAGGAUACACAUUCACAAAUUAUCGAUCACUUGUUUUUUUGGAAGUGAACAAUAAUUUGAAGUACUAUUUGCCUGAUAGCAGCCAACGGGCAAAUUAUAAAUUAAAAAAAAACUAAAAAAACCCCACCUGGGUGGGGGCAUAAAAGUGCUUUAAAACCUUCUUUAUAGUAGCUGAAAUCAGGAUUCGGGUUUGUUUUGGAGAGAGUUGUACGUGUACAAUGUCUUAAUGGGCCCCAUACAGCAUUGGAUGGUUUUGCCCAAUGCAUAUCGCUUUGUUUAUACAGUCCUAGACCCAACUCCCUGCAUGUGAUGUACACAUCCUUCCUAGACACUUCCUGUAAAGAGACCUCUAAUUUUUAAACUUCCUUAAUUGCAUAUUCUAUUUAAUCUAGAAUUUUCUAUAUCCUGCCUUGUUAAUAACCUACUACAGCAGGGGUCCUCAAACUUUUUAAACAGGGGGCCAGUUCAUGGUCCCUCAGACACUGUUGGGUGCCGGUCUAUAAAAAAAAAAUAUGAAUGAAUUCCUAUGCACACUGCGCACACACAUAUAAGGACAUAUAUACACACACACAAUGACAUGCAUAAACAGACAGACACAUAUAUAUAUAUAUAUAUAUAUACACACAGACAUACAUACUGACACACACACAGACUGAAAUAAAUACACAGACAUACAUACAUACAAACAUAGCUAAUUUUGCUUACCUUUUUUUGCAGGAGAGUGGCUGUGGCUGAUGGGAGUCGGCGUGGCUCCCGCGGCCUGUCUCUCUUCCCUCCCGCGCAGAGGGAGCUGGGAGGAAGUGACCACCGGCCGUCACUGCCUCCCAGCAGUAAUUUGCAGCUGCAGUUGUUUUUUUUUUUUUUUUUUUUAUAAAAAGGGCCCGGUUGCACUUUGCACGGCCGCAGUGCUGACCGGGCCCCUGAAGAUAUAGGGCCCAUCAGGUGGCCCUGAGUGCUUGGGCCAGGUUCAGGACACUGGCGGUCUUUAAUGAACUGGUUAUUUGGGUGGAACCGUUCCUUUUAAUGUGGAAUUAUAAAGGCAAACAAGUAAAAAAUAUUACAAAUGUUAAGGUGAAACAAGAGGUUAUUUAAGAUCCUGUUCAUACGCGCUUACAACCUAGAGCUCAAAGCACUUGCAAGAUCUAUUUUAAUAUUUAUGAAUAAGUGAAAAACCAAAGGCUUAAAGUAAUGUUGGCAGUAGAGAAGGCAAACUGUGAUAAGCACCACAUUUCCCUCCCCACAUAUGUUACGUGUCUUUGUUCUUUGUGACUGGGUUUAUAAAUGAUGUCAUAAGCACAAUAGGAGUGCAAAAUCCUCCUCUCUCUUCAGUCCUCAAACUGUACUUUUUUGCACAUAAUGGCAACAUGUUAAGGGCUGGACAUUGACCAAAUUUAUUGUUUAUUAUUCUGCUUUGCUAUACUUUUUUAGAAAGAUAUUGCCUAACAAAGAUUCUGGAAUAAUUACCCUAUAUUAAUAUUUUGUUAUUUCUAAAAAAUAUUACCCUGCAAUAUACGUUGUUUUGGAGGAAAGUGACUCCACUUGUAUAACUGGUGUUUCUAUCAACCCUGAGAGAUUUCCUAAAUCUGAAAAACUUGUCUUUUGUUUAAUAAUUCCAGUGAUAGUAAUUACAUUAUUUCAAGCCUUCUCUGUACUGUUGACAAAUCAGUACCGAGUACUAAAUCAGUGGCUUGUUUGCUGAUGUAGAAAAUGUAUCCUUUUCUUCUCCACCCUUCCUUGAAGAAAGUAUUUUUUAUCAUUUUUGAUUGCACAAUUAUUCAAAUAACCAAUUAGCUGGCUUUGUUUUGUAAUAUUGUCUAUUUAACAUGUAGCAUCUAUAUUUAUCUUGUGUUUCAUUUUCACUGCCUGUCCAGACAUGAGCGUGUUUUUUUUAAAUUGGUUUUAGACUAACUCGGUCAAAGUAAUAUAAAUGUUUACUUGCCGCCAAUAAUCUUAUUCUGUAACCAAAAUGAAUAUGUGAGUGAUUUUUAUUUAUUUAUUUUUAAAAAAAUUUUGGGAACAACCCAAAAUGCCGUAUUAAGAAAUGUACCACAACUGCUGGCUGUAGUGGUUAUGAUGUUUGAAAUAAACCUUUAAACGAAAACUACCAUUAACAGUAAACAUUUGUAUUCCUAACGGUAUAUAGUGGCCGUCACCACUGCCAGGGUUUAAAAAGGUGAAUUUGCUUGGCUUCUCCCUAACAGCACUGGCUGGCUCCUGCUCUUUGGCUGAGAUCACCAAGAUCAAUGAUCUCAGCCAAUCCAAUGCUGACCUACAGGUAUUUUAAUGUAUUAAAUUUAAUGAAGGUUGUGUGUGUGUGUGUUUCUCCUUCCCCUCCCCCCUGCCUUUCUCGAGUAGUGGUCAAUUUAAAAGGGGUGUUUUUGUUUUUUGAACAGGGUAAGGAAUUUUGUAAAACCCCAUGUGGGGACUCUAUUACACCUCUGUCCGUUCACUGUAGUACUGAUUUGAUUCUUUGUAAUGCAUAUUUAAUAAGCUAACGUUAAGACAUGGCUCACAUUGUUUUUUUUUGUUCUCCGACAUGGAACUGCAGAGGAAUGCUGAUUAACACCUGUUUGUUUGUAUUCUAAAUGUGCUCCUGAGCCAUUAAAAUACCUGAUAGUAUUUUAACAUCUGUCUGUAUUUAGGAGUCUGGCUAAAUAUCUUUCAUUUACAUUUUGCAGGGCAAAGGGGUUAAUACUUCCAAGGAUGCAAACCCUGGGGAUAUUAAGUGGUUUGAAACAGAUUAAAGUUACUGUGGGUUUUUUUGUUACAACAGCUGAUAUAUAAACAAUGUUUAUGACAUUGCUAAGCAAUUCUUAAAUCGAUGAAUGUUAGCAUUAUUUUAUGUUGGUGCACCGACUAACCAAGGUUUAACUCUGUGUUUUUUUUUACCGUUUUGUACUAGUUAUGUGGACCUUUUUGCUACCAUGUGGAUUAGUUUUGAUUUGGAUAAAAAGUAGUCAUAAGCCCUACAUCUUGAAAACACCUGGAAUUGGUUGUGGUGGAGGAAGUUUGGGUUGUGGUAUCCUGCAUCUGUAAUACACACCUCAGUAAUUGGGUUAAAACUUGAAUGAGGCUUCAAGCAAAUAUAUCUAAGACUGUCCAACAAUAAAAUUGAUCUUUUGUGUACGUUAUGUGAUCUCAGGCAGCUGUGUUGUCCUCUCACACUUGCUUCUUCAUCAAAUCAUUUCCAUGUGCUUGCUAUAUAUUAUUUCAAUGUGUAUCUUUUUCAUGUGUAAAAUAAUUAACCAUUCAACUGUCUUUGUUGGAAAAGUUUAUCUCAUGCUGCAAGCUCUCUGUCAUAUGCUAAUAAAUCGUGUUGUUGGAUCUCAUGUUUGUUUUUAACCGACACCGAUACUUGUAUACAAGAAACCUCACAAUCAUUAAAUAAACUCUAUGCAGUUGAAUAUGUAGCAUAUUGCGGUCCAGUGCUUAAUUUCUUAUCAAAGUAUUUUCUCAGAUGAUUAGAGAAUUCUUUCUUUAUUUUUUACUUUCAGCCUCCCCUUUAAUAUCUUGUUCAGUUGCCUAUUGUGUCCUUCUCAGUUCUGCAAUUGAUUAAUUAGUGAUCGUAAUGAAGAGUCUAAUUUUGUAAUUUUAUAUAACCUCAUCAUUUGCAGGUACUGAUAUGCGAAUAAACCGCUUUAGAAAUAGUAUUUUGCAUAUUGGAUAAUAUAAGCAUUGACAGUUCAAAUAGACAAUAGCUUUCAUAACACAUGGUGUACCUGGACCAUCAAAAAAAUAUCGAUUUGCCUAGAUGAAAAUUGGAAUGGACGCUUAGGCCAUGAUUUAUGUUUGCUUGCACAACAUAUAGAUAAAAUGUCAUUCUUUAUAAAGUGUUUACUACAAAGGUCUUUUAUUUGUUAUACAUGCGCUCUUUUUGAUUAAUUUACAUAUGGUCCAAAUCAAACAAUAGGAGUGGUACCUAAUGUACUCAAACAAUGAUAGCUGCUAAAACAAAAAUAAUUUUCCCAAUUCCAAAGAACAAAUGUAAAUAAAAGUUUCAGCGCUAAGUAGAUAAUCCCCUUAAAAAUAAAAAGGUGCAUAUAUAUGCAGAAAAAUGAGAAAGUCUAGCAACAAAGUGUCCAAAGUAUAUAAUUCAGCUACAAAGUCCUUCAAUAAGAAAAUCCAGAUAACGUUGUAGUGUGCAGGAACUCAAAAACAUGUAGAAAUACCUUAGGAAAAGAGAGACCGAAAAAGAUACAUAGCGUAAUUCUGUAUCAAAAUUUAUUACCCAGGAUACAAAAACAAAAAAGAAAACCCCCCAACUAUUAAAACUCUUACACUGUAUAAAAUAUAGUACUCAUCAUUGUAGAUCAAGCAGAAAAAAAUCCUUCACGACCCCUCGUGUUUCUACUAGAGACAGCUCCUCUCUCGGUGCACUCGGGAGGGCUGUCCGUGAUGUUAUCAAUGGGGAAAUGCUGGCUGAAAGUCCGGCUUCUACCAGGCGUUAGUGAGGUCUGCUGCAGAUGAAUCUUACAGAUGAAUAAUGAUAGCACCCUAUCAACGCGUUUCGCCCUUCUAACAAGGGCUUUUUCAAGAUAGGUGCUCAAAGUCUUAUUCGGCAGUUUUAUACUUUGCCCGGCAAAGGUCCCUGUUGCCAGCUUACCUUUUAGUGGUUAAACCACUCACGAAUGGUUGAACCCCAAGUUAAGUGUCUAGAGCCUGAUCGCUCCGUCCCCUGUCUUCCCGCUGCUGAGAAUCUUGAAAAAGGAAAAUUUUAGACAUUUUCACUCAGCCAAUCAGUGACACCUCUGGCUGAGGCUUUCACUUUUCAGAUUCUUCACUGUGGAAAGACAGGAGGCAGAUCGAUGGGGCACUCGAUGCUGAACUUUUGGGUUAAACCUUUUGCGAAAGGUUUACUUUCUAAAUGUAAGCUGGUGCCAAGACCUCCUGACAGCAGAACAACUUAAUUCAAGCGCUUCCUUACCAAGCAUUAGACAGGAUACAAUUUUGUACAUGGUGUGUGGAGGACUCAAACGGCAAUGCCUGCUGGUUCAAUUGAAAUUAGCUUGAAUUAAUUGGACUGAUUUUCUUAUAUAAUUGUGGUGAUGUAAUGUCCCUAUGUGUCUGAUUCUCCCAUCAUUCCACAGAAAAACUAAUCUUUCCUGCAGUUGGAGGUCUUAUUAGAUGUCACUACAAUUUUAAGGCAGUCCUUUGCUUAACACAACAUAAAUAUUAUUCAGAUUACAAAAAAAAAAAGGGUGUGAAACUUGGUCUUUCAGAACCAUUUUUCUAGCCUGGUCACUGUUCUAUGCUAGCCCCAUUCAAAGGGUUAUGUGGGGAACACUGUGCUUUGUUCUAAUUAAAAUGAAAGGAAAACAAUAAAUGUGUGAACAUAAUGUUCUUAUACAAUAGUUGCUCUACCAAAAAUGAUUUACACCAUGCCAAGAUGUUAAAACAUAUUAUUUCAGUCACCGGCACAGAAAAAGUGUGUACAAUGCUAACUACAAGUGUGUACACAGGUGAUGAUUAACAUUUAUACAAAGCCCGACGCAGCAGUUUAGGCUAUAACGAGUGACAUCUGUUGGUGGGGGAGGAGGGGGACUGAUUUGAAAAAUGAAAGUGCAAUUAUCAUGACCAACAUGUCUUGGUAUAGCUUUAUGGCAAAUUUCACGUUUUUCUAGAAGUUGUGCUAGCUAAUGUCCAGCAAUUACUGCUAUGCCAACUCUCAUAAUUACAGAUCAUGAAGGUCAGGAGCAGCCACGUGCAGCCCAAUAUCUCCAAAUGACAUAGCCGAGUACCAAAACUCAUAGUGCUCUGCACACUACAAAUUGUGAUGGUGACUUGAGUUACUUUUUGGGAAAUAAUCUAAGGGUAUGUAUGAUUUUUAAAGGAAUGCUAUAGCAUUGGGAAUACGUGUUUGUAUUCUUAAUGCUAUAUCACUCUCAUCCCUAUUUAUAUUUAGUUGCCCACUAAAUUAAUUUAAAAAAGAGAAAAGAAAAUAAUUUUUUUUUUUUUUUUUUUAAAUGUAAAAAAAAUUUUUAAACAGCGAAGAGGCUCGCUUGGUGCAGCCGGCCACUCUGCCUCUGGUGACGCCCAUAGAUAUUGCUUCCCUGGGUUAUCGUCCAAUCUAAUAAAGAAGCGUUAGGGAUGAGAAAUGUGCGCAAGUGCUCGUCCAAAUGAUUUUCAUAGAGAAGCAUUGAAUUCCACUUCCCUAUCGGCAUUUAAUGACGUUUGACAUCAAACGUCACUUUGCACAGUGGUCAUUGCUGUUGAAGCUUCCUCUAGCGGCUCUCAGGAAGACAGCCAACAGAGUUGUUUGGCUCUGCAAUAAACUUCUCCUAACCAGUGGUGUAGGGGACAAGAAUAAAUCUCGUACACUAGAAUCCUUGGAGCAUUUCUUUCUGGUAAGGGAAGGGUGAGUCUGUAGCUUAAGCUGAGUCUCGCUGAACUGUUCAUCUAAUGAAACUUUCUACGCAUUAUCAUUAUUAUACAUGUUAAAAAUAGAUAAUUUUAACCAUAUUGUUUUCAUUUAUGCACAUUCAGGUUGCUGAGGCACAUUCAGGUUGCUGUGAUUGUGUAACAUAAUAUCUGCACAGGAAUAUGUGCUAGACCUGCCUCAGUCCAGAUGGGAGACACCACAAAAGGGUAGAUGACAAUGACCGGGUUAAGAUCCUGUGGGACAGACAGACAAGCAAAUAGUGGCCAGCUAACCUGACAUUAUGAUGGUAGACAAGACUGCAACGGUGGUGAAUGUGGUAAUACAUAGUGACUAUAACACCAGGAAGUAGGAAAAUGAGAAGGUGGACAAAUACCAAAGACUAAAAGAGGAGCUAGAAAGGAUGUGGAAAUGUCUGUAGUAGUUCCAGUUGCAAUAGGAGCACUCGAGGCUGUGACUUUCAAGUUGGGGCAGUGGCUUCUGCAGAUUCCAGAUAGGACAUCUGAGAUCGCUGUCCUGAAAAGUGCAGUUCUAGGAACAGCUAACAUAUGGCUCUGACUCUGACACCCAGGCCUCUGGCAGAGAAGCUGAAAAUGAGAAAUGCAUAGAGAAAGUAAAAGUAUAUGAAUAUAUUUUAAUAGUGAUGGAUUGUAGCUAUAUUGGUCCAGUGAUGCAGAUAUAAAAUAAUGAAUGAAAUCGACAUUUUGUAAUACCUUUCAUUAUAGGACUAACAGAAUUUUGAAAUAACUAGCUUUCUGGAGACCAUCUCUGAUUUUUUAUGUGAGCAGUGCACAUGCAUUAUUUGUCUGUUUUAGUUUGAUCUUAUUUUUUUCUUUUUCUAUUUUUCAGACCUGUAUAUUACUUGCACUAAAAUUCUGAUAGUCCAACAAAAAAGGUAUUACAAAGAUACUAAUUUCAUCUGUUGUUAUUAAUGAAACACCCCUGGCUGUCAAUCACACAGCCACCAGGGAAGGUAAAGAUAUAUAUCUAUAUAGAGAAAAAAGAAAAAAAAACACGCACUCCAGGGACUUUGUAGAGUUGAAGUAAGAUUUUACUUUUAUUUAAUCCAUAAAAUGUCAACGUUUCAGCUCCCACAUGGAGCUUUCAUCAGGACAGACUAUAAAGAAACAAUGUGCAAACCUGAGACUAUAUAGCCCCAACCACAUACUAAUUACAAAUUGUGUACUCACCCUGCCAUAUGAUUGCCCCUGUAGCAGCUAGACAGACUUCUCAAGUGUUGUAUUAUGGUGUCCUCGUGUGUCAGGCCAAAAAAGGGGGAGGUGUUUGCAUUCCAGGUUGUAUCCUAGCAACCAGUGGAACGCACACGAGCUGGGGAGCUUACUGUAUCAGCAGAAUGCCAAAGUGCUUAAUACAAUCAUCCAGCUAGACAAAGAGUGACUGAGAUCUCUAAAGAUCAUUCGUCUAAUGAGGGUAGUCUCGGGAUGAGAAGAUGGAUCCAGUGCUGAGGGACCUUGACACUGGAAUCAGGUAAGUGAAAGGAAGAGAUUGUUAACCCUUUCAUAAACAGGGAUGGGGGUUUACCAAAAAAUAUGAAAUUAUUUUAAAAGUUUAUCUAAUAAUAUUUGAUUCUUGCUGUGGAAGUGCAGAUAUGAAAAUGUAAGAUCAGGCCAGUUUACAUGGCCAUAGCAUGCAGUAUUUGACCUGUAUGCAGAUAUUACAAAUUGUUGUAGCCAGAUUACUAACUAAAUCUGACGUACAACAUUCACUCAUUCUGCACCCACUUGUAUCAUAUUCACCACUUUAGAGGACACCAGGGGAAUGUUGGUUUCCUGACUUUUAUAGUGCUCACAUCUAGGGCCUAUUGAAGAAAUGUGAAAUCGAAUGCACCGUUCUGUGACUAACUUCUGUGAAGAACUGUAAUAACAAACUACUUGCAGGAGAAACAACUUGAGAUCUGAGAGAGUAAUUAAAGGACCACUAUAGUGCCAGGAAAACAUACUUGUUUUCCUGGCACUAUAGUGCCCUGAGGGUGCCCCCACCCUCAGGGUCCCCCUCCUGCCGGGCUGGAUGGCAAGGAAACGGGUUAAACUUUUCUUUUUUCCAGCGCCGGGCGGGGGGCUCUCCUCCUCCUCUCCGCCUCCGAUCCUCCUCUUUGGCUGAAUGCGCAUGCGCGGCAGGAGCUGCGCGCGCAUUCAGCCUGUCUCAUAGGAAAGCAUUCAUAAAGAAAGGAUACUCUUCUGUAGAUAUGUUAUGGUGAUAUGUUCCUGUCUGCCAAGAGAGUUGAUAGAUUCAUCAGUGUACGUUCAUAAUAAUUAAACUGCUGCGUGACUGAGACUCAUUUGCAUGUGAACACUUUUUACAUGUGCCUUUGCUUGUCUUAGGGAUCCUACAGGUCCUACAAUUCUGUCGCAGGGAUUUGAAAUUACAGGUCCAGUGGGCCAUUCUUCACCCUGUAAAUACAUUCAUGUGGCAUAUGACUAACAGUCCUGACAGUUGUAAUUGAGAGAGGUCCAUUAUAAUCUGCCCCUUAUCAGGUACUCAAUCAUUUUGGUCAGCUUCAUUUCUAGGGUUCUGUUGUUUUGCAGAAGGAAACAAGAUCUUCUGUGAUGAACACACAGCGCUGUUAAAGGACCACUCUAGGCACCCAGACCACUUCAGCUUAAUGAAGUGGUCUGGGUGCCAGGUCCAGCUAGGGUUAACCCAUUUUUUAAUAAACAUAGCAGUUUCAGAGAAACUGCUAUGUUUAUCAAUGGGUUAAGCCUUCCCCCUAUUCCCUCUAGUGGCUGUCUCAUUGACAGCCGCUAGAGGCGCUUGCGUGAUUCUCACUGUGAUUUUCACAGUGAGAGCACGCCAGCGUCCAUAGGAAAGCAUUGUAAAUGCUUUCUUAUGCGACCAGCUGAAUGCGCGCGCAGCUCUUGCCGCGCGUGCGCAUUCAGCCGGCGGGGCGUAACGGAGGAGGAGAGGAGGCAGAGAGCUCUCCGCCCAGCGGUGGAAAAAGGUAAGUUUUAACCCCUUUCCCCUUUCCAGAGCGUGGCGGGAGGGGGUCCCUGAGGGUGGGGGGACCCUCAGGGCACUAUAGUGCCAGGAAAACGAGUGUUUUCCUGGCACUAUAGUGGUCCUUUAAGGAACUUCCAUUGAAAGCUCUGCCAUGCCACUGAUCUGUGAGGGAGUGUGUAUAUAUCCUGUGUGUAGCCUUGUGCAUGAGUCUUGGCGUAUGGAUCUACUCCAUGACUUGUCUAGUUGUCCCUUGGGUAAGUUGAAUUUGCGAUCCCUGCGCUAGUGAUUCCUGCUGUUUACCAAAUACAUAUUUUGGAUUAGAGGGACAUUUUUUGAACAACUAUGUUUCUGGGUAUGUUGAGAUGCAAAGGUCAUCCCUAUGCCUUUCUUCUUGUUAUAGGGGCAGCUAGACGCACCCCCCACAUUAGGUGUUAUGUAUUCCCCUUGCCCAUAUACAUGUUGAUUUGGAACAGUUGCUUAGAGUGCCCAUUCAAAAUAAUGCACCAAAAAUAUAUAAAAAUAGAUGCUUAAAGCACCACUAUAGUGUCAGGAAAACAAACUCGUUUUCCUGGCACUAUAUAAUCCUUAGGUCCCCCCCACACCCUCACGGCCCUCCUCCCGCUGGGCUGAAGGGGUUAAAACCUUUAUCCACUUACCUUUAUCCAGCGCUGGGCUCCCUCGGCACUGAUGACCUCUCCUCCGACGUCAGGACCCAAGUGGAGCAGAAUGCGUAUGUGCGGCCAGAGUCCUAUGGACGUUCUGCGUGCUCAAUUCGAUUUUAACAUUGUGCGUCAGGGAAGCGCCUCUAGCAGCUGUCAGGAAGACAGCCACUAGAGGCUGGAUUAACCCUGCAAUGUAAACAUAGCAGUUUCUUAGAAACUGCUAUGUUUACAUCUGAAGGGUUAAAACCUGGGGGACCUGGCAUCCAGACCACUUCAUUGAGCUGAAGUGGUCUGGGUGACUAAAGUGGUCCUUUAACUUCAAAGUUAAUGUGUUGUAACCAAAUCCCCAGUAUUUGUCCUUUCUCUCCUGAAUUUUCACCACAGCAGAAAGUGUCUGAAACUAAAAUGAUGAAGUUUAGUUGAGGUGAAUAAAUUAGUAAGAGGUCUUGCCUAAUGAAACCUAUUUUCUUCACUUAAAGCACACACACGCACCACUGUAUUAUUGCGUUAGAGCACUAAAACACACUCAAGUGAGUUUUAUUACUAAAGAGAUCUGUGACACAAAAUAUAAUUUUCCAUAUUUGAUUGUCCUCAUGACAUAAUCUGUUCUGUUGAUCCUUUGACCAAAAUAUUGUUUCGCACGUGUAAUACACUUACAUUGCCUGGUUGUUUCAGUUGUGACUACAUGAUCUCUGACCUGUCACAUGAGAUUCUGGACCAGAGAUGAGUUAAGGUGGACUAUUGGGCAUAAUGGUAUCUGUUUUGCCACUCCACAAGUCCAUUCCCAAAUCCCUGAUUACAUUAAAGGUUUCUUAUGAUUUGCCUACUAAGGCCCGGGUUCUGAAAAAAAAAAAAUAGCUACAAUAUUUUUCUUUUUAUUUAUAUGAUAAUACUUUUUUCAAAGGACUAUCUGUAAUGACUAUGAAUUGAAUUACAUCACAAAGACAGAAGAGGUGAAUAUUUUAAUUUUAGUGCUUUUAUAUGAAAAUUUAAAAAAUAGAAAUACAAUCAUAUAACACAUUAGUGGUUCAACAUAGGCAGAUGUAAUGCCAAAACAUUUUGCAUACUCUAUACUAGCACAGGGCUCGACAAAUCCCAGUUCGCCAUGGUGAUGAGAAAAUUUGUCCUGGCACCUGGGAUUUGUGAGCCUCUUCAGCCACUGAACUGGCUGCCUGAGAUUAGAGGCAGGCAUUUGGCUCACGCAGGGCUGAGGCGGGUAGGCAGCCGGAUUGUCGGUUCAUUGAGUCUCUAAUUCAAUCUCCAUUGUGCACCCUCCAGUGAUGCCGGGGCCCGGAAUAUGACGCGCAAAAGGGAGCAGACCAGGGAGAUGACAGCAGCCCCACCUUACCCUAGGAAAAGCUGAUCCACUCCAGCUCUCCCAAAUGUAGGGAGACUGGGUGAAUUUAAAAUAAAAAGUGUGUGUGUGUGUGUGUGUCUGUGUGUCACUCACCCUUUUCCCACACCGUGCUGGUGACGCCGCGGUUGGCCACACCUCUAUGGCUGAGAUCAUUAUUCUUGACUCUCUCAAACAAUCCAAUGCAUCCCCAUAGAAAACCAUUGUUAGACAAUCGCACAUGCGUGGCAAAACGCUAUGCUGUGCAGUCAACUUCUCAUAGAAAUCCCUAUGGGGAGCAUUAAUGUAGGUUACCCAGGAAGCACUUCUAGAGGCUUCCUGAGUGACUGUCACUAGAGGUGUUACCAGACAGCAAUGUAAACCCUGCCUUUAGUCUGAAAAGUCUAUUUACUUUGAAAAGCGUGCAGGGACAGUAUAAAGACUUCAGAACAACUGCAUUAAAGGACCACUUCAGCUCAAUGAAGGGGUCUGGGUGCCAGGUCCCUCUAGUUUUAACCCUGCAGCUAUAGUGGUCCUUUAAGCUAUAGUGGUUCUUGUGAUGAUUGUGUCCCUUUAAGAAUUGUAUUUUUGAUGUUGAAAAAUCUGGCUCCUAUCUUUAGCUGUCUCCUUGAUUUCAAGUAAAUAUGUUAGGCCCUAUACUAGCAUUCCAACUUGUUAAAAUGAAUUUUUAAUAUGGUUGUUUGCUUUUGUCAAUAAUAUAUACAUAUGUCAGUGACAUCCAGAUGAAUGCUAGGACCCUAGAUUUCCCAGCAGAACAUUGCCUGGAGCAUAACACUACUUGGGUAAGAGAUGGCAGCGGGAUGUACUAUGGGAAGAAGGCAGGCUGGAGAAAGCAAAGGAAGCACAUAUACCUUGCCAUCCACCUGAUGUUAAAGAAAACCUAAUGCAUCAUACCAUGCAACCUUCUUCCUUUGCUCUGUGGUUCUACUAAAAGUGCUUUCUGCAAUGGACAUGGGUAAGCUACUUUGCAGCUCCACACGCAACAAACUGCAAUACACUGUUUAUUCAAACACCUUUCUACCAUGGCCAGCAUUACAUUUUUCAACAAUAAAAACUAUAGUAGCUUUUCUGUAUAAUUGGACCAGACGGGCUAAAUUUCGCUCCCCACGGGCAUCAAUGAACCCUGGGUGCCAGUGACCCUGACUUCGGUUCACCGUUUGUCCUUUCUUGAACCAUUUUUGGUAGAUGCUAAACACAGCAUACAGGGAACACCAGGGACGGUGCAAGGAUUUUUGCUCCCCUAGGCAAAAAAAUUAAAAUGUUGCCGCCCCAUUUGCACUACCCACUCAUGCAGACGGACAUACACUUACUCAAGCAGACUGACCUAUGCAGACUGACGCACGCGCACUGACACCCCAACUGAUGCACAAACUAACCCAUGCAGACUGAUGUGCACACACACUGACUAAUGAAGACUGACACACACACUGAUAAAGGCAGACUGGCGCGCGCGCGUGCACACACACACUGACCCAUACUGCAGACAGACACUGACCCACACUACAGACGCACACUGACCUGCACAAAUACAAAUUAUUCACAAACACACAUUGUGAUGUCCCAUUGACCCUCUUACCUUGUGUUCCUGGCAGCUUUCCUGCGUCUGGCCGCCUUCAUUUUGUCUCAGCCCUGCUGUGCUCCCGCCAACAUGUCCCUACGUACAGGGCUAGGGGCGGGAGCGAGAAAUUAAAGCGCCCUUGCACUGUUGCGGCCAUGGCAGUCUUUGUGGUUGACCUGGCUGAGUAGGCUGAAGUGGAUGCCACUGGACCAGUGUUACACUGGGCGCUAGUCAGCAGACGAUUAAGUGCUCCCUUGCGCCUGGUAACAUGGCCAGCAGCACAAUUUGUAGAACUUCUCCAAUCGGGCGGCCAAGCGAGCAGAGUGCAGAGCAAUAAAAAAAUCCAGGGCAGGCGCCCUCUUUGAGCAGCGCCCUAGGCAGUAGUCUAUUUGGCCUAUAGGAGGCUCCGGCCCUGAGAAACACCGCACAAAACUUACCAUUUUUUAGAUGCUCUGACCCAGUCGUCUAGCUAUCACUACUUGGCCCUUGUUAAAAUCACUCAGAUCUUUUCUAUUACCCAUUUUGAAAAACUGGCUGUUCACUUGCUGCAUAAUAUAUCUCACCCCUUGACAUGUGCUAUUGUAACUAUAUAAUCAAUGUAAUUUACUUAACCUGUCACUGGUUUUAAUGUUCUGGCUGAUCUCUCUCUCUCUCAUCUCCUAUCUCCACUAUCUCCAUAUUCACACAUGGUAAAGCCUUCACCAUGGCACCACAACUACUACAAUACACUGUAAUGAUUCAUGUGUUUUGAGUGUCCCUUUCAGGUGAGAUUAGAUUUUUAAAGAAUAGCCAGUGAACUAAGAUUUAUAAAUCUUUGCAGGUUUAUGUGUGGGCUCAUAUUUAUAUCUAUAGAGCUUGGUACAUGUUACAGCAAUUUCCUCUGGAAAUGAUCUUUUGUAAUACAUUAUGUAGGCAAGUUGGCUGGUGAAUGAGGAGCGCCUAAUGCGUCAAUGCAAAUUUUGAAAUUACUUUUGCAGGCUUAAUUCUUUGAUUUGAGUACAAUAGGUAGAAUAUUACAGUUACAGCUAUUAAACGCACAGCGUUCUCAUUGUCUCCCAUCUUUGUUAAAUAUAAAUGAAAAGGAUUGCUUUGCACUAUAGAUAGGCUUGUCAUUUGAUUUUUCCGUUUCUAUCAUUACUGAAAUAAAUUGUAGCUUUAAAGUGUAUUGUAUCACACAUUUGCCAAGGGAAAAAAUGGAGAGAGCUAUAAACCACAAACCAAAUUUUAUUUUUAUUUUUUGUGUAUUUAUUUCUUUAAAUACAAACACAACCGGGCUAUCUAUAUAUACACACUUUAUUUUUAUUGUUUUUCUAGUUUAACAGUGCAUGUUUAUUGCAUUGGGAGAUACAUAUAUAUAUUUGCUCUUUUAUAAGGCUUUAAGAGAUUGUUAUUAAGGAACACUAUAGUCACCAGAACAACUACAGCUUAAUGUAGUUGUUCCUGUGAGUAUAAUCAUUAUAUGCAGGCAUUUUCAUGCAAACACUGCCUUUUCAGAGAAAAAGCAGUGUUUACAUUACCCCUAGGGAUACCUCCAAGUGGCUCAUCCUCAGAUGGCCACUGGAGGUGCUUUCUGGUUCAGUGCUGCACAGUCUGCAUUUACCCCACUUCCUUGCCGAUUUUAGCCAAUUCGAUGCUUUUCCCAAUGGAAAGCAUUGGAUUGGCUAAAAAUCAGCAAUUCUGAUGUCACUGCGGGGGCGGGACCAAUACGGCGCUGGAAAUAAGGUGAGUUUUUCAUGCUUUUAAGGGGGGUUGGGGGAGACACCUUAAUAGUCAGUUUAGCACUAUAGGGUCAGGAAUACAUGUUUGUGUUCCUGAGCCUAUAGUGUUCCUUUAAAUGAUCAAAAGGGAAAAAAAUGAAGGUAAAGUUAGAACAUUGAGUAAUGCUCAAUGAAAACUCCGUCUGUUGUAUGCCUUUGGUGAUAUAAAUCCAGAAAAUUUUAAGGGAACACUAUAAAGUAAGGAACAGAAAUAUGUAUUCCUGACCCUAUAUUGUUAAAGCCACCAUCUUGCCUCUUAAAGGGACACUAUAUUCAUCAGAACAACUACAGCUUAUUGAAUUUGUUCUGGUGAGAAGAAUCAUUACCUUCAGGCUUUUUGCUGCAAACACUGUCUUUUCAGAGAAAAUGCUGUGUUUACAUUACAGCCUAGUGAUAACUUCACUGGCUACUCCUCAUAUAGCUUUUGGAGAUCCUUCCUGGGUCAUGGCUGCCUAAAAUGCAUCCAAACAUUCAGUAUCUCCUCCCUCUGCAUGCAGACACUGAAAUUUCCUCAUAGAGAUUCACUGAUUCAAUUCAUCUCUAUGUGGAAAUGCUGAUUGGCCAGGGCUGUGCUUGAAUUGUGCUGGCUCUGCCCCGAUCUGCAUGUUUGUCACUCUCAGCCAAUCCUAUGGGGAAGCAUUGUGAUUGGAUCAGGCUACCACUUCUGUUGAUGUCAGCAGGCAGUGGGGAAGGUCUAAAGGAAACAGGGACAUUGCAUGCAGCUGCAGACUUGAAUACAAGUAAGAUUGUACUAUUUUAGGGAGACAUGAGGGAACCAGGGUGGCUAGAUGGUGGUUUUAACCCUAUAGGGCCAGGAAUACAUGUUUGUGUUCCUGACCCUAUAGUGCUUCUUUAAAUAAAGUAACAUCUUACCUUUAUUCCAGUCUGCUGUUGCUGGCUCUGCCCCUGAUUUGCCUCCUUGGCUUACAUAAUCAGAAGUGAUGAUCUGAGCCAAUCACAAUUCUUUCCUAUUGGAUUGGCUGAGACAGUCAAGAAGGCAAAUCAUGGACGGAGCCAGCGCAAGCUAAACACAGCCAGUCCAUCACCUUUACCUUCAUAUUCUUUAGCAAGGCAGUGGUCGUCUUGGAGGUGUGUUUGGGGUCAUAAUUAUGUUGGAAUACUGCCUUGUGGCCCAGUCUCCGAAGGGAGGGGAUCAUGCUCUGCUUCAGUAUGUCACAGUACAUGUUGGCAUUCAUGGUUCCCUCAAUGAACUGUAGCUCCUCAGUGCCGGCAGCACUCAUGCAGGCCCAGACCAUGACACUCCACCACCAUGCUUGACUGUAGGCACGACACACUUGUCUUUGUACUCCUCACCUGGUUGCCGCCACAUACGCUUGACACCAUCUUAACUAAAUAAGUUUAUCUUGGUCUCAUCGGACCACAGCACAUGAUUCCAGUAAUCCAUGUUCUUAGUCUUCAGCAAAAUGUUUAUUUUCUUGUGCAUCAUCUUAAGAAGAGGUUACCUUCUGGGACGACAGCCAUGCAAACUAUUUGAUGCAGUGUAGGGCGUAUGAUCUGGGCACGGACAGACUGACCCCUUACCCCUUCAACCUCUGCAGGAAUGCUUGAAGCACUCAUACGUCUAUUUCCCAAAGACAACCUCUGGACGCUGAACACAUGCACUCAACUUCUUGGUUGACCAUGGCGAGGCCUGUUCUGAGUGGAACCUGUCCUGUGAAACUGCUGUAUGGUCAUACCCACCAUGCUGCAGUUUCAGGGUCUUGGCAAUCUUCUUAUAGUCCAGGUCAUCUUUAUGUAGAGCAACAUUUUUUUUUUUCUAUUUUUUUUUUUCUUCAGAUCCUCAGAGAGUUCUUUGCCGUGAGGUGCCAUGUUGAACUUCCAGUGACCAGUGUGAGAGCGAUAACACCAAAUUUAACACACCUGCUCCCCAUUCACACGAGACCUUGUAACACUAACGAGUCACAUGACACCAGGGAGGGAAAAUGGCUAAUUGGGCCCAAUUUGGACAUUUCCACUUAGGGGUGUACUCACUUUUGUUGCCAACGGUUUUAUUAACGGAGUUAUUUUGAGGGGACAGUAAAUGUACACUGUUAAACCGGCUGCACACUUAUUACUUUACAUUGUAACAGAGUGUCAUUUCUUCAGUGUUGUCACAUGAAGAUAUAAUAAAAUGUUUACAAAAAUGCGAGGAGUGUACUCACUUUUGUGAGAUACUCUCGAUAGAUAGGUAGAUAUGUCAUACACACCCCAAAAUCCAAAAAUUGAUUCAUCUUAAAAAGAGAGCCGACGUUUCAGUCCCACCACGGGGAAUUUAAUCAGGACGAAUGUUCAUCCUGAUGAAAGUCCUAGUGGUGGGACUGAAAACUGACAUUGACCCAAACAGUCACUGAGAAUUGUUAGCGUCUCCAUACAGUGGUGCUAAUGGAUGAAUAUCUAAUAAUCAGACAGCCAGGGAGGUGUUACAGCAGUAAUAUAUACUUGUUAUUCUUAGUGUUCUAAUUUUGUUUAUUUAUAUUUUAUUAAACCAAAUAUUUUGAUUUUCCCGCCACAUAUCUUUUGUAUUGGCUUAUUUGUAAAAUAAAAACUACAGAAUUUUUUUUUUUUUUAAUAUUGAUUUCAUAGUUUCACUCUUUUAAAAAAAUUUUUUUAUUAAAACAGGGGCUACCAGUAAUCUAAAUUAUUAAAAAUAAGAGUAUGCAUUUUAGAUUAGUAUGCUUUUAAUAUUAGUCUUCAUUUCUAAGAGCCAGAGAUUUAACCACUUGACUUGAUAUGAUAUGUGAUGUAUUUUUUUUUUUUUUUCUUCAUAUUUUUGGCUACAAGAAUAGUAUAACCUGUAAACUGGCCAAUCUUCUUGGUCCAUAGUGUCUUUCAAAGUCAGUCUAGUAUCAUUCUUUAUUUUGGCAGGCGUGCCUUUUCAAAUAAAAGUUUGGAAAGGCAUGCAGGGUGCUGAUUACUUGAAGGUUGGCCAAGGAUUUGGUAGUUUUCUGAAGGUCUGUGAACAAAAAGGAAUCAGCUGCAUUGUUUGAAAGACACAUUAAAUAUUUGUGAAGGAGAGAUAGGAGUUUCACUCUGAAUAUAGCAUGAGCGUCGUUUAUUAGGUACGCAAACACAAUUGCUCUGAUAUGUAAGUAAAUGCACUGUUCUACAAUGUUCAGCGCUGUAUGAGCCCUAGAAUGAAAUAGGGGUUUUCCAUCUUUUUUGAAUUAAAUGAUUUUGUGACAUGGUACUGUAAAAUAUUGUAUAAUAGUUAUUGUAGAUUUCUGUUGAUGAUUGAGGAUAAUUUUUUUUCUUCUUUCUUAAUGGGACACUAUAAGCACCAAAACAACUUGAGCUGGUCUGGGUGCAUAAUCCCAGGUCCCUUAACCCUGCAAAGGUAAUUAUUGCAGUUGCAAAAGUAAUUAUUGCUGUUUUUAAUAAACUGCAAUAAUUAUCUUUGUGGGUUAACUCCACCUCUAGUGACUUCUGGUCGCCUAACUUAGACAGGAGGUCCUCACCUAUGCAUGAAAACAUCCAGCUUCCCCCAAGACCCCAUAGGAAAGCAUUGUAUAAUGCUUUCCUUUGGGGAAAGUACUAAUGCAAGUGUGCACUUUAGGUCUCCCCUGCCGACGUCAAGAAGAGCGGCAGCAGAACCAUCGCCGAGGAACUUAGGUGCUGCACUCAGAUAAGUGACUUCUGCACUAUGAGGUGUUAUAGUGCCUGGAAAACAACUUUGUUUUCCUGGGAGUAUAGUUUCCCUUUAAUGAAAUGUGUAUUUAUUUUUAUUUGGGGGGGGGAGGGCGGGGAGGGGUGUAUAGAUCGUAACCCUGCUUCUCACUGCUCCAUUCCCUUCCAUUUAGAUAAGUUAAUACACUUUGUUUGUGCAUCUAUAGCCACAACUUCUCAGAAUCUAAAAAAAAAUGUUGACAUUUGUUGAGCUUUCCUCAUUGCAGUUUGUUUAUUUCAGAAAUUAUCUCCUGCUCUGUUAAAAUGCUGCUAGACUUUAGUGAAACCAUCUGUUUAAUUAAAUUUCAAUUAACAGAGCAAGAUAUUAUAACUUGAAUCUGAUUUAAAAAUGAAACCAUUAUUUUCAUCGAGGCUGUGAGUAAGUGACAUCCAGGUGAGGUGUGGCUAGGGCUACAUAAACAAAAUUAAUUUAACUCCUAAAUAAUAGAGUUGAGCAGUGAGGCUACAUGACAUGAUCUAUACAUCAGAACUACUGUAUUAAGCUAGAGUUCUUUUAGUGUGUGUAACAUUUCCAAUAUUUUUUUUUUUCCCUCACUCGUAUGUCUAUCGUGCUAUUAUUACUAGUAGCAACUAUGGCAUUAUCGUCUUUUAAUACCGUAAUUUAGAAACAAAUUACAACUACAGCUUAAUAUAGUGGUUCUUGUUUCUAUAGCCUGUUCUUGCAGGCUUUUUAAUGUAAACAUUCCCUAUAUCCCCGCCUCGCCUCCUUGUCUAAGAUUAUCAGAUUUGACUAUCACAGCCAAAUCAAUUCUUCCCAUAGGAUAGGAUUGGCUGAGAUCACUAAUUCUAAUGAUCUCAGUCAAGGAGGCGGGUCAGGGGUUGAACCAGCGCUGGCAGACCCGCGUAGUGCUAGAUUAAAGAUGUGUUUAAAGUCUCUUUAAGUGGUGUAAGGGGAAGUCAGGGGCCUAAGUAGUGUUUUUAACACUAUAGGGUCAGGAAUACAUUUGUGUUCCUGACUCUUAGUGUUUCUUUUAUUAUUAUUUUUUUUUUAGUCUACUUAUGUAAUUGCUGUGCAGUGGUGUCAGGAGGCUAGAUUCGUUUGGCUGGUGAAGAUAUGGAGAAAAAAAUACCGUUCUACUAAACUCUGCUUUUUUUAUAUUGAACUUGUUUUGGAUGUGUAGAUAAACUUUGAAUUCUCAAUAGAAUGUUUCAGCAUCCUCUAGUCUAAAGUCUCUGAUUAAUUUGAUGUAUCUAUAAAUUGCUAUAUAAUUGAAUUAGAGCUCCCUCUUUUGGUUUCUAGUACAUAUUUACUGCAUGAAGCACAGCAGUGGCAAGUGUUUAGGGUAAAUAAAGAUGUUUAAUAGACUAUGAGUUUGUUUGUCAAGUUUUGAAUUUGCUGCAAAGUGUUUGGUCUCUAAAGUGUUUUUUAUAUAUAUUUUUUAUAAUAAUAAUUAUUAUUCUAACAUCAUGAUUCCCCAAUACCCUCCCAAACUCCCCAACUGAGGAAGUUGUUCCUACCUUUAUUUUGGCUACACUGUAGUGUUUCAAAAAUCAAAGUACCAAAAGCGGCAGAAUUGUAAAAUUGGGAGGGUACAUCUUGCCCAUUACUUGUUGUAUGUAACACUCUGUCCUAGUUUUUAAUAGCUUCAAAUUGGCAGCAUCUAAAUCUCAGAUAUACACAACCUUUUAAUCACCCCACUCCCCUGCAUUUUGUUCUUCCGAGUGCAGAAUUUCUUUUUUGCACAACUGUACACCGAUCCAGCAUAGGCUUGUGAUUUUACUAAUUUUCACAUUUUCCACUAGAACAUGCUGUGUUCAAUGUCUUUUCAGAAUGUGUAAAGGAAAAUCAUAACCCUUUUAAUACAUAUACCUCAAUAACUCUCUUCGGUUUACCCUUGCCUUAUAGGGGUGGCCAUCUUAAAAGGGACCCUAUAGUCACCUGAACCAUUACAGAUUAAUGCAGUGGUUCUGGUGUCUACAGCCUGUUCCUAGAGGCUUUUCAAUGUAACUAAUACUGCCUUUUUAUAGAAAAGGGAGUUUUUGCAUUGCUGCCUAGUAACAUCUCUAGGUGCUAGCAUUCAGAUGGCCACUAGAGGUGCUUCCUAGUGCAGUGCUGCAAAGUGUGCCGCAUUAGCGUUAAGUGUUUUCACUCUCUACAUGGAGACGCUGAAUGCUCCCCAUACAGAUGCAUUGAUUUGCAGCAAAUGUGCAAUAACCUCUCAGCGUGGAGAAGCUAAACACACAUUAUUAUUAUUAUUAUUAUUAUUAUUAUUAUUAUUAUUGCCAUUUACAUAGUGCCAACAGAUUCCAUAGCGCUUCACAAUAUUAUAAAGGGUGGGAUUUAACUAUAAAUAGGACAAUUACAAGAAAACUUGCAGAAGCACCUCUACUGGCCGUCUGAGUGACUGCCACAAGAAGUGUUACUAGGAAGUAAUGUAAGCACUGCCGUUUCGCUGAAAAGCCAGUGUUAACAUUAAAAAGCCUUCAGGAACAUGCUAUUGACACCAAAACCACUGCAUUAAGAUGUAGUUCUGGUGACUAUAGUGUCCAUUUAAGCCAGAAUAUUUGCUGAAAAAAACUAAUAACUUUUAUAUGUAUUCCUUACAAAGUACGCUAUGCUAAUGACAUAUCAUAUUUUAAGUAAUAGUAGGAAUUAGUUUACUUUUAAGCACUCUGUUUCUUGUAUCUAUUUUUAUUGACAUGAACAAACCAUUUGAUAAUAUGUUAGUUUGCUAAACACGCAGUUGUAUAAUCAAGGUUAACACAUGCAAGGUCAUAUUAGUUUAGCCUCUGGCUUAGGGGUAAACAUUGCAAAGUAAUAUGUGUGUAUCUAUCUCUCUGUUCAUAAUGAGAAGUUCCGACAGCAAGGUAAUAAUUCACAGCAUAUAACUCCAGAGACUCUAGCAGGCAGCUGAAAAAAUUGUACUACAACACAUGCUCAAAGGCUGUCAGUGUUUGCCCCCUAGUUGUAACUUGAUGUUUUCCAUAAUUCCCCAUGUGGAAUAUGGCUACAGGGCCAAGCUGCCUAAAAUACUUACAAUGUAUUGAUGUCCUAUUAUUUUAUGAUCUAUAUAUAUGUUGCUUUUAACAAUUAGCUGAAUAAAUUUUGCAGUGCCUCUGUUUGCUUAAGAGAAGUUAUUAAAAUAAAGAUGUUACUUUUCUGCAGGCUGAGAUUCCCUUGUUGCUGUUAACACUCUGUCUGCUGCAACAUCAUGGUGGAGGAAAACUGCUAUGUUUUUUAUAUUUCAGGAUUAGAACUUCAUUGAGAUGAAGUGUUCUGGGUGACUUUAGUGGUCCUUUUAAACAAUUUGCUAUAACAUUUCACACAAUGUUGCUAGCAUUUUCACACUUUUGAUCUCCUGGCUAUAUUUAUUUAUUACCCUUGGCAGUGACCAAUUGCGUUAAACCUAAUUUUUGGUUGAAACUUCAAUAGUAUCAGGUAAAAUGGUCACUCUUACCACAAAAAGUAUUUAGGCUUUUCAUAUAGAUCAUGGUACAUUAUACGUGUGUGUGUGUGUGUGUGUGUGUGUGUGUAUAAAUACAUACUGGUAUAAAUUGUACAAGCUAAAUAAUAUUUGAUAUCUUUUCAUGUGACAACACUGAAGAAAUUACACUUUGCUUCAAUUUAAAGUAGUAAGUGUACAGCCUAUAUAACAGUGUACAUUUGCUGUCCCCUCAAAUUAACUCAACACACAUCCAUUAAUGUCUAAACCAUUGGAAGCAGAAGUGAGUACACCCCAAAGUGGAAAUGUCCACAUUGGGCCCAAAGUGUUAAUAUUUUGUGUGACCACCAUUAUUUUCCAGCACUGCCUUAACCCUCAUGGGCAUGGAGUUUACCAGGGCUUCACAGGUUGCCACUGGAGCCCUCUUCCACUCCUCCAUGACGACAUCACAGAGUUGGUGGAUGUUGGAGACUUUGUGCUCCCCCACCUUCCAUUUGAGGAUGCACCACAAAUGCUCAAUAGGGUUUAGGUCUGGAGAGUGGGACAUGCUUUAGGUCUGGAGACAUGCUUGACCAGUCCAUCACCUUUACCUUCAGCUUUUUUUAGCAAAGCAUCGUUCAUCUUGGAGGUGUGUUUGGGGUCGUUAUCAUGGACUGGCCAAGCGUGUCUGGAAUACUGCCUGGCGGCCCAGUCUCAGAAGGGAGGGAAUCAUGCUGUGCUUCAGUAUAUCACAGUACGUGUUGGCAUUCAUGGUUCCCUCAAUGAACUGUAGCUCCCCAGUGUCAGCAGCACUCAUGCAGGCCCAGACUAUAACACUCCCACCACCAUGCUUGACUGUGGGCAAGACACACUUGUCUUUGUACUCCUCACCUGGUUGCCGCCACAUACGCUUGACACCAUCUUAACCAAAUAAGUUUAUCUUAGUCUCAUCGGACCACAGGACAUGAUUCCAGUAAUCCAUGUCCUUAGUCUGCUUGUCUUCAGCAAACUGUUUGCAGGCUUUCUUGUGCAUCAUCUUUAGAAGAGGCUUCCUUCUGGGACUACAGCCGUGCAGACCAAUUUGAUGCAGUGUGCGGCAUAUGGUCUGAGCAAUGACAGGCUGACUCCCCACCCCUUCAACCUCUGCAGCAAUGCUGGCAGCACUCAUAUGUCUAUUUCCCAAGGACAACCUCUGGAUAUGACUCUGAACACAUGCACUCAACUUCUUUGGUUGACCUGUUCUGAGUGGAACCUGCCCUUUGAAACUGCUCUGUGGUCUUGCCCACCGUGCUGCAGCUCAGUUUCAGGUUCUUGGCAAUCUUCUUAUAGCCCAGGCCAUCUUUAUGUAGAGCAACAAUUCUUUUUUUUCUUUUUUUUUCUAGAUCCUCAGAAAGUUAUUUGCCAUCAGGUGCCAUGUUGAACUUGACAAGUAUGAGAGCGAUAACACCAGAUUUAAAGGACCACUAUAGUGCCAGGAAAACACUCAUUUUCCUGGCACUAUAGUGCCCUGCGGGUGCCCCCACCCUCAGGGUCCACCUCCCUCCCGGCUCUGGAAGGGGGAAAGGGGUUAAAACUUACCUUUUUCCAGAGCUGGGCGGAGAGCUCUCCUCCUCCCCGUCGGCUGAAUGCGCACGCGCGGCAAGAGCUGCGCGCGCAUUCAGCCGGUCACAUAGGAAAGCAUUCAUAAUGCUUUCCUAUGGACGCUGGCGUGCUCUCACUGUGAAAAUCACAGUGAGAAGCACGCAAGCGCCUCUAGCGGCUGUCAAUGAGACAGCCACUAGAGGAAAUAGGGGAAGGCUUAACCCAUUCAUAAACAUAAGUUUCUCUGAAACUGCUAUGUUUAUGAAAAAAUGGGUUAAUCCUAGCUGGACCUGGCACCCAAACCACUUCAUUAAGCUGAAGUGGUCUGGGUGCCUAGAGUGGUCCUUUAACACACCUGCUCCCCAUUCACACAUGAGACCUUGUAACACUAACGAAUCACAUGACACUGAGGAGGGAAAUGGCAAAUUAGGCCCAAUUUGGACAUUUCCACUUAGGGGUGUACUCACUUUUGUUGUCAAUGGUUUAGACCAAGGGUAGGCAAGCCUUUAGCAGCACUAUACCGAUAUAGGGUUAGGAUGUCCCGUAGUGUGCCGAUCCUAUUUUUUUAAAUUGAGGUGUGUAUGCUGCCGUAUUCUGCUUGUCUUAUUUUUACUGUAAUUGCCUUGUAUCAUUGUAUUUGUGCGUAUAUAAGCUAUUAUAUUGUAUAAGUUCAUUAGUAGUUUAUGGUAUUGUGUAUGAUACAUAUGAAUGUGUGCUGUGCAUCAGGGCUGCUUGUGGAAUUGUGUGUGGAUGGAUAUGUCACAUUGUGUGUUUGGUAGUGUGUGGGGGCUGUUUGGGGUAUUGCAUUUGAAAGGCUGCAUGCGGGGUUGUGUGCAUGCAUGUGGAUUGUUAGUGGUGUUGCGUUUGUGGGGAUUGUGUGUAUGUUUGUGUGUGGGCUGUUCGUAUUAUUUGUAUGAGGGGAGGGUUAUUCUGCAUUUCUGUGUAUAUCUAGCAGUGUGGGUGGCUUCCCUAGGUUCCAGUGGGGACCAGGCCGGCCAGGUAUAGCUCAGGUAUAGGAGCUGCAACAGCAGCUGCAGGCUGCUCUGCUACAGUGUGGAUUCCCAUUCACAAGUGCUGGGUGGAAGUGAUCUGAGAUCACUUCCUCUAUGUGCUGCAAUGCAUAAAUUGAGGAUUGUCCUGUAUAUUAUGGGUGCUGUAUUUGAUAUUGGGAAUUAUGUAUGGUGCUGACUGGUUAUUGCUGCAUGUAAUAAUGGAUGCAGUGUGGAUAACUAAUGGGUGCUGUACAUGGCUUUUGUUACCAUAUAGAGUUACAUGUGAUAUUACUGUAAUAUGAACUUUUUUUUUUUUUUUAAGUUUAUGCUUAUGUAUAGGUGACAUGGGUGGAAAGGAAGUUAGUUCUCUUUUAUGAUUCAGGCAUGUAUAUUUAAAGGGUUACUGCAACCACCAUGACCACUUCUGCUUUUAGAAGUGGUCAUUGUUAUAGGAGUAUGUAUGUGCAGUGUUUCAGCUUCAAACACGGGCAUACUGAGCAAUCUGGAAUACGUGACCUGGGCAGCCUUGGCUACCUGAUCUAAUUUCUGUGAAUAAAAUACAUCUGUCGUCGGUUUGCACUGCGUCCUAGUGUCAGAUGUUCUCAGCAUCUGAUUGGACUUCAGGGUGAUGCUGUGUUAUGUCAUUCAGGGCAUGGAAAUUGCAGAGGAGAACCUCACACUGCACUGAAUUUAUUGUAUGUUUAAAUUGAAAAAAGAGGUGGACAGAGCAUUUAAAGUAAACAAUCGUUCUAGUGAAAAGGGCUAUAUUAACCCUUUAAAUCUAAAUUCUUUGUGUGUGAGACAUACUGUAUGGGACCUGAAUUGGCAUUGGUGCUAUUUAAGUGGCUCCAUUAACAGAAGAAAGCAUGUAAGAUGUAGGUAAAUAGAAAGAUAUACAUGUGUGCAUAUGCAAUGGACAUUUUCAACCUAGUAUUCGCCCACAGCAAGAACUCCAGGUUAAAAAAUUUGUUUGUUAAAUAAUUCUGCCUGCAUUUCAUUAUCCCCAUGUCCAGCCUUACUGAAUGCAUGUGCACCUGGUAUAUAAAACAGCUGUUGUAGACUGUUCCCAUAUCUCAACUGUAUGGGGGUAUUCAGUGCUUCUCAGCCUCCUUUUAGAAAAGUGAAAUGUCUUACCAUUACCAUAUUCCCAAACGGCCAUGUCUGACAAACUCUUUUUACUAAUGCAUAUAUUAAAGAAAUCAUCAGAUAAAGAUUAUAUCUCCAUUUCUGCACAUAAUUUAACGAUUAUUGGCGAUGUAUUUUAUUCUGUUAUAUCUUCACAUUGUGCAUCAUUUGAAUAAUAAAAAAUGUCAUAUUGACACAUAGACGUGUACUUGUUUCUGUCUUCGAUGUCUAUCUUUCAGCAGAUUUUUGUUUAACAUUGUAUUAACUAUCCACAGACUUCAGGUGGAAGGGGUUUUCAAUCACAUUUUUCCCCCACCAUAACCUUUUUGGUGUUUGCUUCCAUAUAUAUAUACAUGGUAAGGUAUAAAUGAACUUGCUUACCACAGAAAAAUAUAUUUUGUAAAACUCUGCUGCACAGUAGUUUAUGGAAUAUACACAGCACAGAUCCCUGCAGGCCAUGGCAAACGGUAGGCCUUUCUGAAAUGAGUAUUUUUAUAUUUCUUCCUAAGUAAUUUGUUUAACUCCAUAAUGCAUUUGUUCAAGGGUACGACGGGUCAUUCACAGUCUUUAACAUUAUUGUCUUGAGUACAAAAGUGUGGAGGGUGCUUGGAAAGGGCCCUGAUUACAUCACAUAACCGAAAGCCUGCUUCUGCAAAAGCUUGUAGGUUUGUAUACUGCCCUUUGCUAUGGAGCUAUUUCUGUCUAUUGGAUUCCAAAAUUAUAAGCACUGAUGUCAAUGCAGAUGAGGUUGGCCAAAUAUGGUCAGGAGAUCUACACGCAGUGUUAAAUCUUCUGUACAUGGGUAAAGACUGGUGCCAAGACUGACAGGUGUGCUUGUGGGUGGGAGAGAGAGUGAGAGAGGUAUUCCCAGGGAUAGCUUAUCCCUCCUCCUCCUCCAAACAUCCACUGAGGCCUUGAAAACGCAUGCAAGACCAAAUACAUGCUUCUGAUUUUUAUCUAUUGUGUGCUAGAUUUAAAUCUUAGUUAGUUGCUAGUAUUUCUUUUUAUACUCUUUUUGUAAGGUGUCUUGUUUUUUUCUGUCUUUUUUUAUUUUGAUUAAUUUUAAACAAGUAGAGAAAAGUGCAUUAUGAGCUCAGGUUUGACCCAUUUUGGUUAGGGUUGCUUAGCCUCGUAGUCCAGUUAAGAACAUCCUUGUCUGAACACAGAUGAAUACAUUGAAUUAACGUACUAACACCGUAAUUAUAUCACUUGUUUAUAACUAAUGAUGUUUUGUUAUUUUUCUUUAAUGAAACCUUUGGAGGGUUUCAGCACGCUGUAUGUAAGGACGGUGUCGCACAAUUCCUCAUACAAAGUAUAAAGGUUAUGCGAGGUAUUGCACAGUUUCUGCUGGACAGGUCUCUGCAUGUGUCUUGUUUCAGUCAGGCGAUUAACCUUUCAAUGGCAGAGUUGUUUUCAAUCCUAAAUAAAUAGCUGUCGUCCCUCUAUAUUAAAAGGUUUAAUGUGAUGCCCUUCAAUACCAAAGGAAGAUAUUUUACGUAGCACAACAUAUCUAAUGCCAGAACUUGGUGAUAUAAACAAGGUAAAAAAAAUAAAAUGAAAAACUCACAAGCAGCUGUGUUGGUUUAAAUAUGUAACACUUAUUUCUGAUGCUGUCCAAUACUAACUCAAGGGGCCCUUCAGGCUGGAUUUUAACUCCUAUCAUUAAUGCAUUCUAUUGAUCAAGCAUGAAAAAUAUAUGCAGAAAUGUACAUUUAUAAUAAUAAAUAAAGGUACAUUUGAAGUUUAAACCCCUCUCCUUUGCAGCUUCUGCAAUCCGUUAUCACCAAACUAGACCAAAGUGACUCUGCCAAUCAUGGUUCUUCCGUACCAUUACUAUGGCAGUGAUAAACGUAUCCUAUAAAUCUCUGCACAUCUCUGACUUUAAGGCACAACAGGAAUUUCUGGACGUGGUAGUUAAGUUGUUGUCUUUCUGCUGUAGAAUACUGACAGCUGAACUACAACUCAAUCAUUUGCUUUGCAACCUGUUAAAAUGUACAGCUAGAAUUUUGGAGAACUAAAGGAAACCUUGCAAGUUGGGACAAUAGGGUAGAAACGGUGGGUUAAUGGUGCAGGUCUGUUUACUAUUAAACACUACAGGCUAAUUCCAUCCUUCAUAGCAACCUAAUCUCAAUUAAAUUAUGUGCUGUCUCUUCAAGAUUAAAUAGUUUUCAGACAGUUUAACUCCAAAGUUUGUACCCCAGGCAUAGGAUAGCUUUGUCUCCUGUCUCUUCUUUUGCCUGCAUUACAGUCCAGGAAAGUUUGCCUUGGUGGCCGGUGAUAGGCUGAUAAAGGACAGGACAGAGAAGGUAGAGCUGUCCUAUGCUGGGAGGACAAAAUUUGAGGUUUAACAGUUAAAAAGAAAUAAAAUUGGUUUGACCUCUGAAGGUAAACUGUAGCUUAGGCACCUGGUGUGAGUUUUCCUUUGGAAGGGGGGAGACAUCGAUCCACCAGCUUAAAAGGAUUCUAUAGUGCCAGGAAAACAAAGCCGUUUUCCUGGCACUAUAUAAUCCUACAGUGCCCCUCUUCCGUGGUGCGAAAGGGUUAAAACCCCUUCAGUCACUUACCUGAAUCUAGCGCCGCUAUCCCUCAGUGCUGGGUCCGGCUCCACCCACACUCCUAACCCACCGACGUAAGCCGGCGGAGGAGACCUAAUGCUCAUGUGCGGCAAAUGCCCCGCUCGCAUUAGGAUUUAUUCAUUGUUUUCCUAUGGGGAAAAAUCUGACGCUGGAGGUCAGAUUCAUGCAGAGCGUGUGGACACCCAGCCUCAGAUAACGGACCAAAGGUCCGUUUUGAUUUCGGAAGUCCCUCAGCCACUAGAAGAGGAGUUAACCCUUAGAAACUGCAAUAAUUACCACUGUAGGGUUAAGGGACAUGGGACAUUGCACACAGACCACUUUAAUGAGCUAAAGUGGUCUGGGUGCUUACAGUGUCCCUUUAAUAGAUCUGGACUAAGAACACUAUCAAUCUUUAUGGCCUUUAUAAACAUGCUUCUCUCUCAGAUUUUCUAACCACACUAAAAACGUGCAUAUUUUUAUCAAGUUCAUGUCUUGUCAUAUAUGAGUCCCCAUUGUAGCUGCUAUUGAGAAAUAAAAUAUGACGUAGCUAAUUGGAAGUGUGCCACUUUUGUAGGCACUUAUGAAUCCAUGUGGAAACCUUUAUGACUUGUUUUACAUAUUAUUUUUUUUAUAAUUCUUUUUUUGUUGUGCCUUGCGAGUACAACAGGUAAGAGAAGACAAGUCAAAGAAUAGCAUCAAAAAAGUCAACAUUUCUCCAUACAUUGCGAAGAUUACCGCAAUUUUUUUUUUUUGUAUAUAUACAAAGAAUAAAUGCUGCUUCUAGAACUGAAUAUCAGAUAACGUAUAGCAUGGCAUAAGUUGGUGCCUAAAGUAAAACAAAAUUUAUGAUUACAAUAGAUGUUCAUUUGUAAUGUCAUAUUUCCUAACAUCCUAUCCUUAGUAUAUGCGCAUGGACAACAGGAAAUGGAUAGUAAUAGUUGCUUACAGUUGGUUAUAUCAGAACUGGUUAAACGUAAGGUAUAGAUAACAUUCUACAUGGUAAUCACAUAGGAGAUGCAUGUAUGCGUGUCUAAGGUGGUAAUUAUGGUAGUAGCACAGGUUGAUAAAACUUCAUAGUUGGGCGUAUUGACUUAAAUCCUGUGUCUGCAUAAAAAUGAGAAAAUAAAUAAAAUGGAAAGUAUAGCAGAGAUCGGCCACUGGGAGUGUAUACAGGUUGCCAGUGUUAGUUAAACCGUUAGGUGCGGCACUACUUGCACACUGGUGUGAUAUAUAGUGGAGCUUAUUCGGCUCGCCAGUAAUGGCAUAGAGCUGGGCUAAGCGUUUUGUGAGUUACGUCAGGUGAUAUAGAUAUGUAAAAAAAACAAAAAAAACCUUUUGUUUCAGCCUUCUAGGAAGGGGAAACAUGGGUUAGGAAAAAGGGCCUACGUGAGGUCCCCUGUUAAGCGCCAGUGGGGUAGUACCCCUGUGCCCCAAGGGGUCUUGUGCCAUGCACGCGCAGCCGGCAUAUCAGGACACCCUGAACUAAAAUAAUAAAGGGUGAUAAGAAACAAUUUAAAUAAUAUUAAGAAGAUCACAUAGGGGAUGCAGACAGUACACAGGCUUUUCCCCCUCCCCCCUCCAUCUCAUUCAGUUAUGGCAGUCCAUAGUCUAGUAAAGGCAGACCCUGGCAGGCAUCCUGCAAUAUGGUAGCUGUGGCUCCCAGAGGGUCUUUGCCCCCCUUCCAGAUCCCCCUUCAGUUCCAUCCUUCCAGCAGAGUGGUCUGUGGCGAAGUGGGCACUCGGAGAGUGAAACAGUCCGCGGGCCCCCCCCGAGGGUCCACAGGCCAUUCUUCUCCUGCACCUCCCCUGCACCUUCAGGGAUUCUGUGAGGCGUCGUCCCCUGAGAUGUCUCCCCCAGCUCCGGCCACACACUUGAUUCCGUCGUGCUUCGCUCAUGGCCAGCGGUACACCGCUACUCCACAAUUUCUGGUUCCACAGGGCUCGCGGUGCUGGGGACAAAUCUCUCCAGGCCCCCCACAAACCCAGAGGCUGAGGACAACAUGCCUCCGGCGGGUGAACGUUCCGGGUGGCUCCUUCCGCAGGUUCGCAGUCCCCAGGGCUUAUGUUCGGCUUUACGACACGUGAGUAUGUCGUCUUGUACCGCCAUUCCCUGGCAUAUUAUGAUGGGUGUUGGCGUCCCAUAGGUCUGGUGGGUGGAGGGGGGAUCGCCAUCUUUGGCUGUAACUUAGGUUGCUGGACAACCCCCACCAUUCGGGGGGGAGCGGGACCGGGCCGUCACUUGCCGUCAGCUUCAUGUCCCACAGGGCUAUCAGGAGCAGCCACAGGCACAUUUAGGAGCAGGUUGGCAUGUUCCACCAUUGCUGUUUAUCAAGGCAUCAGAGUGGAGCCCGGAGGUAGGCCUGAGACGUCGGCAGGCUUGGUAUUUCUGUGUUACAGGGCCCCAGCCGGCAUCUCCUGGUCUCUGGUGGGUUCCCACAGGUAUAGGUAGCGAUGGUUAGUGGUCUGCUGGGUACUUUUGGCAGUAAAUCACCAUCUUUAGAGAGCGGGGACCGGAGCUGAGGAAGAUGGCUGCCGCUCCGCUCAGCAGCCCGGCCCCGCCCCUGUUUUACAUUUUAACUGCUUCUGCUUCUAGUCUGCUUGCUUCCCUCAAACAAAUUUAUACUUGCAUUUACUAAAAUUUGCACAAAUAUUUCCUAGGCACUAAAUCUUACCCAAUGCUUUCAUAUGGGGGGAAAUCUGACGGUGGAGAUCCUCAUGCAGAGUGUGAGGACUUCCAGCGUCGGAUAACGGACCAAAGGUUCAUUUCAAACCAGGAAGCUCUCUAGUGGCUGUCUGGGAGACAGCCACUAGAGGUGGAGUUAACCCUGGAUAGUAAUUAUUGCAGUUUCUCAAUAAUUGCAAUAACUACUAUUGCAGGGUUAAGGGACAUGGGACAUUGCUGAGCUGAAGUGGUCUGGGUGCCUGCAGUGUCCCUUUAACACCUAUGGCGAUUUGAUUUUUUUUUUAAAUUCAUUUAUUUUUCUACCUGCCCUAUAAGGUGAAGUGUAUAAAUAAUAAAAUACUAAUUGCAUCUUCAAAAGAGUUUAUUUUUAAAGUGGCAAGGAAUUCUAAAAUGUCAAUGAAUAUCUUUCAUAGAUAGCAUAAGGGCAAAUUCAUCCACAUAGUAUAUUCUACAGGUCCCUUUGCCCCGCAGCUACCAUAGUAACAAAACUAAUUCCUUUAGCUAGUGCCUGCAGCUUUGGUUUCCAAGGUAACAGACUUGAAUAUGCUUACUAUACAUCAUAUAUAUGCAUACAUUAAAAUAAUGUGUGUGUGUGUAUGGGUAUAACGCAUAGCAAUAUAUCUAUGUAGUAUGUGCAUGGAAUUUAGGAGUAAGAAAACUAAUUUUAAAAAAGCGAUAAACUGGAUAGAAUUCUGAGAUUUUAAGACAGAUAAUCAAGAAGCAAAUGUAUUAUUGUUGCUGUACGAAGAUAUAUAUGUAAAAAACUGAUAAAAUUCUUAUCUUGUAAUACCUGGACUAAUACGGCUACAAUCUCUACAUAUAUAUAUACAUACAUACAUAUACAUAUAUACAUACAUACAUACACAAACCUUUAUUCUUAAAGUUAUAGUGACCUGCUCACUAGUUGGGGUAUCCCAUCAGAGUCGCUGCCAUGCUCUUUCUGCAGCCAACUCCACCUCCGUAAGAAAGCAUUGGGAGGCUAGUGUGCAUACGUGGUAUUUUAAAAGGUCUAUAUGAGACCAUCUGAUUGAAUAGCUCAGUUUAACUUAGUUAUUAGAAUGAAACAGUCCAUAGUAACUGUUAGAGUGACAACCGAUGGAGGCACGUUAACCCUGCAAUGUAAACCUUGCCGCUCAACAACAAUAUUUUCAGCUGCAGUGUUAAAACCACAGUGGAUGCACACAGACAUUCAUUGAGAUUAAGUGCUCUGGGUGCCUAUUAUGUCACUUUAAAUCGCAUGGUCAAUUACUUGGGUAUGUGAAAGGGGAAGCUACACCUCUAAUGCAAGUCAGUAAGGGAGGUUAAUGGUUUUGAUGCUUGAAACGUCCCUUUAAGACUAACCAGCCAAAAUGUUACUUAUUAGCACAUAGGACCUUACCAGUGGUUCAUUCAAAGCUAGAAUGCUGCAGCUGUUAACUGAACUAUGUUGAAUACAACACAAUUGUGCACCGCCGUAGUUUGUUUUUGCAUGCUUAUACCUUCUGUCGAGCGGAGGAGAAAGCAGACAGGGAGAAUAGGAUGACCGCUAAAGAUUGCGUUAAAAGUACUAUUCCUAGAAGACUCAUGAGUAGCAUUUAGAGCAAACUCAGCCCAAGCAAGCAGGUCAGCCCAGUUAUCUUGGCUGUGAAAAACAAAACUACAAGUGUACUGCUCAAGAGACUAAUAAGCAGGUUCAGUAGCUCAAUUAGUCUGGGGGGUAAAGGAGGACAAUGGAAUACCUAUGGCUCUCCAAAACCGGUAACCGGCUACCCCUAUCAGAUACAAUAGAAUCAGGUAUGCAAUGUAAAAGAAACACCUCCUUGAUGAAUGCGCUGGCUAAUUCUUUAGAAAAGGGUAAUUUUACAAAAGGUAAGAAUUUUGUCUCUUAACUGAGUCUUCUUCAAGACCUUGAUAAAGACCUUGGUCUUGAUAAAGUCUCAACUAAGAGACAAAACACGUAGACCUGAGGUCUCUUAAUUUUGGUUCCUACAUUUUUAUUGUGCUUUCUCGUUAAGAUAAUCACAGCCUUUUUUGAUGUUACCGGCCACGGUUAUAUCUAGGAUCCCAGAUUGGUGUGCUCCCCUUUUGGCAUGUGGCGUCUUUACCUCUUGCUCGUGUGGACACACAAGUUAUUUCAGCUGGUCUCUGGUGCCCACUACCGCUGGCGAGGGUUGAGCUCUCUGGGUGGACCUGAAUUUGGUCCAGUACAGCAUCGGCGUAUGAGCAUCUUUAGAGCCCACUAAUAUCAUCAUCAGAAUCUGUGCUUGAGCCCCCCACGGUCAGGUUACAAUUGGGUUGGAUUAAUAACACAUAGAUUAAUGGACAUUUUAAUAUACAUUUUUCUGCUAGUUUAUUCAUGUACUUUUCAGAAUUUACUUUGUUUAUAGUGGUAUUUGUUAUUUAUUGUACCUACCUUGGUCCUUUGACCAUCUGGGCCAUUUUUGACAGUUGCACAUUUUUCCUGAUUGCAUCGCUUAGUGGAAACCGUUGGGUUUUCACUAACACAUAGAUCUUAAGUGUGUUUAUAUUUUAUGGAAUUUUUCUGAUACUUUUUGUAGCAGAUUUACAACAUUCUUGCAACUUAAGUAGUUUUCAUACAGUUUUUCUGACUGAUACAUACUUUUAAUUUAUUUGAUUUUAUAAGCACUUAAAAAAAAAAUAGCUUGUGGGAUUCCCUAAUAAAGUAAUUUUUUCAUGUUUUAUUUUAUCUUUUAUGAAGCAGCGCUCACACUUGACUCUGUUUAGUGUUAUAUAUAUAUAUAUACCAUCAGCUCCACAACGCAGGCUCGCUGCCUAGGGGUUCUCUUUGACACCGGCCUCUCCUUAAUGCCUUAUGUUCACUUCAGUCUAUCGCCAAAUCCUGCCACUUCCAUCUCAAAAACAUUGUGCGCAUCCAUCCCUACUUAACGCCAGAUGCAACUAAGGUGUUGGUCCAUUCCACUGUCCUUUCUCUUUGACUACUGUAAUCCGCUUCUCAGUGGUCUUAUGUGCUCCCAACUUGCGCCGUUACAGUCCAUAAUGAAUGCGGCGGCGAGGCUCAUCUUCCUGUCCGCCCGCACCUCCCACGCCUCACCCAUCUGUCAGUCCCUAUAUUGGCGUCCUGUAAGAUAUAGGGCUCAAUUUAAAAUUCUGGUUCUUGCUUUCAAAUCUCUACAUAAUGCUGCUCCCACCUAUCAAUCCUCACUAAUACACAAGUAUGCCCCAUGUAGGCCCUUAUGCUCUGCUGAAGACUUGCAUCUAUCUUCUGUCCAUACUCCUACCUCUGAUGCUCGCCUUCAAGACUUCUCGAGGGCUCCUUCGUUAGAUGCUCAUCCAGUCUCCACUACUUCAAAAAAAAUCAUUAAAAACCCACUUCUUCAUAAAAGCGUAUCAAUUAAACCGUUAAUGGCUCCUGACUGAUUCAUCUCUUGCAACUGUCACUAGUCUAAUACUAUCCUUAUCUUUUUGUGUCAUUUUUUUCCCCACUCCCUCUAGCAUGUAAGCUCAUUGAGCAGGGCCCUCAACCCCUCUGUUCCUGUGUGUACAACUUGUCUGGUUACAACUACAUGUCUGUUCGUCCACACACUGUAAAGCACUGCGGAAUUUGUUGGCACUAUAUAAAUAUUAUUAUGUUAUUAUUUAUAUUAAGUUGCUCGUUAUAUAGUGUGAAGCAGGCCAAUGUAUUGUUCCUGCCCCAUGAGGGGUAAUCGUAUUUCUACCACACCCAUAUAUUAAAUUAGAAUUACAACUGCUGCAAACCAGAUGUAUUGAAAAUAUUUGUGCAGAAGCCAGCCACAAAUUUUUUAAGAAGGAGUAAUGAGGAUUCUAUUGUAAAAUAGUGGGGAUUGGUUUCCAAAAGAAGUACAUACCCAUUUUCUCUUUAAAAACAUUCCCCAAGCACCAUGAGCAGAAUAAUGUAUUGUAGUGCAGUCCCUUUAUAAAAUAAAAAUGUGGAUUCCUUUAAAGUUCCUCCUCUUUAUCCAUCAAUGAUGUGAGUGUUUGAGGCAGUUUAUCCUAUCAUUGUAGUCCAAGGUUGGAUACAGUAUUGUAGAGGUUUACAUCUGCAUUAUUCAAGCUGUAGCACAGAGGCUGAGUAUUUUAGAUUUGACAAAUCAGGGCUCUCCAAGGACCUAGAGUCUUACUUUGCUGUGUCCAAACAGCACCAAGUACAGUGUUGGACAGCUAAUAUGAAAGUGAAUCCAGAUCAACUGAGCCACAUCUCAGGUGCUGGGCUGAAUUUUUUUCACUAUAGCCACAAAAGUUUGCUGCAGUGUUUAUGGUGCUUAGAGUGCUUUUAAAUGUAAUAAAUAAUGUGAAGAUGUCGGUCUACAAAUAUUUAUGUAUGGUGAUGGGGGUUAUGUACCAAUUCUAUUUCGGAGUGGGGGAAGGGGUUUGGCUGCAUCUACAGACUGGGUCAUUGCAGAAAUAGUUUUCAGUCACAGCUGAGCAAUGCCAGCAUUCCUUCCUGGGAGUAGAUUUACAUGGCAUAUUUUAUACUGUAUGCUAAAAACAUUUCUUGGGUUAAUUUGUCAUUUGUACACAAUAAUUACGUGUUUUUUAUAAAAUAUUUUUUUUUUCAUUCCUUGUAUUUUGUUUUUCUGGCUUUUUUUUUUUUUUUUAAGAUCGGAAAUGAACGCUGAGGAAUUUGUUUACAACUUGAUCUUCAGCUUAUAACUGGUGAAUUGCCUGCUGUCCGAAACUAUUAAAAACGUUAUAAGGUGCUUUUUUUUCUAUGGAGGUGUGUGUACACCACUUAUUGAAAAGGAGGCAGGAUAUAACUAGCAUUCUAAGAAUCCCAGCAUUCUGUCCUGGUUUUUGUCUUUCCCGAUGUCGCCAGUCUCAGUGAGAUACAUGGGGCAGUACAUUUUGAUGCAGCCACUGUCACUGUAAUCAGGUGACUCUAGUGUUAGUGCAGCUGCCUGUAGCUCAAGUCACUUGGAGCCAUUCUGUUUAAUGUAACAGAUUACUCGUUAUUUACCAUGUCCUAAAAGCCUUUUUGCUGCUGCCUGAGGUACAGGGAAAAAAAAGACUAUUAUGAUUCAGUAUUUUAUGUGACUCAAUGGGAAUUGCAUUAAUCUGGUCAAUAGCUUUGAUACUUAUCAAGUGGAUUACUUCUAAGGUAGGCAAAAUACGAAGCUGUUUAUUUAAAAUGGUAUUCCGAUCAAUCAUUUGUACUUGCAAUGAGAAAUAUGAAUGUAAUUAACACCACAAAUGGAAAUGUGCAUAUUGAGUGUUGCGUCUACAGGUCCUGCGGCUAUGGCUUUCUAAAUAGCUUCUAAAUGAGACCAUGGCAUGUAAAGAUCUGUAAGGAUGAAUUGUGCUAAUGGUUAUUGAUUCAAUUAUAGCUGUAUUGACCAGUACUAAACCAAUUAAAACAUUUAGCAUUAAAAACUGUACUGGUUCUGUAGCAGUUCUUGCGUUUCUGUGUAUGUAAAUUCAGUUCUUUUUUUGGGGGGGCGGGGGGGAGGAGAGAGAGAGAGAGAGAAAAAAAAAAAUAUAUAUAAUAUAUAUAUAUAUAUAUAUAUAAAUAAACAAUGAGAGCACUCAUUGUUUUCCAAAAGAAAACAAAAUAAAUCUUGAUAAAGACCUGUGGGUCGAAACGUUGAUUUUAUUUUUUAUUUUUUUAAUACAACACGGUUUAUUUCUUUUGGAAACUCUUUUGGAGUGCUCUAAUUUUUUAUUUUUUCUAUAUUACCUAUGCUGUGCAGCACCGUGGUUAAUUGUUUUUUUACUAUAUUAAGGUAGAGUGCCAGAUUCCUAAUCUUUUUGAUAUAUAUAUAUAUAUAUAUAUAUAUAUAUAUAUAUAUAUAUAAUCAAAAAGAUUUACACACACCUUGUGCCCUGCACUCACUGUUCCCAGUCUUGUAUUUGCCUUGGUGCUGCCUCCAGCCAAUUCAUAUAUUCCAAGACUUUGUGAAAAAUCAAAGAUGUGCUUUAUUCAGCAUUCAGUAGUUUCGUUGUGUCGACGUUUCAGUCGACGUUAUCAAGACAGUCUUGUCUAAAAAAUGAUCAUACAUUGCAUAAGCCUGCCAACUAUAUAAUAUGGGGUACUUUGACGUAGUUGGCAGGCUUAUGCAAUGUAUGAUCAUAUAAUGUAACUAAAUCCCCAUAAUUUUUUGCCUAGGUGAGGUGUUUUUAAAUAAAACUAUUACAAUCUCUAAGAUUUGAAAUCAUUGUUUAGUGAAUGAGCGAGUGCGCUGGAUUCUGUAUUUUGUAUAUUUUGGCCCCAGCAGCACCCUAUAAACAUAGAAACCUAGAAUGUGACGGCAGAUAAGAACCAUUCGGCCCAUCUAGUCUGCCCAAUUGUCUAAAUACUUUUAUUAGUCCUUUGCCUUAUCUUAUAGUUAGGAUAGCCUUAUGCCUAUCCCACGCAUGCUUAAACUCCUUUACUGUGUUAACCUCUACCACUUCAGCUGGAAGGCUAUUCCAUGCAUCCACUACCCUCUCGGUAAAGUAAUACUUCCUGAUAUUAUUUUUAAACCUUUGUCCCUCUAAUUUAAGACUGUCCUCUUGUUGUGGUAGUUUUUCUUCUUUUAAAUAUAGUCUCCUCCUUUACUGUGUUGAUUCCCUUUAUAUAUUUAAAUGUUUCUAUCAUAUCCCCCCUGUCUCGUCUUUCCUCCAAGCUAUACAUGUUAAGAUCCUUUAACUUUUCCUGGUAAGUUUUAUCCUGCAAUCCAUGAACCAGUUUAGUAGCCCUUCUCUGAACCCUCUCUAAGGUAUCAAUAUCCUUCUGAAGAUACGGUCUCCAGUACUGUGUACAAUACUCCAAGUGGGUCUCACCAGUGUUCUGUACAAUGGCAUGAACACUUCCCUCUUUCUACUGCUAAUACCUCUCCCUAUACAACCAAGCAUUCUGAUAGCAUUUCCUGCUGCUCUAUUACAUUGUCUGAAAAGAAAAAGAAAAAACCAAAAGGUACAAAAUAAUGUGAAUCACUAAAGUGAUAAUAUAAGUAUAAAUCAAUACAAACUGGAUUGUGUUGAUAUAUUCUGAGUUCAGAAUUACAUCUAUAAAAAAUACCUAAAAAUAUAUAGUGUAAUAUUGUUAAAACCACAUAGAAACGAAGGUGGUAGAGAACUCACAAAACUAGGAUGAGAUCAGGCAUAUCUCCCUCUAUAUUAGGGAACUGGAGAAUUGUGAAGGACCUCCAGCGAUGAUUCUGAAUGUACAGUGACAAAUCUUCUAAUUUCUUGUGCAUUAUAGCACUAAUAGUUAACUUCUUGGUUUUCUCUGUAUCUAUUACAUUGUCUGCCUACCUUUAAGUCAUCAGAAAUAAUCACCCCUAAAUCCCUUUCCUCAUAUGUUGAGGUUAGUACUCUAUCAGAUAUUCUGUACUCUGCCCUUGGGUUUUUACGUCCAAGAUGCAUUAUCUUGCACUUAUCCACAUUAAAUGUCAGUUGCCACAAUUCUGACCAUUUUUCUAGUUUUACCUAAAUCAUUUGCCAUUUGGCUUAUCCCUCCUGGAACAUCAACCCUGUUACAUAUCUUAGUAUCAUCAGCAAAAAGACAUACCUUACCAUCAAGACCUUCUGCAAUAUCACUAAUAAAAAUAUUAAAGAGAAUGGGUCCAAGUACAGAUCCCUGAGGUACCCCACUGGUGACAAGUCCAAGCUUCGAAUAUAUUCCAUUAACUACAACCCUCUGUUGCCUGUCACUCAGCCACUGCCUUACCCAUUCAACAAUAUUUGAAUCCAAACUUAAAGAUUGCAGUUUAUUGAUAAGCCUUCUAUGUGCAACAGUGUCAAAAGCCUUACUGAAAUCUAGGUAAGCAAUGUCUACUGCACCACCCUGAUCUAUAAUUUUAGUUACCCAAUCAAAAAAAUCAAUAAGAUUAGUUUGGCAUGAUCUCCCUGAAGUAAACCCAUGUUGUCUCUGAUCUUGAAAUCCAUGUGUUUUUAGAUGUUCAUCAAUCCUAUCCUUUAACAUGGUUUCCAUCACUUUCCCCACUACUGAAGUAAGGCUUACUGGCCUAUAGUUGCCCGACUCCUCCCAAUUACCUUUCUUGUAAAUGGGCACAACAUUCGCUAACUUCCAAUCUUCUGGGACUACUCCUGUUAACAAUGAUAAGCUCUUUUAAUAGCUUUGGGUGUAUUCCAUCAGGUCCCAUUUACUUAUUUGUCUUUACUUUUGACAGUUGAAAUAGAACCUCUUCCUCUAUAAACUCACAUGUAACAAAUUAAUCAUUUGUCCUUUUUUCUAACUGAGGUCCCUUUACUUCAUUUUCAUCUGUGAAUACUGAACAAAAAUAUUCAUUGAGGCAGUCAGCUAGACCUUUAUCCUCUUUUACAUACCUUCCUUCUUUUGUUUUUAAUCUAACUAAUCCUUGUUUUACUUUUCUUUUCUCAUUUAUGUAUCUAAAAAAUGUUUUGUCCCCCUUUUUUACUGACUGUGCUAUUUUCUCUUCUGUGUGUGAUUUGGAAGCUCUUAUAACUUGCUUAGCCUCUUUCUGCCUAAUCUUAUAGAUCAUUUUGUCUUCCUCACUCUGGGUUUUUUUAUAAUUCCUAAAUGCUAACUUUUUGUUUUUAACUAUUUUGGCCACAUCUGCGGAGUACCACAGUGGUUUCUUGAAUUUUUUGCUUUUACUGACAAGCCUAAUGCAAUUUUCUGUUGCCUUCAAUAGUGCAACUUUUAAAUAAUCCCAUUUCUCUUGGACUCCAUUUAAAUUGCUCCAGUCUGAUAAUGACUCCUCUACCCAUAUUCUAAUUUUAGAAAAGUCUGGUUUUCUAAAGUCUAAAACUUUUGUUUUUGUGUGGUGUGACUCAGUCACUGUUCUUAUAUUAAACCACACUGACUGAUCACUGGAUCCUAAACUUUCACCUACAGUAAUAUCUGAUACCAAAUCUCCAUUUGUUAACACUAAAUCUAGUAUGGCCUCUUUACGAGUUGGCUCCUCAACAACUUGUUUUAGAGACACAAGUAGCUAAUUUUGUUUUCCAAUUUACAUCAGGGAGAUUAAAGUCACCCAUGAUGAUAACUUCCCCCUUCAUUGUCAUUUUAUCUAACUCUUCAAUUUGUCCUGGGGGCCUAUAAAUCACACCUACACGAGUUACUGUGUGAUUACCAAAUUCUAACGUAACCCAAACGGACUAUGUUUGCCUCACUAACUUUUAUUAGGCUAGAUUUUAUGCUAUCCUUCACAUACAAGGCCACCCCUCCCCCUUUCUUGCCUUCCCUAUCUUUUCUAUAUAAAGAGUACCCUGGUAUUGCUAUGUCCCAGUCAUUUUUCUCAUUAUACCAUGGAUCAGUAACAGCGACUAAAUCUACAUUAUCAGUUGCCAUUAUUGACACAAGUUCAUGGAUCUUUUUCCCUAAACUGAGAGCAUUUGUAUACAAGACUCGAAGCUUAUCAUUUUUUAACACACUUGCUACAAGCACCUUCUGUCUUUGUUUUGGGGGACAAUUGGAUUGUUUUAUCACCCUUUUGCCUCCCCUCCUAGUUUAAAUACAUCCUAGCAAAACCUCUGAACUGCUCACUGAGAACAUUUGUUCCCUUUUGAGAAAGAUGCAAACCAUCUUUUUUGUACAGCUUAUUUCCAUUCCAAACAGAGCUACCAUGAGAAAUAAAGCCAAAUCCUUGCUCCCGACACCAUUCACCAAGCCACAAAUUAAAGUCCCUAAUACGCAUCCGCCUGUCGUUCUGAGUGUUAUGCACAGGCAGAACUUCAGAGAAUGACAGUGUGGAAGCAACCUGCCGUAUAUCAUUGGCAAAAACACUAAAAACUUCCUUAACCUCUGAAACCUCAUUGCAAACCAAGUCAUGUGUCCCUAGAUGGACAAGUACAUCCAAUUCCCCUUCCUGCUUUGCUUGCUUAACAAUAUUACAGAUACGUCUCCUGUCUCUAUGAGCAGUAGCUCCGGGAAGACACCUCACAAGACCACCAUUGUCCAUCUCCACACCUCUUAUAAUGGAAUCCCCCAACAACUGCUUUCUAUUAGGCCUCACCAUAGUCUCCAAGCCUCUCUCCACAACACCACUAGCCUCAGUGCCUCUCUCCACAACACCACUAUCCUCAGUGCCUCUCUCCACAACACCACUAGCCUCAGUGCCUCUCUCCACAACACCAUUACACUCUGAAAGUGCAGAAAAUGAAUUAUGUAGAGCAACAGACUGUGCAAAAUGCCUUUUAUCCACAACUCUAAGUCUACCAGAUCCUACAGUAAUCCAUCUGCCAUUCCUGGUAUGUCUCUGCGGCAGUGACUUUGCAGCAGUUCCAGUCUGAGUUUGUUCACCAGAUAAUUUACAAAUCUCAGACUUCAAAAAUACAAUCUCCUGCCGCAAGACAGAGAACUGUCUACAGAUUAGACAACAACCAAAUCUCCAAAAAGUUGAACGUGAAACAAAUGCAUAGCAACUAUUACACUGAACGAAGUCUGCCAUUCCAAUGAGGAGAAUAAUUAAAUCAAACAAAUCUUAACUUUUUAUUUAUUCUCCUGAAUAUCUCAGGUUAUCUCCAGAAUAUAUCCAACUACACACUUAGACGAAGCAACCAAGCUAUCUAAGUGUUGCUUCUAAGUGUGUAGUUGGAGAUAUUCUGGAGAGUUUUACAGAAGCUUCAGCUGUCUAAGAGUUGUGCUAAGAGCUUUCUUUUCUACUGUUACAGGUAAGAUUCAUCUGUAGGAAAAGGUUACUGAUUGCUCAAGAUUUGAAUUCCUGUUGGUAAUUAUAAGGCAUUUGAUUUGAUUAGUCAGUUACUUGCUAUUGAUUGCUGUUUAAAUUAGCAAUUGUUUGCAAAUAAGCAGAGGCCUACCCAGGUGUUAAACAUUCCUAGUGGGUGGUGAUUUUAAGAGUUAUAUAAUGUAUGCAUGUUCAGGCGAGUGCAGCCCUCUUGGUUUCUUUUAUAUAUAUAUAUGGGAGUCCCAGGCCAGCUCCUUGGUUUUGCACCCCUCCCUGUUACAGGUGCCUCAUUCCAGUUUCCUAUUUAGCCUUGACUUGCAGAGAGUCCCAGUAAGGAAGUAUUUCCCAAGUAAGUGGAUUAAUCUCAUAAGAGCAAUCAUUAGCCUGCUAGGAUAGGACCUGCCGAAUAUGGGGUACUUUGACGUAGUUGGCAGGCUUAUGCAAUGUAUGAUCACAUAAUGUAACUAAACCCCCAUCAUUUUUUGCCUAGGUGAAGUGUUUUUAAAUAAAACUAUUACAAUCUCUAAGAUUUGAAAUCAUUGUUUAGUGAAUAAGCGAGUGCGCUGGAUUCUGUAUUUUGUGUGUAUAUGUAUGUAUGUAUGUAUAUAUAUAUAUAUUUGUGUAAGGAUCCAGCAUAAGCUUAGGAUAGUGUAAAGGGAGCAAGUCGGUUGUGGUGUGCCGAUACCGACGAUACGGUAGGCCUGUAAAUAAAGAGGGCCCACCAAGGAGUAAGAAAGUAAAGUAAAUGGAAAGAAAAGAGAAAGUGUUGAAAUGAGGAGUGGGUGGGAGGGUCAUUCUGAUGCUGACCUCAAGCGAUAUGAGUCAGGUAAGGGGUGUCCCUUAUAUAGGGGAGUGAAUUAAUUUAAGCCCCUCCCACAAAUACAGGCAAAACUGCCUUAAUACUUGUGUAAGGGGCAAAAUAGCCGUAUAUGGAGUAAGGAUCCAGCAUAAGCUUAGGAUAGUGUAAAGGGAGCAAGUCGGUUGUGGUGUGCCGAUACCGACGAUACGGUAGGCCUGUAAAUAAAGAGGGCAAAAAUGAAUAAUCAAAGAUUUAAUACAGUCAACAAAUAUAUACAAAUUAACCAGACAUUUCCUUAAAUGCAUUACAGUAUUUAAUUCCUGAAAGGAUUUUGAAGGUAGGAAUCUAGGACCGAAAGUGGACACCAUUUGUUGUGGGUAGGAUAGUAUGUUAUCUCUACUGUUGGUGCAUGUUGACUCAUUUCGGAAUGUGGUAGUGCCAAUAGGUAAUGAUAUAUGUGUUUACGUACGUGGGAUCGUUGAAGACAAUGAUCUGUCUGAGUGGUGGUGAUGGUAGUGGAUUCUCUGGCCUGAGAAAGGCAUAAAAGGCAAUGUGCUGGUAAUGGCCGACUUGGUAGUAUAAUUGAAUGGUUGUAGAUCUAAUAGGUCCGAUAAGGAUGAACAGUUGGAUGGCUAUUGGUAAUCUCUGAGAGGAACGUGGGGGAAUGGAUUCCUGAAAACCUCUGAGUAUAUUCUUUUCUGGUAUGAUAGCAUGAAGUUUAUGGUAGUUUUGGCCAUAGGUUAUCAUGUGUUGUUGAAUGCCUGUAAAAUAUAUAAUUAAUGGUGUAUGAGAUAGUUUAAGUUUAAGGUGGCAAAAAUAAGCAAAACUUAGGAGAAAUUUUGUGACACAGGUUGAGCUAUGUCGUGUUCCAAUGAGAUUCUUUAAGCCAGGUGAAAAGCUGUGUUAUGCGUUCUACAAGUAUGGGACGAAAGUGCUAGGUGGGAUAGUGCAUGCAAUGCUGCAUGAGUAUGUCUAAUCCAUGAUUUUGUCUCUGGAACGAAAGAGUGGACGUGACUGUAUGGGCAGCUGUAGGAAGCGUAUGAUGAACAUGCCUGGAAUAUAAAUGAGACAGUUGUCGGCAGGGAUGUAUACCCCCGUCUGGUACAUGAAAGUGAAAUGUGAUAAGUGGCCAACCAAGUGAGUUCCCCAGAAACAUCAUGAACUUAUGGAUGAGUAGUGGCGUUUGUUGAUGAUAUGAUAUGUGCUUAGUUGUCUGAGUAACAACGGAUUGAUGACUCUGACCAUGAUUUACCCCAUGCCACAGCCGCUGCUACAAUGGGGUAGAUCUCCCAAAGGGGCUGAAGUGGUGGAAAAAUUUCCAAACCUGGAUGCCAUGGCCAACAGCCCCAAAGCAAUUGUUCCCGGUAGAUCGCUGCCAAACCCAUGGUAUACGCUGCGUCUGACCAUCUGGUUGGAGAAGUGUCAGACAAUCCUGGAAGGAACAUGCUUUUACCAUGCCAAGUGGUUAAGAAAUCCCCCCCCCCAUGUGCAGGUCUGCUGUUGCUGAGGUGUCUAGGCACCUCCUCUGAUCGUCAUGUUGGAAGUGUGGAAAAAAGGGGAAAGUACUCUGGAUGUGAAAGCGUGGUCUUGUGGUAUGAUUGGCAUGGCAAAAUUAAGGAACCUGGUAGGGAUUGUAGUUCCUUGUAGUUGUAAGUACUAAGCAGGAGGUAGUGAUUGAUUUAGUUGAGAAUGUUCCCUAUUUGUCUUGUGGUAACUUGCGUGUAUGGAUGCCGACUCAAGUCAUAUGCCCAGUAAUGUGAUGAUAGUGUCUGCGCCUUCUGUUUCUUAUGGGGUACUGGGACGCCCAAGUGGUCAACCAGACUAAGCUGCCAUGAGGCUUCUAGUGAAAAAUAUGCUUUCUUUGAGCAACAAGAAGUCUUCUAGAUAGUGUAUGACUGUAAUGCCUCUGGAUAUGUUAUCAUAACCAGCACAGAGUAUCUGCGAAUAGCGAUAGUAGGUUAAUCUGUAGCUCGAAAGUUGAGCAGGGAAAGGAUUGCCCAAUUUAUGCCAUGUAAGUGCCAGUGUGUAGGGUAGAUGGUAGCUGUUUACUGCGUUGAUGAUAUUGGUCUUACUUAACCAAGCUUUAACCCAUGCUUGAGUGAUAGCUGUAAAGGUAGAUCAAUGGUGUUGUAUAGUAAGAAGGGAGUUGAGACUUGGGGUAGCGGAGGUGUGUGGUGCCAAUAAGUCUAUGGUUAGUCUUUGUUUAAGGGAAGAUUCCUUGUGACAAUACCAAUGUGUGUGUUUGGUGCCAUGCUGUAAAUGGUGGAGAUUGGAAGACCACUCUGCAAAUCUUGGCUAUGAGUGUGUUUUCAGCCAAUGGUUUUGUUGUGCUGACUGUAAGUGAGGGCAUGCUAUAUUCCUUGAAGGUGUGUUUAUGAUACCUGUAUGGGAGCCCUUUGAAGCUCCAGAGCUUUAGUAAAUCUACUACAAGUCUGGAAGGGUGAUGAGUCAGUAGUGUUGAAAAAUGCAUUGGUGUGUACAGAUGGUGAGUACGUUAUUUGUAAGUUGUAUUGGGCCACAUGGUUUGUCAUGUGCCCUGAACCAUUUGAACAUAUAUGCAACAGUCUAUAUGCAAUGCAACUACUCAUAUCAAUCGUCUCUGGUAGUUCAGAGGUGCUGGUACCUGGAGCCUGAGAGUGCUCGUCCAUUUGUUUGGGACAGAACCCCUUCUGUAUGGGUACCUGCACAAAUAAACAUCUCUACAUAUUCCAAAUACCAACCCAUCCAAGAGAUGGUCAGUUCCCGAUUUACCUGGAAUCCCUGAAUCUGACCAUCACAGAUACAUCAUCAUACAUAUAUAUGCCUUGCUUCCCCAAUGUGCUGGGAUCAUACGUGCAGGGUUAACAUCUUGUGUGUCAUAAGAAUUGAUUGUACCAGGUAACCGAGUUUCGGUUGGUGCUGGUUGUACAGUAACGUGAGGCCCAGCCUUGUGAGGGCUGUGGUGACCAACUCGAGAUUGCUAGUCUGUCAUAAAAAUUUUUGGCUCAUGAGUUUGAGUGAGGCUAGCAUAGCCUGGGUGUCACCUGAGUUGAUGUAGCUGGGCCUUCCCCUGCCUCCGUGUUGUCCGUUGAUGUAUGGAGGAGUUUGAAUAACUCUGCUUUCCUUGCUGUAGCAGGGUAUGGGAUUUGUCACCUCCUUAGGUCGGUGGUAAUGUGUGGGAUCGUCCAGGAUCUGAUUGCUGCAGGACUAGCAACAUCUCCUCUGCUUGAAGGUGUAUCAAUUCUAGCCGGGGUGCUAGGAAGAGGUGAUUCUUCACCAUCUUUUGGAGAAAUACUUAAAUAACAAUAAAGAUUGCAAUUAUUAUUUGUACCCAGGGUUCUUGUACUGGCUUGCUAGCUAAGCCGUAAGGCGAAACGAUUAGGCUUGGUGUUUUUUGGUGACUGGUGAGGCCCUGCUAGUUGCCAAGUGGCUUGAGAGGCUCUAUCUAUGCUUGGCGCGAGGGGAUUUUGUGUGGCCACCGAACAUUGUGGCAGGAUGUUGGCCUCUCGGUGACAGUAACCAGAAAAUAGGAAGGGGAGUGACAGGUGAGGCCCUCUCUAUGAUACAAUGCGAGGCGGCUAGCUCACGAGUGGCCCGAGGGGUGUAUGCCUCCGAGUGUGAGGCGGGGUGUUGGCCUCGCGGGACCACUAACCGAAGCAUAAUGCAGAGAAAAAAGGGGGUAAUACCUAUUGGGCCCUAGAACCCUAAUUGCCAGUACACUAUUACUAUUCCAGGGAAGGUAAGAGAUGGAUAACUACGUGAGCAGGUGUAUGUACCUGGUAGUAUGGUAUUGAACCUGACAAUCCGUAUAGGUUUUUUAGUAGUAACUGUAACCUGAAUGGAUAAAACCGUAUGGCAUAAGGAAAUAUGGCAUAGACCAAGCUUAUCUUAAUACGUACAGUAUAUGUGAAAAGUAAAGUGCCAUGAUGUGUAAAUAUUAAACAUCGUAGCCAUACUGGUUAAAUAUGUAUCAAUCUUAACCCAUUAAGUGCCGUAUGUACAAGUGAAAAUGUGGUCUGUCCCCACCUUGUAUGUUGUAUUUCCCCUUGCUAGGGCAAAAUCUGUUGCGUGAGCAGCGUGCUGUGAAAAAUGUAUGUGAACUAUAUUACCAGUUACGUAUAUACAGACGCGUCUGCUACUGUGUAAUAAUAUAUGUAUUUAUACCUGAUGUUGAUAUAGUGCUUGCUAUGUGAAUUGUUGUAUGUCUUAUUGAAUGGUAGGGGUCAGUGAACAUGGUGUUGCAAAAUGCAAGUGCACUGGAGAUCUGCCGAGUGCCCUAUAGGUGGCAGUGUAGUUGGAUACUGAUUGGUAUGUGAAAUGUUGUUUGUCUGUUGACCUAUAGGUGUAAGUGUUUUGGUGUUUGUAAAACCCCAUGAAAAUUGUCAAUGUACUUGACAGACCUGUAGGUGGCAGUGUUGAUAGAACCACUGUUGGUCUUGAUGUGAAAUGUAAAUUAUUGUGAAUUAAACCUGAAUUUGAGCCCGUGCUGGAGUUUCAUUUAUGGUUUAUGGUUAUGUUUAACCCCGUAAGGACCAAACUUCUGGAAUAAAAGGGAAUCAUGACACGUCACACAUGUCUUGUGUCCUUAAGGGGUUAAAACAAUCUUAUGUGUAAUUUAUAUUGGCUGGUAAAUUGUAUAUGACAUGUGAAGACAGUUUUGCUGUUGACCAGUAGGGGUCAUAAAUGCUGAUUGUAUGGUAAAAAUACCCUUUAACCCCUUAAGGACCAAACUUCUGGAAUAAAAGGGAAUCAUGACAUGUCACACAUGUCAUGUGUCCCUAAGGGGUUAAUCCUACCGUAUGACAGAUAGGAGUCAGUAUAAAAGCGAAAAUGCUGUAGUUAGUUUGUUUGCUUAUGAAGUGAAAUAAAGUCUGAGAAGACUGUAGUAUACCGAUUGACCGGUAGGGGUCAGCAUGUAGGCGAAAAUGCCGUGGUUCGUUGGUUUGUACAUGAAAUGCAAUAAUGUCUGAGAAGCCUGUAGUGCACUGAAUGACCGGUAGGUGUAAGUGUGUAGGUAAAAAUGCAGUGGUUUAUUGUUUUGUACACGAAAAGCAAUAAUGUCUAAGAAGCCUGUAGUACACCGAAUGACUGAUAGGGGUCAGUAUGUAGGUGAAAAAUGCAGUGGUUUGUUGGUUUGUACAUAAAAUGCAAUCAUGUCUGAGAAGCCUGUAGUAUACAGAAUGACUGGUAGGUGUCAGUGUGUAGGUGAAAAUGCAGUGGUUUAUUGUUUUGUACAUGAAAAGCAAUAAUGUCUAAGAAGCCUGUAGUACACCGAAUGACUGAUAGGGGUCAGUGUGUAGGUGAAAAAUGCAGUGGUUUGUACCUGAAAUGCAAUAAUGUCGGAGAAGCCUGUAGUACACAGAAUGACCGGUAGGGGUCAGUGUGUAGGCGCAAAUGCGGUGGUUCGUUGAUUUGUACAUGAAAUGCGAUAAUGUCUAAGAAGCCUGUAAUCCACCGAAAGACCAGUAGGGGUCAGUGUGUAGGUGUAAAUGCAGUGGUUUAUUGGUUUGUACAUGAAAAUGCAAACAACGCCUAAGAAGCCUGUAGUACAUCGAAUGACCAAUAGGGGUCAGUGUGUAGGUGAAAAAUGCGGUGGUUCGUUGGUUUGUACAUGAAAUGCAAUAAUGUCUGAGAAGCCUGUAGUACACCGAAUGACCGGUAGGGGUCAGUGUGUAGGCAAAGAUGCAGUGGUUCGUUGGUUUGUACAUGAAAUAAGAUAAUGUCUAAGAAGUCUGUAGUACACCCAAAGACCAGUAGGGGGUUUAAACGAAUGAUAUGCAUGAACAUGCAAUGGUUUUAGAACAGACUUAGACAAAAUGCAGCAGUAAAGUGAGGACCUGACCCUUGCAUGGUGCCGUGGGACUGAUGCCUGGCGUAAUGGGUAGGUCAACUUACGGUUUGUGAGUCACUUGGACACCAUCCACAGCGAUAGAUUGAAGAAAGAAGGUGGUAGGCCGGAAAAGCCUGUGGCUGGAUUCCUGACACAGCUCAGCUUAGAAAACCUCAUGGAGUAAUCAGGUAAAAUGGCGUCUGGAUGACCCGGAAGUGGAAAUCAUUCUGAUGCUGACCUCAAGCGAUAUGAGUCAGGUAAGGGGUGUCCCUUAUAUAGGGGAGUGAAUUAAUUUAAGCCCCUCCCACAAAUACAGGCAAAACUGCCUUAAUACAUAUAUAUAUAUAUAUAUAUAUAUAUAUAUAUAUAUAUAUAUACACUCAAAAAAAUAAAGAGAACACAAAAAUAACACAUCCUAGAUCUAAAUGAAUUAAAUAUUCUUCUGAAAUACUUUGUUCUUUACAUAGUUGAAUGUGCUGACAGCAAAAUCACACAAAAAUUAAAAAAUGGAAAUCAAACUUUGCAAUCCAUGGAGGUCUGGAUUUAGAGUCACACUCAAAAUUAAAGUGGAAAAACACACUAUCCAACUUUGAUGUAAAGCCCUUAAAACAAGUCAAAAUGAGGCUCAGUAGUGUGUGUGGCCUCCACAUGCCUGUAUGACCUCCCUACAACGCCUGUGCAUGCUCCUGAUGAGGUGGCGGAUGGUUUCCUGAGGGAUCUCCUCCCAGACCUGGACUAAAGCAUCUGCCAACUCCUGGACAGUCUGUGGUGCAACGUGACAUUGGUGGAUGGAGCGAGACAUGAUGUCCCAGAUGUGCUCAAUUGGAUUUAGGUCUAGGGAAUGGGCAGGCCAGUCCAUAGCAUCAAUGCCUUUGUCUUGCAGGAACUGCUGACACACUCCAGCCACUUGAGGUCUAGCAUUAGGAGGAACCCAGGGCCAACCACACCAGCAUAUGGUCUCACAAGGGGUCUGAGGAUCUCAUCUCGGUACUUAAUGGCAGUCAGGCUACCUCUGGCGAACGCAUGGAGGGCUGCGCGGACCCCUAAAGAAAUGCCACCCCACACCAUUACUGACCCACUGCCAAACCGGUCAUGCUGGAGGAUGUUGCAGGCAGCAGAACUUUCUCCACGGCGUCUCCAGAUGCUGUCACGUGCUCAGUGUGAACCUGCUUUCAUUUGUAAAGAGCACAGGGCGCCAGUGGCGAAUUUGCCAAACGUCCUGCAUGGUGUUGGGCUGUAAGCACAACCCCCACCUGUGGACGUCGGGCCCUCAUACCACCCUCCUGGAGUCUGUUUCUGACCGUUUGAGCAGACACAUGCACAUUUGUGGCCUGCUGGAGGUCAUUUUGCAGUGCUCUGGCAGUGCUCCUCCUGUUCCUCCUUGCAGAAAGGCAGAGGUAGCGGUCCUGCUGCUGGGUUGUUGCCCUCCUGCAGCCUCCUCCACGUCUCCUGAUGUACUGGCCUGUUUCCUGGUAGAGCCUCCAUGCUCUGGACGCUACGCUGACAGACACCGCAAAUCUUCUUGCCACAACUCGCAUUGAUGUGCCAUCCUGGAUGAGCUGCACUACCUGAGCCACUUGUGUGGGUUGUAGACUCCGUCUCAUGCUACCACUAGAGUGAAAGCACCGCCAGCAUUCAAAAGUGACCAAAGCAUCAGCCAGGAAGCAUAGGAACUGAGAAGUGGUCUGUGGUCACCACCUGCAGAACCACUCCUUUAUUGGGGGUGUCUUGCUAAUUGCCUAUAAUUUCCACCUGUUGUCUAUCCCAUUUGCACAACAGCAUGUGAAAUUGAUUGUCACUCAGUGUUUCUUCCUAAGUGGACAGUUUGAUUUUACAAAAGUGUGAUUGACUUGGAGUUGCAUUGUGUUGUUUAAGUGUUCCCUUUAUUUUUUUGAGCUGUGUGUGUGUGUAUGUAUGUAUGUAUGUAUAUGUGUGUAUAUAUAAAUAGGAAAUUAGACAAACCAUUACAGAUUUUGACAGGAACAAUAGGUUAUGUACUUUACUAUAAUCUCAUUUUUGGCCAUGAGAAAGCUCAUUAGACUUUUUUUUUAAAUGUAUUUAUUUUUUAAACACUAUUGCUUUUACUGAAGUUUUAAGAUUGAUGUACCAUAUAAGUUGUUUUUAUACUGUAUAUAUUUUUUCUUUAUACAUAUUACAUGCAAAAGUCCCAACCCUUUCCCACAAAUUAUGCACAGUGAGUUUGUUUUAUCUGUUCUUUGACCACUUGACGUCAGCUUGUCCCUAAUUGUGAGUGGGUGUUUUUGUUUUUUCGAUUUCAGAAUACUGGUUAACACAAUGAUUCCUGGAGGUUUAUUUAGUUUUUAUUUUUUUGAUAGUGCUGUUUCAUUAGUGGAAGAACAUCUUGAACUAUCUUAAUAUUUAAACAAAAAUAAGUUUCCACUGCUAUUUGCAAGCACAAACUUGGUGUGCAAGUAGUUGAGAAAUUCUAGUUUUAAUUUUGUGUUACAUAGGUCUUUUUGUUUUGAGUGGCAAUAUAUUUUACUCCCUAAACUAUGAGUUGCACAUUUUAAGAAACAAAAGAGAAAUUAGUAGAAUAAAAGUGAGAAUAUCUAGUUCAACUAUUUGACCUAAAAUUUGUAAUACCCGUGACAACGCUCUGAAGUUGUAAAGCAGAAAAAGGGAAUAUUGUUGCAUAAAUAUAUAUAGGUGUGUGUAUCUAUCUAUCUAUCUAUCUAGAAGUCUAGAUAUGAGCUACUCCCAAAAUAAGGACAAAUAGAUUAAUCCAUUUAAUGCUAUUUUUCUUUAGCACCACUAGUGGUAUACUGUGAACAAGUUGUUUUUCACACUACACAUAAGCCAUUGUAUAUUUGUUGGUAAUGUUGUAAUCCUGAUGUGGACAUUUGCAUAAAAAGUCCACUUUGCACCCAAUGAGUAUAACAGUGUCCCUAUUUUAUAUACUUUGCCAAGUGUCUAGAACAGGCAUAGGCAACCUUCGGCACUCUAGAUGUUUUUGACUACACCCCCCUGAUGCUUUGCCAGCAUUAUGGGUCUAAGAGCAUUAUGGGAGAUGUAGUCCAAAACAUCUGGAGUGCCGAAGGUUGCCUAUCCCUGGUCUAGAAAAUGAUUACACUCACUCUUAUGUUCCAACACGCCAUUCUGGAAUACUUCCUUCUUGUUGGAUAUUGUAUGUCGUAUAACUCCAUUUCUAUCUCCUCUUUCUAACUGACUGCGUCUAAUAACAUCAAGAAACACUGCAAAGGGGAAUUUUAGUUAAGCUAACUGCUUUCUCUGUGUAGAAAGCUAGUAACUGAACUAAAAGUACCAGGGAACCUUGCUUCAAGCAGAACAGUGUGUGUGUGCAGAGAGAGUUUUUCAUUUAUGCUAAUAACCCACACCCUGUAAAACAUACAGGCAUGGGUUAAGCACUUGUUACAGAUUUAGACCAUUAACCAAAAUGAGAGACUCCUGAUUGGCCAAGCUAAUUAAUGGAGUGGACAAAGUUCAAAGCUGGUGAAAUGUGGGAGGAAAAAAAUUAUCAAACAAAAAAAACUUUUUAUAGCAUCUUUUAUAAUUUCAGGAUAUUUGGUUUUUGCAUAUUUAAAAUCUCUAUAUAAAACAUUAAAAGUAAUGGGUUAAUUCCAGCCUGGAGUGUCCCUUUAUGGCUUACAUGUCUAAUAACUACUUUCUAUAUGACUACAUCCUCCCGAGUAUGCCAAUGCACCCUUAGUCAAGCUUGUGAGAAUUUCCAGGGCUAAACCUGUUCUAAUUUUGACAAGCCUCUAACUUGCAUCCUAAGAACACAAGCUGAUUAACUGACUAUCUGUAUCAUUACUCUGAUCUGUCUAUUUAUGUAAUGUCAUCAUGCCAAUGCCUUUGAAGAAGAAAACCUAGUCUUAAAUGCUAAAGCAUAUUGUCCUAAAAUAACUUCUGGUCUAAAAAGAUCUAUAGUAUAGUCAAAUGUUCUUUUCUUUCUGUAUUUUCAUAUUCUUUUGAGUGGGUUGUUUAACUAAACCCAGGGCAUUUUUGUUUCUCUUGCUAUGUUUUUUUUGUGUCUAGUGUCAUAAUUUAGCUGGCAUUUGUUUAAUCAUUAGAUUAACUCAGGGGCACAUACUUUUCACCUUUAAGACUGGAUUGAACUCAGAGCCUCGAGGCUGAAGACUUUUGUUCUCUAUUUAAAUUACCGAUGACUGUAGCACCUACUGUUCAGACUGGGAAAUAACAUUUCUUUACCAAGAUACUGUGUGAAUUGUUCCUCUCCGUAUUUAACUUCUCUCUACUUUUCAAAGAAAACCAUUAAUUUGACAUAAAAACCUUUUUACAUUGUUACAACCAACAGUUAUUACUGUAAUUUAGCACUGGGUUUGUGUAGAUGCAAAUAUUUUGGGAAGUUAGAUCUUAAGGCUCAUUAUGUUGAAAUUGAGGAAACUGGCUCAUAGUUUGAAAUUUUAAUCCUCACAAUUUGUUUAACCCCUUAGUGACCAGAUCAUUUUUAAAUUUUCUUACCGUUAAGGACCAGGGCUGUUUUUACAUUUCUGCGGUGUUUGUGUUUAGCUGUAAUUGUCCUCUUACUCAUUUACUGAACCCACACAUAUUUAUAUACCGUUUUUCUCGCAAUUAAAUGGCCUUUAUUAAGAUACCAUUAUUUUCAUCAGAUCCUUUAAUUUACUAUAAUUUUAUUUUUAUAAAAUACGAUGGAAUUUUUUUUUAAAAACCCACACUUUUUCUAACUUUGACCCCCAAAAUCUGUUACGCAUCUACAACCGCCAAAAAACACCCAUGCUAAAUAGUUUCUAAAUUUUAUCCUGAGUUUAGAAAUACCCAUGUUCUUAGCUUUUUUUUGUGUGUGCAAAUUAUAGGGCAAUAAGUACAAGUAGCACUUUGCUAUUUCCAAACCAUUUUUUUUCAAAAUUAACGCAAGUUACAUUGUAACACUGAUAUCUGUCAGGAAUCCCUGAAUAACCCUUCACAUGUACAUAUUUUUUUUAAAGAAGGCAACCUAAGGUAUUGCACUUGGGUAUUUUGACUCUUUUCAUGCAACCUUUUUACCACCAUUCUAUGAAACAUUUAAAAAAAAAUUAUUGGUGAUUUUGUUUUGACACACAUCGCAAUUUAAGAAUACAUGUACGGAGAACUUUAAGAGUUACUGCCAAAGAAAACCCCAAUAUGUGUUCAGCAACAUCUCCUGAAAUUUUACAAAUCCCUACCUAAAACUACCUAAAUCUCUCUACCUAAAACAUUGAUAUAUCCCCUCCACCCCCCAUACUGAUCAGAGUCAAUAUUUACUAAUAUUGACCUGAUCAGACAAAUGGGGAUCAUAGUUGGAAUAAAAUUGUUAUAGGGGCAAGUGCUGAUUGGCUGUCCCUAGGCUAGAGAGUCCUUGGUCAGUGCUGCACAGUGUGCAGCACCUACGUUCAACGUCUCCAUACUCUGUAUAGAGGUGCUGAAUGUUCCCCCAUAGAGAGGAAUUGAUUAAAUGCAUCUCUAUGAGAAGAUGCUGAUUGUCACAUUAUUUUGCUCGGCAUGUGCAAUAUCCUCCCUUAGCUGAGAUCAGUGCGAUUGGAGACUUUCUCGUGCGAUUGGAGACACGCACACACUUUCUCACACACAAAGUGAGAUUAUUUUAAUUUAAAUCCACUCAGCCUUCCUACCUUUGGGAGAGCUGAGUGGAUCUUUUCCUGGGGUCCAGUGGGGACUCCUGUCUUCCUGCGCGAGAGGGAGCAGAAAUCUACCUGCAGAUCCUCUCUGCUCCCUCACGCUCUCUGUAGUGAUGCCAGGCCGGAAUGAUGUCAUAUUCCGGCUCCUGGCAUCAUUAAGCAGAGCAGAGAGGAGCUGGAGGUAGAUUAUUGCUCCCUCGCGUGAGGCUCCUGUGAUAUCGCGGGCGUUCCGGCUUUAAAGGGCUGAUAUCCCAGGCAACCGGGCAAAAUUUCUAGUCUUCAUGGUGACCUGGCGCCUGGGAUUUGUCAAGCCCUGCAAUAAUGGUACCCUGUAAUACAUCUCAGAUUUGUAAGUACAACCGUUCUCAAUCCCUCUACUCCUUCUGUAAUGUUUGUCUUUCAUCCCUACACCUCCAGCUCUCCUACUAGACUUGUAUAUGGUUGCCCUUUUUAUAUGGAAUAUGCUAACUCAUUUCUUUCUGCUAGUUUCCAUUUAUUUUCUCAGAAAUAUGUAAACUCAUUUCUUUAGCAAUGCAUAGUGAUUAUGUAAUUACUCACUCUACACAAUUGUAUCCUAAUGUCACGUCAAACGUUAUUUCUCCACCUAAUACUACAGUUAUCUACCUAUUGAUAUAGCUAAAAUACCUGAAAAUAUCUUUCUUUCUUGAUAUAUUAUGCCUUUUGCCCCCAUUUGCUUAAAUGUGUCUUAUUCUGCUUUGUGAUCAAUUCUACGUUUAGUCCUUACAAUGCAGUGAAGAAUGUUGGCACUAUAAUGUUCGCAUUGUAAUCCGCUAAAUUUUGUAUUGUUUGGCUGCCUAAAAUGUUGUUUCAGGACUGUUUAGCCUUUUGCGUACCAAGGUUUUUGUUUGUGAUUCUAUGCGUUUGUUUUUAUGUAUAAAACAUGGCCCAGCAAUAUACAGUGUACAGUUAUCACUCAAUUGACGCAACAGUCCUGCUGAUUAGUUUAAAAUUCAAAGCACAUUGAUGCAGUGUAUUCAAGACGAUGAUCUUGUGUUCAUUUGUUACAAUGUUCUUCUUUUUAGGGAAGUCAGAUAAUUACUUUAAAAUUGUAUUUUUGCUUACUUUUCUUGCAGAGGCGUGGAGCGAUUUCAUAUGACAGCUCUGACCAAACAGCUUUAUAUAUUCGUAUGCUAGGUAAGAAAACAACCUAUUUUCUCACUAGAAAACAGAUGCUUUUUUGUGUUUGAUUAAAGUUGCCUGAAUGUUUUGAUAAAAAGAAUGUAUUUAUAAUACCGGAAUAAAUUACACAAGCACAGAAACCCUAUGAAGUACAUUUGUUUUAUAUUAUAGAAUAAACUCUAAAGUAACCUUCAGUUUUAAAAAUGGAAAAAAGUCCAUUAAUAGGGUCAAAAUAUCUGGUAAGCUUUUAUUUACUAAAUCAAUUAUUUAUGUUCUGUGAUUAAUUCUGGCGCCUUAUUUGCUGUUUUAGUAAGUAUUGUCACAUGUUGAGAUAUCUGUUAUCCUUUAAAGGGGAAACCAUCACUUCUCUAGAAAGUACUGUAUUUAAUAUGAUGCACAAAUUUCUUUUCAAUAUAUAUUAAAGGGCUACUUCAACCAAAAACAUUGUUUUCAUAAAGCACUGGUUUUGGUUAGGGUAACCCUAUCUGAGGUGUCCGCCCCCCAAAGUGUUCUCGUAUAUCGAGGUAAACAUAGCAAUGUGGAAUUCUCUUUUGCAGUCCUCUCAAAUAGGUGUUUUACUAUAUAUAGAAGGGAUAAGUAUACAUGAUAUUAAAUAUCACGAGAAGUUCCCAUUUUAAAGUUUUAACCCAUAAAAGAAGGUGAUUUUCCCAACAGUAUGAUGUAUGUUAACUUUUUAUACUCUGAGACUGUAUGGUGCUAGUCCUAAGCGUGCAAGGUGUGCCCUGUUUUUAAAUAAUUUUCAAUAAAUAAAGUCUAACAUUUUGCAUGUCUUAGCCCCCUCUCUCCUUCUUUGUUUUAAUUUUAUGUGCACCAAAAUGUUUUUUAAAUAACAUUUUGGUGCACAAAAAUGGCAUGGAUGUUUUCAAAAACAUGUAAUUUAUAUCCUCUGACCAAUAACCAAGCCUGCAUGUUUGAGUAUGAAGCAUUUAAGGUUGAAACAGUUGAUAGUUCUAGUUCCUCUUCUAUCCCCCCCCUCCCCCACCACCAAAAUGUAAGGCACAGAAUAAAUCCUAAUUAGACAUUUGAUAUUUAUCAUCUCUGAAACCCGAGGCACACCCUAGUGCUCCAGUUGAUCCGUUUUAAAUGGUGUCAGAUGAAAAAACACGUGUGGUAGCAUCAACACAACUGACAAAAUUAAUUGAAUAAAAAUAAAUUUUAAACUUUAUUUUAAAAUGUUCAAUGGAAACUUGUGGUCCCUAUCAUUAUUACAAUUUCAUGGUUUUUACCAUAGAGCUGACCCUGACUUUUUUGAUAUUUUUGUUGACGUGGGAUUUUUAAGUUUUACUGUCAGUAAUACCUUUUUCUUUCCAUAAAUCAGUUUCAGCCAUGAAUACCAACAAAUACAUAUUAUUUUCAUGUCUAAGCUGCCAUGGGCAGACUAGAUGGGCCGAAUGGUUCUUAUCUGCCGUCACAUUCUAUGUUUCUAUGUUUCUAUAAGAUUAGAAGAUAGACAGUUUGUCCCGUGAGAAGGGAGUUAUUUUUUAGUUUUAUUUUUUUUGGCAUUACACUUUUAUUUUACAAAAUAAGACAUUGGAUUGGCUAAAAAUCAGCAAUCCUGAUGUCAUCAAGGGGGAGGGGCCAGCUCCAAUGGAACCCUCGCGGUGCUGGAAAUAAGGUGAGUUUUAAUACCCAGAUUUUACUAAUAUCAUAACGUAAAGUCAUGAUUUUAUUAAAGACACAGAGGCUCAUAUUAUGCUGCACUCUUUCUUUAAUUCCCUCAACAGCAAAGCAAGACAACCUUAACAUUAAAAAAAAACAAUGACAAAUUUACAAAAUACCAUCCUAUACAUCCAUCAUAUGCAUAACAACACAUCAAUCAAAUAAAAUACAGGCACAAUCCUAUAUAAGGCAGGACCUAGCUCUACACUUCCUCUUUCUGUUGAUACUGAAGCUAAAUAAAUUCAAACUUGGUGAAACAAUAUAAUCCAAAUAGCAGGACAAACUCCAGUGAACUGCCGAACCAUACAUCACAGUUUUGAACUUUCAAGGAAAUAGUCCGUGAAGCAAGUUGGGCUAAAAAAAAAUAAACAAUAUGGUAAUAACUUGGCGUACCAAGUAUGCGCAGUUGUCUUCACCCAAAAUUAUAGUAACCAAUAGAUAAGUAUAUAAAAUCGGUAAUCAAUUAGGUUGGUAAGCAACAUAAAUAUUAGAAUCCAUGCACCACGGGUCAAAUGUAAUCCCUUUAAUGAAACACAUCAUAGCCAUGAAAAUAAACAAUCCACUUACCGUAUCCCAGUAGAGAGAGUUCAAUGGGAGGGCGGUGGGGAAUAAUUCUCAACGCCGUGUCUUUAAUAAAAUCAUGACUUUAUGUCAUGAUAUUGGUAAAAUCUGGGUAUUUUAUUAAAGACAUGGAGGCUCAUGUUAUGCGUGUUUAAAGCUGGUCAAUAACUUGUUCUGAAAAAUGGCUUAUGGGUUUAAAAUAGAAAUUCCUGAAAGUAGAUUCCGAAGACCAGUCUGCUGCUUUCUGAAUGUCUUCAAAUCUACAACUUACAGAUGAGGCUUUAGAGGCCAAACCCCCCCGAACAGAGUGCAGGGAAAACAUGGAAACAUCAAUACCCGCUAAUACCAUCACCCAUUUUACCCAACGGACCAAGUGGGGGAUGACUCCGGUAGAUUUUGUGAUGCUUGAGAGCCAGGAUUAUGAUGUCACUUCAGCACCGGCUUUACUGCAAAGAGCGUGCAGGGGAGCUGAGAGGCUCCUAGAUUUCAAACAAAUUUGACAUGUCCUGGCCUAAAUGGUUGAUGUACAUGACUGCUGACUCAUUGUCCAUCCUCAAUAGUAUAGAACAUUGAGAGCUUGUUUGGGAAGAGCAUCUGACUGCAAACGAGCCGGCCAGGAGUUCCAGACAAUUGAUGUGGUAGCUUUUCUCUUCCUCGGACCACCUUCCGCCCAUGGAGAUAUCUCCACAGCAUGCGUCCCAACCAUGUAGACUCGGGUCGGCUUCUACAAUCACAUCUGGAGAUGUGCCAAAAAUGGCGUGUCCGUUCCUCGCCUACAUGUGGCAAAGCCACCAUUUGAGAUCCUCUUUGGCUUCCAUAUCCAAGGUCACAGCGUCUUCGUAGGAGGCAAGUGUUGGGAAGGUAGGUCGCCUGAAGGCGUUGUAGUGCCCUGUAGUGGAGCAGUCCUGGAAAAAUUGCUUGGAUAGAAGCCGCUAGAAGGCCGACCAUACAAGCCAGUUGUUUGAGAGAGAUCUGCGUCACUUUCUGGCGUGCUGGAGGUCUUAGCGGUACUUGGUUAGUCGAAUGCCCGAUUUGGGUUCCAGGCAUUCGAUGGCUGCCUCCAUGUGUUCGGUAGGCGAAUGGCGGCCGCACACGAACCUUCAAUUAGCACCCUUUGCAACAUUGUUGCCUUCGGUAAUGAGGGACACACGACCACACCGGGGUGGUCCCUCAUUCGGUAUUUUACAAGUUUUCGUGUAAACCACAGUACAGGUAGUUCGUGAACCGAUUUACUGGUGAUUACUGCCUUAAUAGUCAUACGGCCAUUGUACUCCAAGUUUAUUCGAAUGGUUAAAGUCUCUUGUCAGUCUCUUAGUGGCACGGUUUGCCGCACUGCCUUAUAUAGGAAUGUGCCUAUGAUGUGUUGUUAAGCAUAUGAUGUAUGUACAGGAUGUUAUUUUUUCAUUUUCCAUUGGGUUUUUUUCAACUUUGUUAAUGUUCUCUUGCUUUGCUGCUGAGGGAAUUAAAGAAAGAGUGCAGCAUAAUAUGAGCCUCUGUGUCUUUAAUAAAAUAGCUUUUAAGGGGGCUAAGUGGGGGGAAGCCACCAAAUGGUGGGUUUAGCACUAUAGGGUCAGGAAUACAUGUUUGUGUUCCUGACCCUAUAGUGUUCCUUUAACAUGCUUAGUGAAUAACCAGGUCAUUCUUAUCUAUGCAGGAUAAAUAUUUGAAUAUUUAUAAUAUACUAUGUGGAGGAAUAAACCUGACAAUUAAUGAGUGACUCCUCUUUUUCCUAGGCGAGAAUUUUAGUGCAGUUUUUUUCCCUUCUAAAUAUGUAUAUUUUUCAUGGACUUAAUUUGUGCCUUUAGUUUUAUUACACUGACAUGGUGUUUUGGUAUUGCUUCAUUACACACAAGUAAGCACUGAAAAUCAAAAAAACUAUUUGAUAAGAUAACAGCUUGUGCUUUAAUCCUUACAAGGUUAGUGAAUCUGAUCCUGCACUGUGCAUAAUAGUAGUACCAUUCAUUAUAUAUAUAAUAUAUUUAUAUUUUUUUUCUUUGCCUUAAGGGUAUUAUUGUUAUACUUACCGGUACAUUUCAAGAUGCUAAGAAAGCCUAGUUUGUUUGCCUCUUUUGCUAUAUUAUGUGUUUGUUUCCAAACACACAAAUUGGAAGGUCAAUUCAAACAUCAGUAUUACAAAUCCUAAACUGAGAAUAUCCCAUAUUAUUCAGAAAUAACUUUUCAGUAGUAAAAAGGAAGGGUAAUAAAUGUACAAGUAAUGACCACAAAAAGGAGUCUCCCUCUCCCCUGCCUUUUUUUUUUGUAUUGAUUGUUUCUGUUCAUAUGGUUGCAUUACCCCAGAAGUAUUUGAAAUUGUAGCACCUAAUUAAUGAAAUUGUCAUUUCUGGACAUCAGAAAUAUGCAUUGUACAACUGAUGUAUUAUUAAAAUAAAAUAUAUCAUAUAAAUAAGCACUGACCUCUCACAGGCACCCAGACCACUUCAGCUCAUUGAAGUGGUUUGGGUGCAAUGUCCCAUGUCCAUUAACUCUGCAAUAAGUGCCUUGCAGGAUUAACUCCUCUUCUAGUGGCUGUUUACCAGACAGCCACUACAGGGACUUCCAGAAUUGAAACGGACCUUUGGUCCAUUAUCUAACACUGGACGUCCUCACUAUACUAUGAGGAACGUGGGCAGAGUUUGACCAAGAGCCGAGGGACAUCGGCGUUGGAUUGAGGUGAGUGACUAAGGGGCUUUAACCCAUUUGGGAGAGGGGGCGCGAGGGAGGGGGUUUGUUUUCCUGGCACUAUAGAAUCCCUUUAAUACAUUUACUUUUUUAUCCCAUAUUUUAAGGGACACUCUAAGCACCAAAACAAUUUUAGCGUAUUGAAGCAGUUUGGUGUAAAGAUUGUAUCCCUGAAGUCUCCCUGCUUUAGGUUCUGUUUGUAUUUUCAGCAACAUCUCCCCUGGCUAUGAAUAAAAAAGCCUCCAUUAAAAAAAAAAAAAAAAUUUUUUUACAUUUUUAAUCAGAUUUUACAGCGCACAGUGUUUACAAGUUCUUAGGUCAUGUAACAGAGCACAGGAGCUAUCACACACAGGAGGCUGUUAUAGGCUCUAUUUGGUAAUUGCCCACAAACCCCAACCGCACACCUAUAAUUCUAAAGAAAAAGUACGUUUUAUUUCUUAUCAAAAUAGGAAUAAAAAUAAAACAUUUUCAUAUAAAUACACAUAUAAUCCAUCCACAGCAUAAUGCCUUAGUUGCAGAUACAUUGUAUUAUAAAUUCAUUGGGGGAACACAAAUGUGUAUUCCUGAAUCUAUAGUGUUAAGAACAUGUGGAGGCAAUUAAUGUCACUGCUGCUCUUUGUGGAACCACCUCUAAUGGCCGUCUGACUACCAAUAGAGGUGUCCCUAGGCAGAAAUGUAAACACUGCCUUUUCUCUGAAACUGUACAUAUAAACAAUAGAUGUAAAGUAUAAUGACCAUGUAUAACCUCAAAAUCAACCCAUGGGAAAGCUGCUGAAAAUAAUAAAGGCAAGAAAUACUGUUCAUAAAUGUUUUAUCUCCUUAUACACCACUGUGUGAGGCACCAGAAACAUCCAGCAUUUUGGCCUGUAGAGCCUUUUUCAAGGGUGCCUCUACUUAUAGUAAUCAGUGUCUAUUAGGCAAUUAACAGAGCAGGAGAUACAAGUUAUAACAAGAAAGUUAUUUAAUUUUGAUUAGUCCUGCAUGACUUUGUUGCAUAGCUUCUACUCUGUACUCCUUCCUUCAUCACCCACUGACUUUAUUAGAUGUUACAAUCAUGGAAACCUGUGAAAGACUUCAUUUGUGAAGUAAAGGCUUUAGGAGUUAAAAUUUUUAACGGUUUAACCCUUAAAGGUAAGGGAUCUCCUGGCACAAGAACAACUUAAUUUUGAUGAAGUUGUUAUGGUGUCCAGAGUUUUUCUUUAAUUUUUCACUAAUAUUCUAUGAAAGAAGAAAUACAAGAUGUUUUAUUAAAUUAAUAAGUACACGCCAUAUGUUAGGCUGCAAUGUGUUUCCCUUAAACCUUUCUUGCCCUUUGACAAUAGCAAGUGUUAGUGCAAUGUAAGUCUUACAAAAUAACUAAGACUCAUUAACAUAAUCUCAAAGACACGCAUGUCUAAUAACUUCCAGGGUCAUGGCUCUGAAAGUGGCAACAGUAAACUGGGUUAUUCAUUAAACUGGCAAUUGGAGAGUAUUACACAUUUUAUGUCAACUUGACUUAAAUGAGUUGUGCCACAAUUUGUAGCUUACCAGAAACUCAAUGCCGGUUUAUAUAUUACCCAGAGGUUGUUUUAACAUUGUGCGUGCUUAACACAUUGUGCAUGCAAAUUCAUUUAAAGAAAAACACUAGGCAACAUAACCACUGUAGUUUGUUUGUGGAAACCUUUAUGGUGAUGCUACACAAGGUUCUAUUCAAACACUUAUAUCUAAAUUAAGUGGUUACUCCAUCCAAAAACAAGCAUUUUAUGAAAACGCUGGUUAAAGUUACCCUCCCCCCAUGAGGAAAAAAAAAAAAAGACAAAACUUACUUCUGCUUCACUCCUGCGCCUACUACUCUGGUGACUUCACUCACCCCUUGCUGCCAGUGGAAGGAUGUUGUUGGAAGAUGGGCUAAGGGAAGGACUUGUGCAUAACGGUGGCGGCAUACCACCAUUGGACGUCUGUUGCCAGCAUGCUCUGUGUGCUGUCCGGUAUGCACAAACUUGAUAUCAGCAAGCCUGGAUCUCUUGGGAUGGGCUGGCUAUAGACGCUUCAGUGAUGUCAGAGAUACAGAGUUAAACCUUUGUGCAACAUUUCUUAGUGAAAUGCUGCACAUACAGACUUUAGGAACCUUUCCCACAAUUCUCUGCCAGUCAUGAGGCUCCUCUGCUGCUCCCAAAGAAACGCUCACAAUAGUGUCCCUAACAUAGUUAAAUGUUUGGGGACACUUCUUUGACGUGAUAUGUGCAAAACUUUAAAAUAGCUUGCGUUUCUUCAGACUGACAAGCGAAAGACACUGUUGGUGCUAUUAAUAACAUUUUUCUACUGUUAAAUGAUUAAUGCUGAGUUUUGGUUUAAUACUGAGUUUUGGUAUUUUGAUAGGGUCUUGUGUAAUAUUCAAACAGCUGAGUGCAAGUAAGUAAAUGCGAGUGGGGCGCAUACACUAUUUCUGAUGUGAAAUCAAUUUAGCUAAAUUGCUGAAAGCUAUCAUUUCUAGAUGCUGAGCCUUGUGCAACCUCUCCUGUCUGUAACCAUUAAUGCAGGACAGGCUAGAUUGAAUGAACCUGAUAUACCUAUUCCAUUAAGGUGCCUUGUAUCAUUAUACUGUGAAAGUAUAUCGUUUUUGGUUCCAUCUGAAUGCUUAGCACAUGCUUUGGCCUCGUUUGCUUAGGCAGGAAAAUUAAAUUCCUAUGACUUGGGAGCCUGCAACUGCAUGUUUAACAGUCCUGUUCUUGAAUUGUACAAGACAAAUCAGUUUGGUGGGGUGGAGGUGGCUUGCUCAGUGGGCAUGUUCUUCCACUAACAUUGCAACUACUGUUUAUCCUUUAUUAGGAGAUGUCCGGGUAAGAAGUCGAGCUGGCUUUGAAACUGAACGUCGAGGCUCUCAUCCAUACAUUGACUUUCGUAUUUUGCACUGUGAGUAAAUGGGAAAAGAUUGAAUAGGUUUAUUUUCCUCUUCGUUUGGAUUUUCAGAAGAGACUUUUAUUUAUGUUUUUGUGUUUGUUAAUCUGUUUUUUGUUUAAAUGCAUUGAAUACUUGAUACAUGAUGUAUUCGGUGUAAAGAUUAGAGAUAUUUACUUCUGAUCCAGCACUGCUAAGUCUUCAGCUUGCUGGGUGUUACUUUUCUAGAACACUCACGUCCACUCUGAUAUAUCUUGCCUGGGGACCAACCUUUGACCUUGACGCAGACACGUUUGUUCAGAUGCAGUCAUACUGGCAAUGAAGCCAAGUGACGUGUUCCUAUACCCUCUAAACAGUGCUGGCAGCAUUGGCUAGGGCGCUACCAUCUGUGGUUGCAGAAGGACCGCCUGUGGGAGAGCUAUUCUGUUCCCCCUUAUCAAUCAUUUCUUUGGCACUGACUCUAUACCAAGAAAUUGACUGACCGGUGGGAGGAAGGCCUAUUUGUGAAUAGGUUUUUCUCCCAAAUUAUAGUAAAUCUGAUAGAACAAUGUAUAGUUUAAAUUGUAUGCUCUUUCAAAGAAAAAAAAAACCAUACGUUCUAGAUACCAUAAUAGUUACCUCUUUUAAAGAUUCACCUUUUUAUAAAACAAUCCUAAUAUCAAAAAAAUUUGAUUUGCUGCAUCAGUUGUAAAACAUAACCCGGCUAUAAACGAAAAUCUGAGCAGCCAAUCAGUUGGUGGUAUGUAAUGUGUGAGACAAAUAAUUAAGAAGCAAAUACAUUAUUAACAAAUGCCAUUCCUAAGAAAAUGAUAUUAACAAUAUAUGUGGAAUAUGUUGGCUCUGAUAUACAAUACAUCUUUGAGUACUGUAUAAUUUACGAAAAUGUAUUUUUUUCCCCCACCUCCUCCCAUUAGACUGAAAUGCAACUCUUGUAUACUCCUUCAACCACAGGGUUCUAGUCCAUAUGUAAAAUGAAUUGAUGUUGGAUGUUAAAUUUACCUGUACAAUAAACAUCUGACUGCUUUGAUAACCACUUGCUGAAUUUGCCUUGGUUUAAAUUUUUGUGGCUCUUGUGCAUGUUGCAGGGAACACCACUAAGUGUCGCUGUUUAACAGAAAUAAUGUACAUGCACAAGGGAUCUCUUUUUUUGUUUAUUCUUGUUUUUUUUUGAUCGUCACAGAUUGUAUAUACAAUAACGUUUAUGUUAGAGUAACCUUUGCUGUUUGUUAAAUUACAAAAUCUAUAAUAAUUAUUAAUCUAUUUCUAUCUCUAGCACAUUCAGAAAUUGAGAUAUCUUUGUCUGCAAGAAACAUUCGGAGGUUGCUAAGUUUCCAACGGUACCUAAGAUCCUCUCGUUUCUUCCGUGGUGUCAAUGCACAGAAUUCCUUAUACAUUUUAGAUGAUGGUUAUAACGGACAAGCUAAGGUUUGUACAGUUUAUGUUGGCUCACUUUUUUUUUGUGAUAGACGUGGGUCUGGACAAAUGUUCAAUUGGCACUGCUGUAUGUUAAAGGGUCACUCUAAGCAUCAUAACUACUUCAUCUUCCUGAAGUGAUCAUGGUGCAAGACCCUCUGGAGAUAAAGAGGGGGGUGCUGGGAUUUAGUAUAGAGGGUGGUGCUGGGAUUUAGUAUAGAGGGUGGUGCUGGGAUUUAGUAUAGAGGGUGGUGCUGGGAUUUAGUAUAGAGGGUGGUGCUGGGAUUUAGUAUAGAGGGUGGUGCUGGGAUUUAGUAUAGGGAGGGUGGUGCUGGGAUUUAGUAUAGGGAGGGUGGUGCUGGGAUUUAGUAUAGGGAGGGUGGUGCUGGGAUUUAGUAUAGGGAGGGUGGUGCUGGGAUUUAGUAUAGGGAGGGUGGUGCUGGAUUUAGUAUAGGGAGGGGGUGCUGGGAUUUAGUAUAGAAAGGGUGCUGGGAUUUGGUACAGAGGGGAGGCUGUGCUGGGAUUUGGUACAGAGGUGUGUGCUGGGAUUUGGUACAGAGGAGGGGGGUUGCUGGGAUUUGGUACAGAGGGGGGAGGAUUUGGUACAGAGGGGGGGUUGCUGGAUUUGGUACAGAGGGGGGCUGGAUUUGGUACAGAGGGGGGGUGCUGGGAUUUCGUACAGGGGGGGGGUGCUAGGAUUUGGUACAGAGGUUGGGUGCUGGGAUUUGGUACAGAGGGGGAUGCUGUUUUCUUUUUUCUUUUAUAUACUGUACUUUUUCAAAACAAACCUACGUUUCUAUGAAAAUGUUUUUUGUUUUUUUUGCGGCCCACAUAGACUUAAACCUUGCGACCCACCUACCUAUCCAAUAUCAUAAGCACUACACCAUAUACUUCUCCAUUGUUCCAUUUGUUUCUUACAUAUACCAUCUAAAGUGGUUUAUGUUUUGGUGUGGUCAUUUAAUUGUUUGUACUCUAACUAAUGGCAUUGCAGCAAAGUCCAAGAACAUCAAAUUAAUGUGUAGUUCAUUAGCUUUUCAUCUAUACAUUUGUAGAAAUGUGGCUAGCAAAGUAUACCAUAAUUUCCUAAAAGUGAUAGUCUUUUUGUGACAACCAUAUAUUAAUUUAAAACAGAUCCAUGUUUAGAUAUGUGUAUGUAUUUCUAAGUAGCAGUGAUUUUUCUUUGAUACGUGAUUUUUUUUCCCCCCUCAUCAGCUGGCUGUUAGUAGUUUGUGUAACACACAGUGUUAUUGUCUUUCACCAUUUAAUCAGAUUUUAUCUUUUCUUUUUUUAGUGUAUGUUGGAAAAAGUCGGAAACUGGAAUUUCGAUAUAUUUCUUUUUGAUAGAUUAACAAACGGUUAGUAAAAUGUUGUCAGUAUAUAAGUACCCUAACAAGUGUGUGUAAUUUCAAACCGCUGCCUGUGCCCUUUUGCACAACUUGCACAGCAGGAUGGCAUUAUCCCUCUAUAACAAUAAACUGAAUGUAUAAUUCUGUUCUUUAAAUUACUUUAAAAGUAAGUUAGUGCUGCCACAAUUAACAAUAUUCUUGAUGUAGGGACUGCUCCAAUCAAAAAUGAGUUAUACCAUAUUCUAAAUUUGGGAUAAUGUUCUUUGUUUGUGAUUAGCUUUUAUUUGUAUAAGAUAAUAUAGAGGGUUCCAGGCAUAAAAAGAGAAACAACCUGACAGAUUUACAGCAGCAUUGGGGUUUAUAUCAGAGUUUAUCAGAGUUUAUUGCUGUAGCAAUAUGGUACCAUACAAACAAUGUACAACAAUCAUACAUGAAUAUUUUAAUAGGUUUAUAACAGGGAUAGGCAACCUUCGGCACUCCAGAUGUUGUGGACUACAUCCCCCAUAAUGCUCUUACACCCAUAAUGCUGGCAAAGCAUCAUGGAAGGUGUAGUCCAAAACAUCUGGAGUGCCAAAGGUUGCCUAUGCCUGGUUUAUAAUAUAUUAAUAUUAUAUUUAUUGUAAGUCAUGGAGAUAUAAAAGAAUCAUAGCGAUAUAAUGUUUUUGGAUGCUGCUAAUAUCAUUCUGAUCACCUUUUUAUAUAUAAUAAAUAUAUAUAAUUCUGAAAGUUGAAUAUAAUAAUUAACCUGCUCGUUCAAAACAUAGGCGGUGUUAAUCACCAAACUGGCUGUUGUGAAGUAAAAUAAACUAGUCGUUUCUAAUUGUAGUGAUUAAUCCUGCUGUUGACAAAUUUCUUUUAAUGAUCAAUCUAAGAUAGUUAAUGAUUUUUGUUUUAUUUUGCUCUCAGGAAAUAGUCUUGUCUCAUUAACAUUUCAUCUCUUGAGCCACAAUGGACUAAUAGAUCACUUCCAGUUGGAUAUGGUGAAGCUUCGGAGGUUUCUAGGUAAAUUCCAUAUAAAAUUCAGGUUUAUGUCAUAUAUAAAUGUACAUCUGGCACGCAAGCAGGUGUCCCUGCAAGUGCGACCAUACUUUACUGUGUUGUGCCUGUCACAGGAGGCCUAGGAGGAAGUUGGCUACCUUAGGGUGCCCACAGGAAGGUGGAUAUCCACUAAGACAGAGUUGGUACCUGCUAACCCAGACGGCAGGUGCCUACUCUGCUGAUAUACAUAGUGCUUAGAUGGCUAAAAGUAACACAAAUAAAAUGUGUGUGUGUGUGUGUGUCAGUAUCGGUGAGUAUGUGUAUAUGUGUGUGUCUGUCAGUGUGUAUCAUGUCAGUGCAUGUGUAUCAGUGAGAGCAUAAGGAGGCCCUUCUUUGAUUCUUGCACUGUCAUUCCUAGCUAUGCCCUUGCCAGGUGUACAUCUCAUUCAUAUGGCUGCAGUGUCUGGAGACCCUUAACAAUCCCUCUAUUCAGUAUUACACCGUUUUUAAUACUAUACAAGAGUUCCCAGCAGCUCAUCAUCCCUAUGCUGCUCCUAAUGAAGAAGCAUUAGCCUAAACAGCAGUGGCUGACUGUGAUUGGCUGCGUGUCAGCUGACCACUUUCAGCCUAUCACAGAGCCCAUUCAGCUACGAAUUGGUAUGGCUACAAGGAAGUGUAUAAUCUCGGUUGGUGGGGCUUUGGGAAGCUAGGUAGCCUAAUUCAGUUUCAAACUACACAAAAAUUAAUGAAUGGAGGAACAGCGCCAAGGGAAUUCAGGCACUAUAACCAAUUCAGUAAUAUGAAAUGGUUAUAGUGCCUGCAGUGUCCUUUUAAACUUUGUCUUCACGCUGUGUUAACCAGACAACAAGCAAAUUUUAUUUUUGUCUUAAUGUAACCAUGGUGUACGUGAACCCAUUACUUGCGGGAUAUUGCGUCUCCUCUCUGGAGGGGUUGAGCAAUUUCCUUAAAACUUUGUAGACCCCUACUCAUACAUUCUCCUCUCACUCGUGAAAAUUUCUCAGUUAUGGUUCUUCUACCUUUGGAGAGGGUUAAGGAGCUUUGCAUUAUUAAUUUCCAAAAAUAGAAAACAAAGAAAAAAAACUCAAGCUCACAAGCAAGAUACAUACAUUCAUGGCCGUGUGCGUUUACUUGGGGAAGAGAUGGCAGUAGGUUGCAUUAUGGGAAGAAGGCAGGCCAGCGGAGGCAGUGUUAUACUCUGGGCAAUUUCCUGCUGGGAAACUUUGGGUCCUGGAGGAUGUUACUUUGACACGUACCCCGUACCUAAAGAUUGUUGUAGAACACGUACACCCCUUCAUAGCAAUCCUGUUCCCUGAUGGUAGUGGCCUCUUUCAGCAGGAUAGUGCAUCUUGCCACACUACAAAAAUUGUUCAGGAAUGGUUUGAGGAACAUGACAAAGAGUUCUAAGUGUUACAUUGGCCUCCAAAUUCCCCAGAUCUCAGUUCAUUGAGCAUCUUUGCGAUGUGCUGAAACAACAAAUCCAAUCCAAUCCAUCUCGAUCUUGCAACUUGCAGGUCUUAAAGGAUCUGCUGCUAAUGUCUUAGUGUCUUAGUGCCAGAUACCACAGGACAUGUUCAGAGGUUUCAUGAUGUUCAUUGCUUGAUACAUCAGAGCUGAGCUUUGGCAGCAUGAGGGGGACUUACUUGAUAUCAGACAGUUAGUUUUAGUGUGUGUGUGCGCUCGCGCAGAUCACAAGGUGGUAAUGGUGGUCUUUUUUUCACUUUUUUCCUGCUUGUGACUAAAAAGGAAGAUUUGUCUUUCUCUGAAUCCUUCCGUUAGUUAUUCUAACUCUGCACCUUUAAGUUACAAAGUGAUAUAUACACCAACACCUGCAUAAAUCCAUACGAUGGUGUGUCAUUAUUAUUAUUUAUGUAUUUUUAUGUAAUGCAGUCAUGUGGUAGCAUAUUUUAUGUUCUAAGAAACCUACCUUUUCUGUAUCUGUUUUCCAGUUAUGGUUCAAGAAGAUUAUCAUAGUCAAAAUCCAUAUCACAAUGCAGUCCACGCUGCUGAUGUGACUCAGGCCAUGUACUGUUAUUUAAAAGAACCUAAGGUAAGAUAUAUGGGGGGGGGGGAGGAGGGGGAGUGUGUGUGUGUAUAUGUAUAUAUAUAUAUGUAUAUAUAUAUAUAUAUAUAUAUAUAUAUAUAUAUAUAUAUAUAUAUAUAUAUCUCAUGAAUAACACUACAGGACUUAGUGAUAAAAAUAAAACUUAGGUUUGGUUUAUCAACAGGAUGAUUAAAGUUGUAAAUGAAAAAUUGAAACGUUGAUAAACUACAAUUACAUUUUAUUUUUAUAAUGAAGUCCAUUUUAUUUUUAUUUUCACAACUGCUGGAUUGAAGCACUACCCCAAAGCUGUUAUUUUGUCAGCCCACGAGUGCAUGCCUUUUGGAACAUAUGGUUUUACUGUGCUUGUACAUAAGGAGAGAUCAUACUGAGUGGAAUAUGUCCCAUUCCCAUGCCAUGUGAUUUGUCAACUCUGGAAUUUUCAAGAUGAAUUUUAGCACUAUACAGAAAAUUAAUUUAAUGUUGAAAAUGCUAUUAAGUUCCUGCCUAGUUUUGUAACCAGCUGGAGCCUCUGAUAAAAUAAUUGUGGACAUAUGUCAACUGAAUAUUCAGUGCAACAGUGCGUUCAUUCUUUUGGGUAUUGCUAUCUAAAUAAGUGUCUCAUUCAGAAGCUAGCUUGAGGUGUAGUAACAGAGACUCGUGUGUUGGAAAAUGCAAAAUUGAAAAAAGUAGACUGUGCAUAAAUUGGCAUAAGUAAUAAUCUGUAACAAUGUUUAUUUUUUAUUGCAUAUCUGAUUCUUUCAGCUUGCCAAGUCUUUUACUCCAUGGGAUGUCCUACUGGGUUUGAUUGCAGCUGCAACUCAUGAUUUGGAUCAUCCUGGUGUAAAUCAGUCUUUUCUAAUAAAAACAAACCACUACUUAGCAACUUUAUACAAGGUAAUUGAGGACAAUAAUUUUGAAAGGCAUGUCAUGGGUUAAGUACAGAUCUUUUAUUUCAGUAUUCGUUCUACAUUUUACAAAGGCCCUCCGUGGUGGCAUUUGUACUUUAAAUAUUACUAUCUAAUUGAUUUAAUAUGUUAUUAGUUUGUAUGUGGAAUUCUCAUAUUCUGAUUGGCUGCUGGCAUCCCAUUCUAAAACGGCAUUCUUUAGUUUUUAUCAGUAACUGUCUCAGGUUUUUAAAUGAUCUAGCUCAACUUAAUUUGCUAGAACUUCAAUAAUGAAAUAUCCUUUAUGUUGUAAUGUUUCUAAACUGAAUGCACAUGAAGUAUUUAUGUGAUAGGGCUGAUCCAAAUGUAAGAAAUAUCCAACCUGGUUUUUAAAAUGCGUGGAAGACCAUGAUUUUUUUUCCUGGCGUGUGUAAUUAUUUUCACUUUAUUCAGAAUGGCAGAAACUUUGCUGUAGUUUGUGCACUUUUUUUAUAUAGAGCUUGAAAAUGAACCUGUUCAUAAUUAUUCUAAUAUUAUUUUAGUGGAUGAAUCCCACCUCUUUGUAAAGAACACAAAGUGCAACUGUUUCUUGCAAGUAUGACUGGAUGUAAUUUUGCUUUAAAGGGACGCUGUAGGAUUUAGACAUUAUAACCAUUUUAGAUUACUGGCUAUGGUGCCAGGUUGUAAGCACUGGAAAGCAAAGAUCCCAUGUCAUAUGUCCACUUCAUAAUUCCUGAGUUUUGCGAUUUGUAUAUCACCCUUGUAUUUACUGCUUAAUGUAAAUGUGACAAAAUCAAUAUUUAUUUGUAGCUUUUUAGCCUACGCUUGCCCCAUUUUAGAUGCUACAUUGGAUAUUAUUUAUUACAUCUAGGCCAUGUGGCAGACUCUUUAUAUGUGUUGACAUUAUCCCCAUCUUAAGACAGCAGGUAAGACUGUUAUUGCCUAGUAUGUUGUUUUGUUGCUGUUUUAUUACCUUUACUUGUUGAAUCGGGCUGUGUAGGAUGUGCUGUGUAACUGAAUUAAACUAUUUGCUUUCCAGAAUACCUCAGUAUUAGAAAACCACCACUGGAGGUCAGCAGUGGGUUUGUUGCGAGAAUCGGGUUUGUUCGCACAUAUGUCUGCAGAAGACAGGUAAAAGCCUCUUGUAUUUUUGUAUUUAUUUAUUAUAGCUUUUGCUAAAAUUGAUAUUGAAACACAAAAUCUCUCUUGAUACUGGUUUAACCAAAAUGUUAAAACUUUGUAACUGUUUUCAUUUUUUUUAUAAUUUAUUUUAUUUCCAAAAUUUCACUAAGUAUAAAAAUACAUACAAUACCUCAUAUAACAAACAUAUUCAAGUACAUGGGUCCCCCCGAGUUGAUUUAAUGUUUAAUUAACAUCCCUAUAUUUCAUAUCUAGAUGGAACGACAAUCUUUUAACAAAAUCAAUAUUUACAUAAGUUGCAAAAUUUGAGGUAUACUUAAAGUUAAAGUGGAGCACAAUGUGUUUAUAUAUUUUUUUUUUUAUAUGAUAAGGGGUAUGAAUAUCAAAUAGUAUCAUCUCAUUCCGGACACAUCUACUUAGUGUCUAAAAUUAAUAGACACAGUAAAGACUGAUUCUCUAAAUUAGAUUUUAUAGUCUUUGUGCUAUAAAAGGAAGAUUUCCUCCUAAGAUUUUAAAUACAUGUUUUUUCUGUUACUAUGUGUAUGUUUUUGCAACAAUGAGGAAAGACACUAGAGAUUAUGGGGUAGAGAAGGAUGCAAAGAUGAUUCGAGAAAUAACAUGAUAAAAAUGCUCACACUUAAUGUUCAAGGUAUGAACACGAUAGCAAAAAGAGCUCUGUUAUAUAAAUAUUUGAGUGAAAAGCAAUUAGACUUAGUAUUUUUACAGGAAACCCACUGGAGGCAAACAGAUAAAAUUGGGGAGGAAAAAGAUUCCCGCUUAUAAUACAUGCUUCUGAUCUAGAUAAAAAGAAAUGUGGAGUUGCUAUAGUAUUUGGAGAAAAAAAUCAAGGUAGAAAUUAUUCAUCAAGUACAAGACGUUAAAGGUAGAUUUUUGGUGAUAAUAUGUAAAAUUAACUCCAUUUUAUUAACACUCUGUAACGUGUAUCUUCCAAAUUAUUCACCAGCUUCCUAUUUAAGAACUGCAUUAGAAAAAAUAGAUGAAAUUAAAGUGGGAUAUUUAAUAUUAGCAGGAGACUUUAAUGCGGUUUUAGAUCCACAGAUAGACAAAAAAUUCAUGAAAGGAAAUAAAUUAAAUCAAAUGGUGAUGAAACAAGCUAAAGCUUUAAGGAAAAUGAAAGAUGAAUAUAAUUUGACAUUUGGAGAAUCUAUAACCCUAAUGAAAUGGACUAUACGCAUUUUUCUAAAGUUCACUUCUCCUACUCAAGAUUAGACAUGAUCUGGGUAGAUCCAAGUCUUAUUGAUAUGAUUAAAAAAACAAACUUCAAUGAAAUAGUAUGGACGGAUCAUAGUGGAUUGUUGUGUGAGAUAGGUGUUUGUAAAGUUAAGAGGGAAACCUAUACCUGGUGCUUAAAUGAUAGUCUGCUCUGUUCUGAAAUAAAUAAUAUUUACAUAGAAAAUAAUAUAAAAAAUUACUUUAAAGAAAAUAUUUCAGAAAAUAUUGAUCCACCCACUUUGUGGUGCACCUUUAAGGCUGUAAUAAGGGGUCAUUUUAUUAAGCUCCAAAGUCAAGUUGACAAAAACACCACUUUAUCUUACUUACACACUCAAUUAAGAAAUUUGAUUCAAAUUAAUAAACAAUCUCCGUCCCCUGAUAACUACGAGAAAAUAUCAGUAGUGAAAGAAAACAUAAAGCAAAAACUAAUGGAAAGAACUGUUAAAAGCUUGGAUAAAUUAAAAUUAAAAUACUAUUCUAAAGGCAAUAGAGCUGAUAAAAUUCUAUCCCAAAAACUCAGAAAACAAAAGGGAUAGAAUAGAGUGGAGAAACUAAUAAAUAAUGGAAAAAUAGCAACAACUCCUAAACAAAUAGCACAAUAUUUUAAUGAAUUUUAUAGCAACGUAUAUAACAUACCUCAAACCGCUACAGAUGAAAAUGCUAAAAGAUAUCUAGAAAGUAUAAAUAAGUUUCAACUAACAGUACCAGAGAAUGAACUAUUAAAUAAGGACAUAACUAUGGAUGAGAUUAUGAAAGUUAUAAAUGAUCUAAAACACCAGGUCCAGAUGGGUUCAGUAAUUUGUUUUUUAAAACAUUUAAAGAAUUACUUUGUCCUCAUUUGUUAAAUGCUUUCAAGACAGCUGCAAGUAGAGGAUUCAGCAGAAAUGCUGAAAGCUAAUAGUUUGCCAAUCUUAAAAUAUGAUAAAAAUCCUACCGACGUCAAAAACUAUCGCCCAAUAUGUUUGAUCGAUGUAGAUACCAAGUUAUAUGUUAUGUUUUGGCUGCUAGAAUACAGAUACUUCUUCCAUUAAUUAUACAUAGAGAUCAAAUAGUAUAUGUUCCGGACAGAAAUUCUUAAACAAGUACGAGAAGAAUUAUAAACAUCUUAGAUGAUGCAAAUAGAAAUAGGGUUCCAGUUUUGGCUCUGUCAAUUGACGCUGAAAAAGCAUUUGACAGAGUCAACUGAAAAAUACCUAGAAGCUGUUUUAUCACAUUAUGGUUUUGAAGGCUGCAUUAAGAAAGCCAUUAUGGCUCUUUAAUAAAUCCAGUUGCACGUACUAUAGGACCUAAUAUUACUGCCCCAUGGUUCCAACUUAAAAACGGGACUCGGCAGGGGUGUCAGCUUUCACCAUUACUUUAUUUAUUGUCUAUUGAGCCAUUAGCUGAAAAUAUUAGAAAUAAUAAAAAGAUUGGCUAUAAAAUAAUGGAUGUGGAUCAAAAGAUCACUCUAUACGCUGACGAUAUUUUAAUUACCCUGACUAACCCUAAAAGUUCAUUGGAGUUCCUUAUGCAGGAAAUUGCCCGGUAUAGUCCUAUAUCAAACUAUAAAUUAAAUAUAAAUAAAUCUAUGAUUCUAGAUAUUAACCUUGAUAAGAAAAUGCAACAAGAGAUUAAGAAUAAAUAUGACUUUAUUUGGGUUAAAGACAGUAUGGAUUAUCUAGGAAUUAAAAUUACUAGAGAGGCUAACAAAAUUAUAGAGACAAAUUUUCUAGAAUUAUUAUUAAAACUUAACAGAUGGUUAAAAGACCGUAGAAAUUUAGAAAUCACCUUUUGAGGAAGAAUAAAUGUAAUAAAUUCAUAUGUAAUACCAAAAUGGAACUAUAUGUUCCAAUUGUUACCUCUUCAUAUUCCGAUUCAUUGGCUCGAGUUGAUACAAAAAAGCUUUACUCAAUAUAUUUGGAAGGGCAAGAAGCCAAGAUUGAAGCAGUCCGUAUUAGCACAAAAAUUAAGUAAGGGCGGACUUGCCUAUCCGUUAAUAAUGAAUAACUUUAAAGCAGCUACAAUUUUACAUAUUUAUAGAAUGCAAUUAGAAGAGAACAAAAAUGAAGGAUGGUAUAAGUACAGGUGAAGUCCCUAGUUUGGAUUGUUGAAUUUGGAAUAUAGAUAAAUUCUACAAAAAAGAAUACUCCAAUAUUAUCUUAACUCAUUUAAUAAACAGCUGGUUUAAAAUAAAGAAAGUAUUAAAUAUAGAAAAGAAAGUUCCAAGCUAUUUAGAACUAAACAUUGUGGAAAACCAGGUAGAAGAUUUAAAUCUUAAUGACUGGAAAAAGUAGGGAUCUUACGGUUGGCACAAUUACUGAUAGAAGGAACAAUUAAAACUUUUGUUCAAAAAACACGUGAAUAUAGUCUUCCAUCUAAAGAGCUGUUUAAUUUUUUGAGACUUAAAAGUUAUAUGACUACUCAUCUAAUUACAUCAAAAUCUAAUUUGAAUAAUUUGAUUGAUUUAUUAUUUACCUCAAAAAGAAUAAAUAAACCACUUUCUAAAGCUUUAGUAUUGAGUAAAGCAAGUGUCAAAGAUAUAAUUCCAACAGCUAUAUCUGCUUGGAAAAAAUAUCUAAAUAUUGAUAUAAAUUUGAAACAAUGGGGUUCUUCAAUGAUGGAAGUUACGAAGAUUAUACACUCGUUAAAUCUUUUAGAAACAUACUUUAAAGUUUUAAACAGAUGGUACUUAGUACAGGAUAAACUAACCAAAAUAUAUCCUUCAAUAAAUCCUGUAUGCUGGAGAUGUGGUUUUGCAAGGGGUAAUUUUGGACAUAUAUGGUGGGAUUGCCAUAAAUUGAGAAAUUUGUGGUUGGAAAUUCAAAAGUUUAUAUCCAUAGAUCUGAAACUCAAGUUGAGAAUUUCCCCGGAGGUCGUUUUGUUACAUCUAAAUUGGCCACCUAUGUCGUAUGAAUUAAAAUUACAUACAUACAUACCAAAUAAGUUGUGGUGGGGAAAAGGUGUGGAUGAAAACCUCUUGCAUCUGAAAUAAGUGGAUAGUUAAUGCAAUGUUAAACACAAAUACACACAUCAGGCAAGCCAUACGCAAUGCACCUCUUCCUGAGUUGUUUCAAAGCUGUUGUAUGCAGCAGACACAUACUGCAAGGAAUCCAUGUAUAAAGUGGAAUUAUGAGACAAAAAUGUGGUUCUUUGUUGAGCUCAUUUGCAUACGCCUACCCAGAAUCCCUUGCAGUAGUGAGAGCACUGUUAAAGUGAGAUUUCUGUAGUAAAAGCAAGUCUUAUGGCUUAACUGUGGUGUGUAUUUGUCUUUAACAUAGAAAAAAAUAAUAAUAACAUAGAAAAAAAAAAAUAAUAAUAAAAAUAAAAAAAAUAUAUAUAUAUAGUUAAUUCCGUCUAUUUAUAUGGUGUAAUAUAUACAGUAAAUGCUCCAAGAACAUAUAGCCUCACUCGGAGCAUGUAAUGUUUGUAAUUAACAUUAUUUUGUAGUAGUGCUUAUCAGGAUUCAUCAUCAUUUUGAAGGAAAAACCUGUUUACUUUCUUAGAACUGUAUGUAAAGCUGAAUGUUUUGAGGUACCACACAUCUGACUGCUGGUUGUAUGUUCUACUUUCAUGCACACAACAGCCACACAAGGACUGACAAUAUUUUUACUCUCAUAGAUACAGAUCUGCUGUCUUCUGUCUGCUUCAUUUUUUUUUUUUUAUUCCACCCCGAGACUGUCCCCAAACUGACUGUUGCUAUCUCUAAUUACUUUCCAAUUAAUUCCUCUACUGAAGUUCCCUUGUAACCAUAAAGCCUACUUACAAGUGUUAUAUAGUAGGUCCCCUAUUACUAUAGCAUCUUAACCACAAAAGCCAAUCAAUAAAAAUAAGACUGAACCUAUCCGCUCUGACACAUACCAAACCCCAAUAAAAUCCCAUUAGAGAUUUUACUUGGCUACAAACUAUUCUAUCAAGGGUGGGUCGAACAUGCUGUUUUCUGCUGAGCCUCUGUAAGUUAGUUUUUUUGUUUGAUUGUAAGCAUACUAUACUAUAGGAUUUUAGAUGGAUAUAUUUUAUGUCAUAAUUAAAAAAAGUAUUAUUUUUUUUUUGUGUGUGUAUCGUAGACAGCGCAUGGAAAGCCAGUUAGGCUUCAUCAUUCUUGCUACAGACAUCAGUCGGCAAAAUGAAUACCUUUCUCAGUUCAGAACCCAUCUGGAUAGAGGAGAGUUAUGUCUUGAAAAUAGUGCCCACAGACAUUUCAUACUACAGGUAUUGUUUGUAAUUCAAAGACGUGGCAACAGAAAGCACAACUAUGCAUUGAUUAAAACUUCAGGGACGAAAUGUUGUAUACGUUUUUUUCUUUGCCCUUAUGGUUUAAAAAACCUUUUCAUUUUUUGUCCAUUACACUGUGAUGCCUGUGGAACUUUGUUUAUAGUAUCUGUUUAGGGGAAUAUGACAUGGGAUAACUACAGACUGUCUCAAUAUUUUAGCACUUUGCACCCAGCAUAAUCCCUUUUUACUUUAAAUAUUUUUUUAUUUUUUUUUAAAUAAAUAUAGCCAUAGAAAUGGAACAGUCGCCAUGUGUACCAGUUCAAUAUUUCCAUAACUGCUGCACGUUUAAAAUGUUCCCCUUAAAUUACUGUAUAACUAUUCUUUGUGCGUUUGUCACCAUUUCUGGUCAUGCUUAGUUUUUUUGUGUGUGUGUGUUUUGCUGAACAUUUCCACAGUUACUGAAUGCUUCUGAUGGCUUGUUCUUGUCAUUAUGAUAACACAGAUGGCAUUGAAAUGUGCAGAUAUCUGUAACCCAUGCCGAACCUGGGAGCUGAGUAAGCAGUGGAGUGAAAAAGUAACAGAGGAAUUCUUCUAUCAGGGUUAGUAUAAUACUUGCUUACUUUUUUUAUUUAUUUAUUCAUUUACUAGUACAUUUAUAUAGAGUAUUUCUGGAUUUAAUUGUAGGUCUCUAUAGUGCUAGGAAAACAACUUUAUUUCCCUAGCAGUAUAGUUUCCCUUUAAUCCUUCCUAGCACUAUAGUUUCCCUUUAAUCCUUGCAUUGCAGAGGUUUUUCACUAUUUACACGCUGGUUUCUAGUGCUGCCAGCACACUUAUAGCUUGGCUUUUUAUUUAUUUAUUUAUUUUAAAUAUGGAGGGCAGAUUUGAAGCAUUUGGGUGCAGACCUCAUUCCAGAGCCUUGUCUUCUAAAUUCUGAAGCAGCCGGAUAGCGUUGCUCCGUUUGAUACCUGGCCAUUUGGACACCUGACAGUGUCUGGGGGUGGGAACUUGACACAUAGACCUGAAUUCCCCUUUCACAAUAAAACACACAUAAAUACACAUUGAAAAUUGUGGGAGUACCAAAAAAAUAUUCAUGUGAAGCUAUUUUUAUUAUUUAAUUGAAUUAAUACUCUUGGAAUGUAAAAUGGACUUACCUUUUCUUAGGAGAUGUUGAAAGAAAAUGUAACCUGGAUCUGAGUCCUCUGUGUGAUCGACUUACAUCAAACAUUGCCAAUAUUCAGAUUGGUAAGCAUGCUCUGUUUGAUACCUUUACAUAAUAAUACAAAUGCAGUCUUGAUCAAUUGUAGAUUGCCAAAAUGUGUAUCACUGUACUUAGCACUCUAUCCUAUAACAAAAGCCGGUAGUCCUGUUAAAAUAUUUCUGUUUCCGUUAGACAAAGUAAUAUAUAUAUAUAUAAUUAAUUUAGAGGCAAAGGUUGACAUCACUGUGGCAACCAAGAGACUAUACCCAAAGUGUCUUUAUUCUUAUGCUCCAUGGUUGCGAUGGCUUUAUUUUAUUAUGUAUUUAACAAAUGCACAAUCUGUUUUAUUGCACAUUUUUCCAAGGUUUUAUCACAUACUUGGUGGAGCCAUUAUUUGUGGAGUGGGCCCGGUUCAGCAAUACCAGGCUGUCACAGACAAUGCUGGGUCACGUCGGACUCAACAAAGCCAGUUGGAAGGGAAUGCUUCAGGAGCGGUCAAGCAGCGAGGAAGCUGAUCCAGCGUUUGACGAUACAGACUGAUACACUUACCUCAGGAAGAUUGCUCACCAUGAACCUAGAAACAGAUUAACAACUGUUUGGGCUUUUUUUUUUUGGGCAGGUGUUAUCGUAGUGACUGGAAAGAAAAGGGCUUGGUGAGAGAGGAAUUAAUCCUGAUUGCCAAGGUUUCAAGUAAAAACUAAUGCCAGCAUUAUUUAUUCCAUAGUUUUCCUUUAACGUGUUUUCCUUUUUCUUUUAUUUUUUGACACUUUUCUUUUCUUCUGUUAAAGAGCGUAAUCAAGACCUGAAACAUAGAGCAAUAUGCACAUACCUCAGUUGGCUUUUGUAUGAAAGCUUCAAUAUGCAAAGCACAGCAAUGACUGAUCCAAAAACUGCAGGAAGUUUCUUCUUUAUGUGCCGCAGGUUCUUUGAUUUUUUUUUUUUUAAAUCCUAGACGUUAAAGGAAUAACUUUUUCUUAAUACCAAUAAUAAAAAGGUACAAAAAAAACUUGAAUUCUUUCAGCAGCUGGCUGGAAUUUGCCAGAAUAUAACAAGUGACGUUGAACCUUCCACUUUGUGCUAAAUUGGUGUCUGGAAAUGUGAAGUGCCCACUGCUUUGCUGCCUCGGCAAGACAUGCUGUUUACAAAUACACUGAAAAUACUGAUUGAAACUUGCCUUGAAGCAUGGUCGUGAUGGAACCACUAACCGGAUUCUACUUUUUUAUGGUUUAUUUAAGAGAACAAAUUUUGAACUGCAUUUCUCCCUUCACCUAACAGACUCUUUGAAUGCCACUGAAUCCGAUCUAUUCCCAUUUGCAAUAUUUCUGCUAGUGCACAGCCAGGCUUCAAUGCAGAGACAGGUGGAUAUGCAGCAGCUAUUUUUCUUCUUUAUUUAGUUGUUGUUUUUUUGUUUUGUCCUUGGUUCUUUUAAAUUUUGUAGAGUGCAAGGACCUUAUCUUGGCAUUUAUUUUCUUCCUUUUGCAAAGCUGCAUUGAAUGCGUAGCAUGCUGUGUUUUGGAUGUUGUGAAUUUUUUUUCCCCUCUUUUUCACUACUGAUCACUUGAACUGCACGUUUUUAAGGUGGACUUAAUGUAAAACACCAUAAUCAGCUCAGGGUAUUUGCUAAUCUGAAAUAAAGAGGGAAGGGAAAUGUCAUUUGGACAAGGGUACAAAUGCCUUUUUUGCUGCAGUAUGCCUGUGUGUUGGAGUGCGGAGAUGGCUGGUGUGUGUGUGUGUGUAUGUAUGUAUGUGUGUGUGUGCGCGCGCGCGCGCAUGUAGGAGUGGUUGUGUGUAUAGAUACAGGCUUUUUGGUCUGCUGCCUUCCAACUUCUCUUGGAUUUUGAGCAUUAUCUGGUGGCCUCCUUACGGAGCAUCUGAGAAUGCGUAGUCCAGCAAUAGUUACAAGACAGCAGACUUAAAACCUUAGGUAUUAUUCAUUGGUUUCAAACAUCUAGUGGAUGAGUGUAUUUUAACAAAUUGCUACAAAUGCCUUAAUCUAUGCACAAAGCUAAGUGACCAAACCUGUUUUGUUUUUAUUUUAUUUUUAAGUGCAUUUCAGUUUUGUUUUUUCGUUCCCUUUACUUUACCCUUUAUGUGAAAUAACACAAAUUUGUGAGGUUUUUUUUUUUUUUUUUAUAUGAUCAAUUAUUUUUAGGACCAAUUGCAAGACUAAUUUUAAACUUAAAACAUUCCAUUAUUUUGUAAUUUUGUUUUAAGUAUAGUGAGCACAACUGUUAUCUAGAUCAGAAACUGGUUCUUUUUAGUUAAUUUGUAUUUUUCCUUGGUAUUGCUGUUAAAGACUGUUUUAUCUGUUUACAAUUUGUUGCAACAGACAUAUUUUGGGGAAAAGGCUUCGAUGGAAAGCCAUUUGUUUACGGCUUUGCCAUACUCAUUUUAAUACGUGCCUGUUGCUGUUCAAUUUUGAUGAAUAAUAAUAAUAAAAAAA